GUUACGUGGUUCUUGAUGAGCUGUACUGUAUAGUAAAGAAACGUGCAGUUCAGGAGGGUAGGGGUUAAUGUCAUUGUGGGACGUACUAGUGUUACAUUGUAACAAACCAAAGUGAGAGAGAGAGAGAGAGAAAGAAAAAGAAAGAGACAGAGACAGAGACUCAGAGAGAGGCAGGGACAGUGAGAGAAACUGAGAGAGGAAGAGACACAGAGCCAGGGAGUUAAAGACACAGAGAGACAGGGGGGGAGAGGUAAAAGUAUUUGCCAGAUAUCCUGAUAGGACGAUUGUUAGAGUGACCUGGGGGAAAAGACCUGUAGGAGAUAUCCAGAGAGACUGCACAGAGUCUCAGACUGGGAAUCAGACAUUGACAAGUCUGACAGAUAAAUCGAAGAAAGGAAAUAAAGCCGGGAGCUGCAUGGAUCGAUGCCUGUGAGUGGGGCUCAGAGCUCGGCUUGGAAUCUCCAUUCAGGUAGGUGGUGAUGGCUGUAAUUUCCCGGUAAGUUAGAAUUUGGGGGAGCGCUGGCUGGAUCUCGUUAAAGAGACAGGCAGACUGCUAACAUUUCUAUUGCAAAGAGAGACAGUCUGGAGACUCCCGUGGGACUAAGACAGAAUGAGACAGCUCUGCCCUUCCGGGAAUUCAUGCCUCUCAUUCAGAGGUCAGCGACCUUAAUGGAAGUGUAAGGACUCACAUAGUUCCAAAUACCCCAGGUAUGCCCGAUCACGUCUGCCAUUUAACCCUGUCAGUGCCAACUGGCUGCGGGGAUAGCUGCGAAGCAAACUAUAGAACACAUUCCUACUAAUGUUCUAAUGAUUACUGGGUUAACAGCGAUCUGCCUGUUUUAACGGGUUAUUUACACUUUGGCCACACUCCAACAGAUCGUUCGGUAAUUUGGCCACACUCCAACAGAACGUUCGGUAAUUUGGCCACACUCCAACAGAACGUUCGGUAAUUUGACCACACUCCAACAGAACGUUCGGUAAAUUGUCUCACUACGAUAGAACGUUCGGUAAUUUGGCCACACUCCAACAGAACGUUCGGUGAGUUGGCCUCACUAGGAUAGAACGUUCGUUAAAUUGGUAACAGUGACACUGAGCAAUGUCCAGUGCAACCAAUACGUGGAGUAUUAGUGACCCAGCUAAUAAACUAAGAGGACCAAAUAGUAACAUCGAUGCGAUACAGAGCGUAGCCUUGUAAUAAAAGUGUAAAUCGUCCUCAGAGCUCAGUACACAUAAUAAAACGAGUAUACUCAAUGUACACGGGCGAUAUAUAAACUGCAAAUCUGGGGCAGUCAGUUGGGACAUUGUAUUUGUUUCUGUGGUGAUUGCUCCAUUUUUAGAUCUUUGCUGCUGAAUUGCUCUUUGGAUGCAGAGCUCAUAGAUCGAAGCUUAGAUUUACUAAUAUCAAGUUCUGUGUGAUUGAGAAUCUAAUCUAGCACUAGCCAAUCUGAUACUUGGCUAUAACAUGCAUUGCUAAAUAACACUAUUGUACCCCAUGUUAACAUACUGUAUCUCCCUCUAUCGUAAUGUAACCUGUAGUGCCAUGUACACCUGCUGGGGGAAUAUGAACAAAAUACACAUACUUGGCAGAAAUGUCAUAGCGAUUCACUAAGUACUAUCAUCUCCAUCCACUUAUAAAAGUCACAGGUUGUAGGUAAUGACUUACCUAAUCAUUUGCAUAUAUAAUUCUAUUAUUGAGACAAUAAUGUAAGGCUGUAGUAGAAUUAUGUUAUUAUUAAUCUGGUGUUUAAUAAAAGCGUCUCCUAUCAUUUUUAAGAGAAAAUUUAUAUAUAUCCAUAUAGCACACUCUUCCUUUUCUUUUGAUGCGAUGUAGGGAUUAAGAUUUGUAAAUGACCAAACAAGAGAUGAGCUGUUAAUUGUGAUAAUAUGGUAGCAAUAAGCAUUUAUGGGAAACAGGAAGUUACACUGCCCCAUUAGUGUCUGUGGUAAGAUCCUGCAAAUAUCACUAUGAUCAGAACCUUUAUUAAAGGGACACUACAGUCACCACAGACACUACAGCUUAAUGAAGUAGUUUUGGUGUAUAGAUCAUCCCUCUGCAGUCUCACUGCUCAAUGCUCUGCCAUUUAGGCGUUAAGUAACUUUGUUUAUGCAGCCCUAGUCACAACACCUGCAUGUGACUUGCACAUCCUUUCUAAACACUUACUGAUAAGAGUCAUCUAAUGUUUAUACUCCCUUUAUUGCAAAUUAUGUUUAAUUUUGAAUGUCUUGUCUCCUGCUCCUUUAAUAGCCUGCUAGACCCAGUGGUGUAACCUGGUUUUGUGCUGCCCUAGGCAUGACAAAACUCAGGCACCCCCUCUCCCCUCCCCGUUCUAAAUACACACUCACUUACAGACAAACACACAUUCACUGACAGACACACAUACACACUCACUACAGACAACAUGCACACUCACUAACAGACACACCGUCACUAACAGACACACACACACACACUCUAAUACACUCACUAACAGACACAUCACACUCACUACCAGACACACACACUAACACUCACUAACAAACACACACAUACUAACACAUUCACUAACAGACAUACACAUACUAACAGAAACUCACACACACACACACUAACAGACACGUCACACACAUUGUAACAGAUACACACAGUCACUCACAGACACACACUAACACUCUCUAACAGACACUAACACACUCAGUAGCAGACACAUACUAGCACAUUCACUAACAGACACACACACAUACUAACACUCCCUAACAGACACACAUAGUAACACACUCCCUAACAGACACUCACACUCACUAAAAGACACACAAACACAUUCACAUUUUAAACAUUUUUAAAAAAUAUAUUUAAUUCCCCAGCCUCCCUACCUUUGGGAGUGCUGGGGUGGAUUCUCGAUUUCCCUGGAGUCCAGUGGGGCUGCUGGGCGGCCAGCCGGUCAUUGCAGUCGGCGAGGGAGCACUGAUUCUCCUGUUCAGCUCCCUUGCCCGCCACGUAGUGAUGCCGGAGCCGAAGUGUCAUCAUAUUCCGGCUCCGGCAUCACUGUGGUGCGUGCGAGGGAGAUGAACAGGAGGAUCAGUGCUCCGUCGCCGCCCGCCCGUAAAGUUCUGCUGCUGCCAGCCUCGGAGAGCCCUGAGGUGGCCAGCCGGCCAGCUCCUGGGCCCCCCAGGACAAGAGGCUGGCAAGGCAUUUGCCAGGGUGAUUGGGGGUGUUUCUUUUUUUUGUUACAGGAAAAAUAGGUUGAUGGGGACACUGCUCAAACCAGCAUACAGUCUAGAGGAGGAGGGGUAUAAAAACACAAUAGGGGGACAGCAAAAAAUGACAAGGUGGGAAAGUAGCAAAACUGGAGGUGAGAGUGGAUUGUAGAAUACUGCUAGUAUAAUUUGUGGGGAGAAAUGUAUGCUUGCAUAACACUCACCCACAGAUUGUACAAAAUUGACUAUUCCAGCUGUUUGUUUGACAUCCCUGUAGACGGCAUUAAUUUUUAAAAAUUGCUGUAGUUCUAAGCCACUCUCAAAUAAGAGAGAGGGCAGUGUACUCUCUGCACCAUCACCUUUGCAGUUUUACAAAGCUGUGAUAGUGUUUCAAGCGAUCAUUUUAGUAAAAAAUGGAUGUGUAGCAUGGUUUAGAGCUGAAGGCAUAGUCAUACCCUGUAUUUGACCCAUAUUAAAGUUGUGGUCACUCAGGUAUCUCCUGUGGUGGCUUUGCAAUGUGCAUGUUUCUCAUUAUUUUCUUAUUCUAUAAACCACAAGAAACAUAUCAUAAAGCACUAAACUGCAAUGUGUCACUUUAUUUUCUGUGUCACUCUGUAUCUUUCAUUUCCUGGAUUCUAUAAAAUUCAGGACUUAUAACAGCAGUAGAAGACAAAACUGUAAUUUCCAAUGACGUUUAAGUAAAUACAUGUGAACUUUGCAAUGUCAAAGUAGAGCAUAUUCCAUAUUUUCACUGUGGGUACGUGCGCCAAUUCUUCACAUUAAAAAAAAAAAUGAAUAAAUCGUUUGAAAACAUUGCAUUCAUGUUUUCAUGUUCUAAUGCAUGGCUCGCUGUACAUAUCCCAUGAAGCUCUGCUGCUGAGCAAUAAGAGAAGGGGGACGGAGUGUCCUCAUGAGUCUGGACGCCUCUUUAAAGUACUGUAUAUUGCCUCCUUUGUAAUACUUUGUACAGAUAUUUAAGUUCCUCAAGCUAUCACACUUGCACUGGCAAUUGGCCAUGCAGAUUGACCCCUAACAGACAGACAGUGAAGAGACUCAACCAAACAGGGGCUAUUCCUAUUUUUUUUAUUCCAAUGGACAACUCUCCUGGAGGGGUUUAUAUGAUAUGUAUUUCAGCUGCCAUUCCAGUCUUCAGGUCUGAGUGGUUCUGCUCAAUAAGUUAAUAGCAAACAUUCUAUAAUUUAGUGAAUGGAGCAGUUUAAAAUCAUAGAGGGAUGGAUGUGGAUUGUGGUUACCUGCCCAGAGUACACCUUUCAGAUGCACAAUUUAGCUGUGACCAGUCUGGAUGGCAAAGAAGGAAUUACAACUUCCCUUUUUACUGUCAGUGGGAGAGGAGCAAUAUUAUGACUGGAUUGAAUUUUAUUAUUUUAUGGCUGCAAUGACAAGGGACCUUUUUGCAUCAUUAACUAUGCAAUGAUCUUAGGUUGAUGUCAUGCUUAAGGACACAUGACAUGUGUGACAUGUCAUGAUUCCCUUUUAUUCCAGAAGUUUCUUCCUUAAGGGGUUAAAGGAACACUCCAGUCCAAACCUCAUAGCCAGUACUGGCCGCUGUAGUCUUUAUAAUGCCCCCUCCCCUGUAAGCAGUUAAACCAUUUUAGACCAGUUCUACAUCUUACCUGGGGUAUGCUAGACAUCGUUUCACACCUUAAGGCUAACACAUUGGCUGAGAGCUAAAUACUUUCAGCCAAUCAGCUAAAUCCUACAGCACCAGGCUUAGCUCAGACAGAGAGCUGUAGUAAAUGCGGCCAUCUGACCCCAGGUAAAAAGUCAAACCAUUCUAAAAUGGUAAAACGUACAAUGGAGGGGUGGGGGCAUGUUGUGGUGGUUAUGGUGCAUGGAGUGUUCCUUUAACAUGUCCCCGUAAUGGAGAUAAAUAAUCAUACAUAUUAUGUGCAAACAGUUAGGAAGUUUGCACCCUCAGCCAUUCAGUUGAGUAUGUAAGUUUAUUUUUAUCUAUAUGCACCUCCAAAGGUUUAUGAAAGGAAAACUAUAGUAUCAGGAAUACAGCCAUGUAUUCCUGACACUAUAGUGUUACAAAUCCAUUUUAGGUUGCCAUCCCCCCAUAGCUCCCUUAAAAAGACGUAUCUUUAUUGGAGCACCAAUCAGGUCCACCGUGACUAGCUCCAUCCCUUGAUCAUCCCAAACUUGAUGAUCUUAGUCAAACUAAUGCUUUUCUACAGGAAAACAUUUGUAGGCUAUUGCCAAAACGCCAAACACAAAAUGCCGUGCUGUGCCAAUCAGAAUCUCCACAUAGAGGUACAUUGAAUUUGUGCAUCUCUAUGAGAAACGUUCAGCGGAGACGCUGAACGUCAGCACUGACCCAGGAAGCACCUUUAAUAGGUUAUUUACACUCCAACACUUAUUUACACUUUUCUCUGAAAAGACAGUGUUUACAUUAAAAAAAAUGCUAUAGACAUCAAGCUGUAGUUGUUCUGGUAACAAUAGUGUCCAUUUAACUAUACUGAACUGUUAAGAUGCAAAAGUAGGAAAAGUGAACAUUAAUCUUUAAAACUGACGUGUGGUGAGAAAUGCAGGAGUCAUCCUUUCUGAUUCAUAUUUACUCACACUGCUUAGUCUUGGCCAUUCUUUCAUACAACUCUAUUUGUGCCCCUGAUCAUCUUGAGAACAAAAGGUAAUUCUCUGGGCAAGGCAUUGUCAGGGCAGUUUGGAAAAGCAAUGUAUUCAUAUUGAAUUAGUUUGCUGAAGACACUCAUUGCAAAACUCUAAUAGCAAGCACUAGUGCCUCUUUAACAAAAUUCUACAUUCGCUCAACUUGUUUUUUCCAUUUAGCUGACAAGUCCUUGCUGCAGCCAAAAGCAUGAGACAUAUGCUUGGCCUGAAAGUGUGAUGCCGAUACAAUGACUUUCCUAGGGAAAUUUCCUAAAAUACUAGAAUUGAAAUUAGUAACACACUUUAUUUCCCAGACAUCUUUUAUGAGCUGGGGGAAAAAAAACAAACAAGACAAUAAGAACCUGAAAGAGUCAUUGUUGAAAUGCAACACUAUACUGUACAUAAUGCCUUCUUCAUCAAUGAACAUUCUUUUUAUUAAAAUGGCAUUGUGGCAGAUUGCAAUGUCAUGUCACUGCAAGGAAAAUUUUUAAUAAAAUGAAAGUUUAGCAAACCUUUACAGAAGACAGUGUAGUCAGACAGCACAUAAUGACUGUACAGUAAUAGAUGAAACAGUACUAUAGUCGGAGUCAGUUAACCCCUGGUAAAAGGGCAGGGAAUUGUGCAGAGAGACUUCAGGGAUAUAAUCCAUACAUUUAUCCUGGUAAAUAUAGAAUCAUUUUUUGUGAUCAUUUAUAUUAUUCUUAAUUUAUACAUUAUGUCAAUAUACUUGUAUAUAACAGAAAAAAUUUAUUUGUACUUACCGUAAUUUUCUUUUCCUUUUUCAUAGGCCAUGGCAGCAACAAUUGGGUAGCUCCUCCCUAUUCCUAAUCAGAUUGGAACCAUUAAAAAAUACGGUAUAAAUAGCCCCUCCUUCACAACCCACCCUCAGUCUCGUUUCCUUCAAUAUUUCAGUGCUGCCGUGGCCUAUGACCAUUUUCUCUUUUCCUGGCCAUAUCCAUAGCAGGACAACAUAAAGACUCUGAAAUACCAAUAGAAGUGUAUAGAUACAAGCAAAUCAUGAAAACUAAUAUAUAUUAUCACUCGAAUCCAAUAAAGCAGCUCUGACCUUAAUUGUACAUACCUCAUGAGGGAUUAAACGGAGGCCUGAGAAGAUGCUGUAUAAAACAGUAUUGGAGUAAACCUAGCAGCCGCAGCCCAUGAAAAAGAAAGAACCUAUAGAUAUAGAAUGAGCCAAUAGUCUAACAGGAACCAAACUUCUGAGACCUGUACAGCCUGAAAAAUUGCAGAAAACAAUACAUUUACUGAUAUCUUAUUUAGAUGCUGCAGGCCUUACCUGACUUCUAGGGGAACUGAACGGGCUUAUGACAUUACAUUGCACAUUAUAACAAGACAAAUGUAGAACAUACCACUGCUUUGUUUUCACAAAAAGGAAAAACGCAAGGCUAGGAACAUAAUUCUUGAUGGAAAAAAUGGAGAUAAUUUAGAGACAAAACUCUGAAAAAACCUGAGGUUACAUGGUUUAAGACCACAACGGAGAUCUAUAUAAGAUAAAACUCGAAGCUCAUACAUGCCUGCCUGAAGCCAAAGACCCUGGUAGAAUCCUGAUGGAGAGAAAUGAAGAGACAUAGAUUUCAAGGGAGUUUUCUUAACUUAUAGGAAAGGCAGAUCCUAUAAGAAAUUAAUGGUAUUAAUAUGCCCAUGGCAAUGGUAAAAGUCCACUAAAAGUAUAAGGACCAAAGGGCUCAGACAUGAACCUACAUAGUAUUGAAACUCAUGCCUAGACUAGUCGAAAUUGUAGGAAUAUCCAUGUGUCCUUAGUAGAGAGAUACUAUCUAUCACAUAAGGAAGAGACCAAGAAGAAAAAACAUACUUCCAUGUCUACAGGAUGGAGAAAGUAUAUCUGGAAGAAGAACUGACUCUUGUAAGAGAAAGGCUGAAUAUCUUUGUAUAUGCCAUGCCAUUCCAUUCAUAUGGAAAUCCAUGUCUGUGAGGCACAAAAAUUGGCACUUGUUCUUGGUGUUCCACGAGAGGAUAUCAUUCUGGAGAAGAACUAGCUGAGAUACUUGUUGUGAAUAGCCAUAGAUCCACUUAGGGAAAACCCUCUUUAUUACUAUCGUAAAAAGCUUCAUCUGAUAGGAACCAUUCCACAGAUCUACUAUCACUUGGCUAAAGAAGACCAACCUAGAAUACAUUUCCCCUCUAGAUGGGUAGAUAUCAGACUGAAGGAUCUAUUGAGCACAAGACGACUGAAGCACCCUGACAUUCAUUCUGUUGUGAAUCCAAUUAUCUCCUUGAAGAUAGUAUACAUAAUUGAUCAUAAGUACCUUCAUCCAGAGAAACAAAAUCGAUGCUGAAAACACUUAAGGACUCUGAAGACAGCAGCAGUUCUAGAAGAUUGGAUAAAACAUCUUUGGAGAGAAUGUCCAUGUCUUUGCUGAGAGUUUUUUUUAUUUAUAAAAUAUUUUACCAGGAAGGAUACAACGUUCAGUGAGGGACGAGCACAAACGGCAGCAGGGCGCAUGCGCGGGCGGCACAACAGGGCACAUGUGCAGGCAGCAUUUGAGACAGAAGAGCACACCAAGUGCUCGAGGGUCACAAAAGACUCCAUCGGGGGCGUGGCUGGGCUGCCGAUGGAGUAGGACGCAGGCAGUGAGAGCUCCCGGGCCCCAACCCUGCCAUAGCCCGUUUUAAAAGCGUUACAACUCCCGUCCGAAUGGGUAAACCAAGGAAGGGGACUGCCCCGGGCCCGCAACUUACCGCCAUGUCGCAGCAACCGGGACCGAUGGACGAGUACCUGUCCACCCCACAAUGCAUAGCCAGCACACGAGGCCCAGACAAAAUGGCGCCCGGAUCGCCGGGAACACAGAGCAGACCGAGCUCCACGCAGGACUCCCCGCGGAGAGACGCCCUCACUCAGAUGUCAGCGGAACUCGCUGCAAUCUCGGCAAACAUGUUUUCCAGGCAAGACAAGAAGGAGCUGGUGGCAGAACUACGCGCAGCUAUCCGGGAGGAGGUGGCGGCGGUCCGGCGCGACCUCUCCGCCCUAGAACACCGGGUGGGAGACCUAGAGGUCCAACAGCUGCAGUCAGAACAAUCCCAACGGGCCACAGACCUGGCUACCACGAGGCAGGGCAACCUCCUCCUGGAGCUCAGACGCCAGGUGGAGGACCUUGAGAACCGCGGACGGCGCAAUAAUAUCCGCGUCAGAGGCCUGCCAGAGUCGGAAGGAGAGACCCCAAGAGAGGUCCUGGAGGGCCUGUUCACACAACUACUGGGGGAAGAAGCUCCACCAGAUUUCGGAUUAGAGCGUGCACACCGGGCGCUUCGACCACCAAGGAGGGAUGGCCUCCCCAGGGACUUGGUGUGCUGUUUUCAAUCAUUCCAACUGAAAGAAAGUAUCAUGAGAGCGGCCAGGGCACUGCGCACCAUCACCUACAUGGACUCGCAAGUAUCCCUAUACCAGGACCUGUCUCCCCUCACCCUCGAUGCCAGACGAGCGCUGAAGCCCAUCACAGGCCUCCUACAGCAGAAGCGGAUCCCUUACAAAUGGGGAUUCCCGUUCAGUCUGCAGGCAAGAAUUGCAAAUCGCUGGCUGGCAGUCCGCUGGCCUAAUGAUGUGCCUAGAUUUCUACGAGCAGCGGGCCUCCCUGAGACCCCCGUCCCUAACUGGAUCCUUGAUCACCCGCCGGCCAGGCCCACGGGCCCUACAGUUCCAGCGGAUCACCUGUCGGAUGGUGCCCUGCGGAGCUCCUCGACGCACCGGAGCGGGCCCAACACCGCGGAAGAGUAGGAAGUCUGUAAGCACCCGAGAGCGCGCCCCUGGAGGGGUUCUUGCGCGGACCGGGGGCCCCGAGACCCCCACGUCCUACCCCGCGGGUAAGGUGCACACCUGCCCGUAGAUACACGUGGAUUAACUGAGGACUUGAAACUGAGCAUCUGGGGUAUGUACCGUUCCUCCCCCCGGGCCUGGGACUCCCCUAUGUGUACUAUAAGAUCUGCACCCCCCGGGAACUCAGCACUUGGGUGGGAGACGGGAAAGGGGGGGCAGCAAAGUGGAAGCAUAGAAGGGAACUGGCCACCACCACUUCACACGGCCUCAGUUGGGGCAGAGCGGGUUCAGGUAGAGCACCCAACCUACUGGAGCUAUUAACAGCAUGUCAGGACCUGGUGUGGAGGCGGGGCCUGCGGGGAGGUGGAGCGGGUCUCCUAAGGGGUUACUCACUGGAGCUGGGGAGCCAUGGCGGUACCCGGAGGGAGGAGGCUGGAGGCACACCCGUCACACCCCCCCCGGGCCCGAGGGCCAAAAGGUCUACGCCCAGACCCCUGCAGGGCCGAGAGGGGUAGAGAGGGGGGACGACCGGGCACCUGGGGACGCACGAAGGAACUCGUGCAUAGACCGAAACAGGGCACAGGAACCAAUAAGCACUACUUACAAGUGGCACCACUAAAGUCAAAGAAGGGCCAGAAGGCUCGUGUGUCCUCGGAGAGGGGGGAGACGGAUAAUCUGGCAGGGCGGGAGGGGGUAGGACGGAGAAUCUGGACGAGGGGGGGUUGAGGGGGCAGGACGGUCCAUAUGCUCUCCCUGGGGCACUAGGGGUAGAACACUGACGGGGGACAGCUGAGACUGGACGGAAACCGCACACACAUCACAACUGGCGGGUUGGGAGCACCGGGAGACGGACUCGGACCAGACACACACACUAGGUUGUUCCGCGCCGCAGGCGACCUUGCUCACACCCCACGCAACUGACCCGUGGUGUACAAACUAGUCGGAGUUCGGUAGGACUACAGUCGAGUAGCUGCCGAGCAACUCUAUCCGACCGAGGUUCAUUGUUGCUCACAAACCGUUUUUUUAUUUUUUAUUUAUUUAUUUAUUUGUAUUUUUUUAUUUAUUUAAUUUUUAUUUUUUUUCUUCCUUCUCUUUCCCCCCCUCCCCUCUGCCACCUGCCCAUUCCUCUCUCUCUCUGCGUCUCUCCCCCACCCUCCCCUUAUCCCCCCGAGCCCACGUACAGUCAAUUACACAAUGCCUUCCCAGACAGGGCCGGCCGGGGGCUGUUCACCCCGAGGGGCCGGGGGGAGUCUCGCCCCCGCACAACUCAAAGUGUGGUCUAAUAACGUGAGGGGCCUAAACACCCCGGAGAAGCGGUCUCAACUUUUGAGGCAGUUAUGGGCGGAAAAGGUGUCUGUGGCGCUCUUGCAGGAGACGCACUUUAGGGGUCAGGAUUCUCCGAAGAUUGAGAAUAGACGCUUUCCACAGGGGUACUACGCCAAUCACCCAGAGGCUAAGAAAACGGGAGUGGCGAUUCUGUUCUCCCGCAUAGUCCCGUUCCAUCUCAUAGACACCAUGACGGACCCAGGUGGGAGGUACAUCUUUUUGAAGGGCACCAUCGCACACCACACCUACACUUUCGCAAGCAUUUAUAGCCCUAACCGCGGACAGCAUAAAUUCUUUACCAAAACACUAGCCAAACUAGAAAAAUUCAGGGCCGGCCUGCUGAUAUUGGCAGGGGAUCUUAACGCUCCCCUGGACCCCCGGAUGGACACCACCAGAGGGACCAGCACUGUCCCAGAGCACAGCCUACGCGCAAUGCGACGAGCACUGACUAGCAUGGGGCUGGUCGACUGUUGGAGGGUAGCCCACCCGGACGAUAGAGACUUCUCCUAUUACUCGUCAGUAUAUAGGCAAUAUAGUAGGAUAGACUACAUCUUCAUGCCCCAGGAGAGCCUGGCGCUUCUCCGAGACGCUUCCAUAGGGAUUAUCAACCAGUCCGACCAUGCCCCAAACACGGUGAUAAUGAACUCACCUUUAUUUAAACCGACCGAACGCCAAUGGAAGCUCAACGAAACCAUGUUAACAGAGCUCGAGAUACGCACCCAGGCACUACAGACGCUUACACAGUACUUUGACACUAAUGACACACCCGACAUGCCCCCUCUGAUGCUAUGGGAAGCCCACAAAUGCGUCAUUAGGGGUCACUUUAUAUCUAUCAGCACGCAACGCAAGAAAGACAGGGCUCGCCGAAUUCUAGACCUCACGGCACGGAUUGCAGACCUAGAGAAUACACAUAAGCAUAGCCUAGAUGACGACACAUACUUACGACUCACAGAGACACGUAGGGCACUCAAAGCACACUUAUCCCAGGGAUUACUACAUACGUUGCGGAAAUCAGCUAGGCACUUCUAUGAGCACUCGAAUAAGUGCGGUCGACUUCUGGCGCAGGUGCUCCGAGAGAAGCGUAGAGCCCAACAUAUUCACCAGAUACGCACCGGACACGGACAGCACACCAGACUACCAGAGGGCAUCAUGGCAGCAUUUAGGGCCUACUAUAGGGACCUAUACAACCAAGCUAGGCCAGCUCAGGGGACAGAAGCCCAAAACCAUCGUAGGAAGGUCACAGACUACCUAACGCGACACGUGACUCGCAAACUCACUCCGGAGCUCGCUGAGGAAAUUGAUGCUCCCCUAACCUUAGAGGAACUAGCCGCAGCCAUGAAACGCUCCAAAACCCACAGGGCCCCGGGGCCGGACGGCCUCCCCCUCACAUAUUUAAGAACUUUCCGAGACGCCCUACUACCCCGACUUCUAGCAGGCCUGAACUCCUUACAGGACGGGGGGCGGUUCCCCAAGGACUCCCUGGCGGCGAUAGUAACGGUUAUCCCCAAAGACGGGAAAGAUCCAUCAAACUGCUCGAGCUAUAGACCAAUUUCCUUGCUAAAUGCGGAUCUGAAGCUAUUUACCAAAGCUCUCUCCCUGAGGGUGUCACGGAUCCUGCCGGAUCUCAUUCACCCAGAUCAGGUGGGCUUUAUUCCGGGCAGAGAGGCCAGGGACGACACGAUACGAGCCCUGAACAUCAUACAUUGCGCACGAACCUCGGGAAGGGACACAGUCCUCCUCUCUACAGACGCCGAAAAGGCGUUCGACAGGGUGGACUGGGUCUAUUUGGACGAGACCCUAAGACACAUGGGGUUUGGACCAAAUGUACGAGCCUGGGUGUCGGCGUUAUACUCCUAUCCAACGGCACGGAUCCGCAUUAACGGAGCCCUAACGCAGACCUUCCCGAUUGGCAAUGGGACCCGGCAGGGUUGUCCCCUGUCCCCCCUCCUGUUUGCCCUCUCUCUUGAACCAUUUCUGGAGGCGGUCAGACAGGACGGGGGCAUAACGGGGGUGAAGGUGGGGUCUGAAGAGCACAGAGUGGCGGCCUAUGCGGACGACAUGCUCUUUUUCAUGGAACAACCCAGGAUAUCCAUGCCCAACCUCUUACAGGCGUUCCACACCUAUCACCAAGUAUCCAACCUAAAACUCAACGUUGAAAAGUCCGAAGCCAUGCCGAUAAUGCAGGGAGAGGAGCGGGCCCGGCAGCUGGGCUCCCAGUUCGCCUUCUCCUGGUGCACAACCAAACUAAGGUACCUUGGUACCUGGCUGCCAGCGGACCUGACGCAGAUAUACAAGCUAAACUUUCUCCCUCUCCUCUCCGCAAUCCAACAAGACCUUCAGCGGUGGACGCAGCGGUACGUAUCCUGGUUUGGCCGUAUUGGUGCGGUCAAAAUGAACAUACUCCCCAGGCUGUUAUAUCUCUUUGCGGCACUACCCACCAGGAUCCCCCAGACGUUCUUCAACUCGGUGACAACAGCUAUCCGUAGGUUUGUGUGGAACAACAGGCAGCCGCGCAUCCGUAGGUCGAUCCUGGAGAGACCGAAGGCGGCCGGGGGGACGGGGCUACCGUCAGUGAUCUCAUACUAUAGGGCCACACACCUCCAUAGGGUAGUAGACUGGCAUGCGCGGCCAAGUACCAAACGAUGGGUAUCAAUGGAACUGCAACAGACUCGGGGCACUGUCCCGUCGCAGCUCUGGCUGGGUGGGUAUACCUACACAGACCUGCACACAAAAAACCCGGUGAUAGACGCAACUCUCAAGGUGUGGUGCGGACUAAGAUAUGCCUACCAACUCACCACCUCCCCAAACCCGCUUACGCCUAUUACUCACAACCCGAGGGUUGCAGGUGGCCUUCACCCGGUUGCUUUACGCAAUUUCCAAAGAACAGAUUGGCUCUAUGUACGCCAGUGGAGUCCGGGGGGAACGCUGCAAUCGCUGGGGGACUUAUUGCCAGACGGGCAACCUACUGCUCUCGACAAAUUCCACUAUCACCAGGUUAGGUCCUACUAUACCAAAAUCCCGGGGAGAACUCAACUCCACCGUACACUUACGGAAUUUGAACGCCUGUGCACAGACAGACGACAUUUAACCCAUGGGGUGUCACACUUAUAUACCCUGCUCCAGCAGUCAGGGGAUAGUUGCCCACUAGGCUUCACGAGCAGAUGGGAGGAGGAGACGGGUGCACAGCUGACGGACCAAGAAUGGGACAAAAUAUUCCUCCUCACACAUAAAUGCUCAAUUAGCUCGAAAUUCCAGGAAACCAGCUACAAACUGUUAACACGAUGGUACAGAACACCAGACACACUGAGGCACAUACAGGAGACGGACACAGGCGAUUGUUGGAGAUGCGGAUUAGAAAGGGGCACCAACCUACACAUCUGGUGGUCAUGCCCUAGUAUCAAACCAUACUGGCAAAUGAUCAAGGCAAAGAUCAAGGAGAUCACAGGGGACGACAUCCCCCUACAGCCGCUGCCAAUGCUUCUACACCAUACACCCACCCCAACGCAGGCAUACAAAAAGUCACUGACAAUACACCUAUUGAAUGCAGCAAAGGCCCUCAUUCCCCUGCAGUGGAAAGGUCCAUCAGUUCCCACACUUAGACAAUGGAUAGACAAGGUGGAGACCAUCUACGACAUGGAGAUCCUGACGGCCUCUAUGCGAGAGCGCGCAGAUAAGUGCGCCCUGACGUGGUAUCCUUGGAGGCAGUAUACCUCGAGAGACGGGGCAUGAGUUGCGGGGCUGCGGAACCGACCUGAGGGGGGAGGUGUGUGGGGAGUGUGCUCUUUUCUUUUUUUUUUUUCUCUCUCUUCUCUUCUUCUUCUUUCUCUCUUUCCCUCCCUUUGUGUGUACUAUCUCUCAACUUAUACCCAGCACGGAGACCCUGAAGCAGACUGGCUUAGUCUGGAACAUGCCCCGACGGACGCACUACCCCACAGUUCAUGGACGACAUACAGGACACGGACAGGCCAUACUGACACAGCCGAAAAGGGGGGUCACCCUCCUAGACAUAACGGCUUGGGUGGAGGCGACAGGUAUAAGGCUGACCUCACAAUCCUAGUGAGUAAUUAGUUUGACUCCCCUUCUCUGAGGGGGAAGAUUUAGAGCGCAACACGCCGAAACAUGACUGACCACCUACAAGAGUUGACACUUAAACAUUCUACAUGCACCUCGGGGUGCACAUGGGGACGCAGGGUUAAACAAAGCACAGCAAUCACUUGUCAGGUUGACCGAAGGUUGACUGACCGUCAUAUUACCCAAGCCGCAGGCAUGGAUUAGUAUGUAGACAACCUCCAGAUUUCGAUUGUAGAAAAUAUGAGCAUUGUUCUGUUACUUGUUUAUAUAUGUCUUGUACCAAUUACCGACAGACCCUAAGCCGCGGGCAGGGGUUCGUAUGUAGACAACCUCCAGAUUUUGAGAGUAGAAAAUAUGAGCAGUGUUUCUGUUACUUGUUUUUUAUAUGUCUUGUACCAUUUACCGUUUUACUUACCGUAUGCCUACGGAACAUUUGAAAAAAUUACCUUCAAUAAAAAUGAUUGACACAAAAAGACUCCAUCAGCCCUUGCGAACAAGUGCAUGCGUUAAAAAAAAGUAAAUAAUGAAGAUUAACUAAGCAAUAAAACAAACUAAAAAAAGAAAGGGAAAGAAAAAAAUAAGAUAAAAUAAAGCAUAUGUGUAUAUGUAAGUAAAAAAAGGGGCAAAAAAACAAAAAUAUAAAAAUUAAUAAAGGGAAAUAAUAAAAUAAAUACAAAGCAUAAAAUAAUGAAAAAAUUAAAUUAAAAUAGAAAAAAAUAAUAAAGAAAUACAAAAAAAGGAGCCAGAGAGCAACCAAAAAUUGACAUAGCCAUCAAAAACACACCAAAAAAUAUACACAUGCACACAUCCGUAUAUCUCUCUCUCUCUCUCUCUCUCUCUCUAUAUAUAUAUAUAUAUAUAUAUAUAUAUAUAUAUAUAUAUAUAUAUAUAUAUAUAUAUAUAUAUAUAUAUAUAUAUAUACACACACACACACAUUCAUACAUACAUAUACGGAUAUAAAUUAGGACACCUACUUUGUCAAAUACCACUAUACAUAAAAAAUGGGACCACAUCAUAAUAUGAUUUUAAAUAUUCCAUUUAUAAAAUAAAAACUUUUAAGUGCAUUAUAAAGAUAAUGAGUGUACUAAUAUAUAUAUAUAUAUAAUCUCAAUUUGUACAAUGUCCAGAUAAAUAGGACCAAAGGUAUAUGAGAGAAAAGCUCCUACAAUAAACAGUGUUAUAAUAAACACACUACACAAACAUCCACUGCAUCCACUAAUCAAAUACUCUCACUGCAUACACUACACACACAUAUAUUCUUGAAAACAUAAAAAGUUCUGACUGGCAUGUAUAUUAUGUGCAUUUACGUUAAUAAAAAAAGACUAGCAAAAAAUUUAAUGAAUAAUAAACAUGUUCAGUUAACAGUAGAUUUGUGAAGAAAUUGUUUAUUUUUUCAAAAUGCUAAAUGUACAGAAUAUCCGUAUCGGUAAGUAAUCGGCUAUCGGCCUGAAAGUUCACAGAUUAUCGGUAUCGGCUCUAAAAAAUCAAUAUCGGUCGAUCCAUAAAUACAGUACACAGAUAUGCAGUAUAAGUACUGGACCAGCUACAUUCCAAUGUCAUGCAAACGGCACAUUAUAUCUGUCUGAUCAGCUGCAUUCCAACUAGCACUUUGCGAGUACACUUUGUAAAUGCCUGCUCUGUUUCUUAGCAGCCAAUGGUUGUACAAUACUCAAAUGCAAAUUGUAACUACCUGGCCAACCUACUGCAUUACAUUAUGCAAAAAAAGAUACACAGAAUUGCUAGUCGACCUACUUAAUGAACUGCACUCACUUUUGUUCAAGCCAAAAUCAGAAGAUAUGACACUGAGAAUGGGCAAGAAUGUCAUGUAUUUCCCAUCAGUUAACCUCUGAGUAGGUCUUCAUCACGUUUUAGCUCACAUGUGCCAAUACAGAGAGAACCUAUACCAUUUACAUAACUCAUCCCACCCAAGUGGGUAAUCUAGAAUAGAUCAGAAACGUUGGCAGUUUCACUCUGCACGAGAGACACCACAAUCCCGGCCAACUUUUUUGGCGUUCAUUGGCUCUCAUCGGCUCUCAUCAUUGAAGUGUCAAGUGAAAGGAAUGGGCAGGUGCUCCAAAUUCCAUAUAUUGGGAAUUUAUUGAGGAUUACUAAUGUGUUAAUAAUAUAAUAUUUUAAUUCUCAACAAAUUGUCAAUAUAUGGAACUUGGCGUGCCUGGUCAUUCCUUUCAAUUGAUCACUGCUAGGAGUGUGGCUGCUACAGGCCAUUGAACAUACUGUUCCAGAGUUUGGUUAGCGUUUGUAUUCUGUAAACAUCAUUGUGGUGUAGCUGAUAGAUACCCUACUAGGUAGAGUGAGCAUGGAGUCUGGAUUACCCUUUUAAUGUUGGGCGACCAUAAGCAAAUGUAUAUGACUAAAAAAUAGAAGUACCUUUUUGUAUUUUCCAUGCAGAGGGAACAUGCGGACAUUUUUGACCUAGAAGGCAUUUAUAGGUGGGAUCGUGCUAAUUUUCUAUGUUCCCCAUGUAGUGGCACAAGUGAGCCUAAACUUGUAUGAUACCUGAACGGGGGCUAACAGAAAGACAACCCACGGAGUUUUUCUAAUUUUCAGUAUUAUAAUAAGUUAGGUCUUAUUUGCAUUGACUUUUAGAGAAGCUGGUAGAGAAUAUUGAACGUCUCUCUUCUUCUUUUUGUACACAGGUGCCUAUGGCACUCACUGAACACCUGUUUGAGGAAGGCCACAUAGUCCUUUUAUGAGACUGCUUCCUCUAAAAAUGAUGCUCUAACAAAUGAAAUAAUAGCUUUGGUUAAAUAGACUUCCUCUGUGCAAGCUGUGUUCUCUUUCUUCUUUCCAAUGCCAUUACACGCUCAGUCGGCAUGAUUUCUAAUACUAGAACAUUUCUUCUUACAGUAAGAUCACUCUCUGCUUGGGAAUAUUAUUCUUUGUCGAUAGAUUUUAGGAUCUUGUUUACUCCCCACGCCCUAUGUUCUAAGUGGCUCUGAUGCCAAACUAUUACUUGGAAAGAGAGAAUGGGAUUAUGUUAUCCACCUCCUAAAGAUUUUCCCAUUUUACAACCCCAUAUAUACUAAAUCAAUAUGUUCUUACUGCACUCAUGACAUGUCCUGGUAGUUUUCCAUUGUAUACCUUUUAGAUGUUGUUCCAAUAGAUAACGUAUUUUCUCUUGUAAUGAAACAUGAACUAAAGUUGUUGUUUUUUUCGUUUACUGCAAAACAUAUAGAAAACUAUUUAGCAUAAAAAAACAAAUAUUGCUUUGGUUAAUAAAACAUACAGAAAAGAUAAAGCACACUUGCUGCUAAAGCAGUGGCACAUUGUAACCGCGAAGAUAAAAUAAAUCAUAAAUAGCAAAAACAAUCUAUUCUAUCACAUUUGAGAACAUAGUACUUUUACACAACUGAAAAAAUAUUUAUUGUUUAGUUUUAUUUUUAAUUUUUAGAUCAUUACAUAAUUUAGAAUUGCAAUUAAAGGAACACUAUAACAUUAGGAAUAUAAACCUUUAUUCCUAAUGCUAUAGUGCUCCAGAAUAGUGGGCCCCCACGUGUAAUAAAAUUAAGAAAAUAAAUAUUUUACUUAUGUGCUUUCCUCUCCACCUCCCGCAAUAAUGAUAGUGAUGGUCCAAUCCAAUGCUCAUCAUAGUGGAUUGGGGACCGGAUAUGCAUGCUCAGCGAGCUCUGCACGCGUAUGCAGUGCCUCUCACAGUCAGUCAGUGCUGUGGAAGACACCCACUAGAAACGUGUUUAAACCUGCAAUGUAAAAAUGUAUUAUUAAAAUUGCAAUCCUUUACAUUGCAGGGUUAAAAUGACAAGAUCAUUGCACACAGCCAAAUACUUGGAGAUGAAGUGGUCUGGGUGACUUUAGUGGACAUUUAAAACUGCCUUUGGAAAUGCAAAUUAUAUUUUCAGUUUCUUUAUCAAGCAAGCUUUCCAAAUGGCAUACCAAAACAAGUUUUCGGGGUUUAUUCACUGAACUAUUAAGGACUAACAGAUACUUUACAUUCAGCUUCAUCAUUACACAGUACGAUGACACUGGAUGCAGCUAAUGUAUCCCCUUGAGGAGCAUUAGAUUCAUUGCUACUGGAUGAGAAGUACCAAAUUGGCAAAAUAAGGCUGUUGCUGUACAUACACUAUAGUUUCCUAAUGCUUCUCCACAUGGCCCAGGGUGGCCACACUUCACACAGCAGACAAAGUUCAGAAUCAAGUACCACAAUAACUAUGAUACUCACAAUCAACUUUAUAGGUUGAUGGCUAAAGUAGUAAUAAUUACAAGUUACUGUAGUCUGAUUGGGCUUAGACAGUGGUUCCCAAACUAGUCCUCAAGACACCCCUACCAGUCUAGGAUUUAGGGAUUACCCAGUUGCGACCAAGGUGGUGUUUGUUUUUUUAAAAUGUUUCUAAAACACCUUACACACAACUGUGUAAUCCCUAAAUCCUGGACUGGUAGGGGUGCUCUGAGGACUGGUUUGGGAACCACUGGGUUAGAAGAAAAAAUUCGAAAUGAAUAACUGCCUCUUGGAAUCCCAUAGAUUUUGGCUGUGAGAUCAGCAGUAGAUUUUAAGAUGCCUAUAAGAAUAUGCAGUCCGGGACUGCAUUUUUUUAUACAUGUUCCUAAAUCAGAUCUUUGUAUGACAAACCUAUUAAAUAACCUCAACCUGUCAGCUCUGUGCCAUAUGCCAAUUAUAAUUUCAUGUCAUCCAAAAUGUAUUUACAUCUUUAUCAUUUGAUAAUUUAGAAUAUUUAGACAGUGUAUUCAGAUUUUCUCUUAAAUACCCAGCAAUUAAAAAAAAAGAAAGAAAAAAGAUCUGAAUAUGUUUGAGCGUAUUGAGCAAAGAUAAAUGAAAAGAGUGGAAAAUGAUGCACUACUAAUCUUUGUAGCAACGUUUGCUGUUGUUACAAUGAUCGAAGAACAUUCAAUAUGAGCCUUGCGACAGAAAAGAAUAGCCAGGUGCAUGCUGGGAAAUGUUUUAUUCUUAGAACAGACAAUAGGUUUUAUUAUUACUGUGUUCUUUAUAAGCGCUUAAAAACGGUAGAAACAUUUUAAAAAGUUUUAAUACAGUAUAUGGUGCCGACACCAUGGAAACCAUGCAACAGAAUUUAAUACCUACCUAGAAAAUGCAAAAAAGCUUGCCUACAUACAAACUCCAGCUGUUGAAAUCCUGAAAAAUAAUGCAAAAUAUUUCCUUGUUUAAUAUUUUUAUUUUUUUGUAUAUGAAUACAAUGUGGUUUUAAAAACAAGGAUCAACAUUUCUUGUCUAUAUUGUUUGGGUAUAUGUUUGGUCUGCAAAUCUUUAAUUUUAUAGAGGCAAAUAUGUGAUGGUUGUAAUUUAACAAAGAGGCAAAGGUAAAUUUAAGACCGUGAAAAUAUUUAUUUUUACAGCAUUUUAAAAUAAAACGUAUAGCUCGCAGUGUAAGCCACGAUGCUCCUUAAAUGUUAGCUGAUUAGACUGGGAUUAAUCUUCUAGUUUGUGGAUCUAUUUAAUAUCGCCAGAUGCUCAGGGUGAAAGACUUCAAGAUUCCAAAGAGCCCACUCCACCAAGCCUUUCAUGCCUCUGAACAUUUGACAGUGUAUUUACACUUGUAAAUGAUGGCACAUUUCCUCUACAACACUAGAGCUUUGUGUAGUUAUUACAAUUAAUUCAGGAAGUGCACUCACAGCAUGGGAGGUGGAAGGGGGUGUAGAUUACAUAGUGCAAGGAUGUCCCGCUUUUUGUUUUGAGCUAGUUAUUUACUGUUUAUUGACUAGCAUGCAAAUAAUCAUAAAAUAGCCAGCCUCACAGCUGGGCACUGUGUUACACAAUGGGCAGUGUACACUACAGUAGAGGGUUUUUUUAAUCUCGAAACAAAUAUCUGAUGCAAAUUGACGGCUGGAUUGCAAAAUUUAAGGGAAUAUAACCACGUUGUUUCCUCUGUUUCUGCUAUUUUUCCUGUUCAGUUACUGGUUUACAGUUUACAUUUCACUUGCCAAUUUGCCACAAUUUAUUACUCGGUGAAUAACCCCCUUAAUCGAUACAAUUAUGAUUGCAUUACAAGAGCACAGUAGAAAAGACCUUAGGGGAGAUGUAUCAGGUUUGGGAACAAAGAGCUAGGACUGAGGGAUAUUCUAUUGAUUGGUUUCCAGACCAGUUGCUCAAGUCAUAAGAAAAAAUCCCACAUGAAAAUUGCCCACGGAAAAAACCCUAAAUGUGUACAAGAAAUAUUGCUCACACUGAAAAUGCUAUGUUUACAUUUGGGGUUAAGCCAGCCUCUAGUGGCUGUCUUCCGGACAGCCACUAGAGGAGCAUCUGCGACGCUGGAGGCAUUUAAUGGACACUUUGAAUGCGUGCGCGGCACUGCCGUGCAUGCGCAUUCCGCUCCGCUGACGUCAGACAGGGGAGCUGACGUCGGCAGGGGAGGAGAGGUAAGGGAGCCCGGCGGUGGAAGAAGGUGAGUAACUGAAGGGGUUCAGCACCACUGGAAGGGGACCCUGAGGGUGGGGGCACCCUCAGGGUACUAUAGUGUCAAGAAAACCGAUUUGUUUUCCUGACACUAUAGUGAUCCUUUAAAGGAACACUAUAGUCACCCAAACAACUUUAGCUUAAUGAAGCAGUUUUAGUGCAUAGAUCAUGAUUCUUAGGUUUCACUACUCAAUUCACUGCCAUGUAGGAGUUAAAUCACUUUGUUUCUGUUAAUGAUUGACACAGCCUGCAUGAAAAAAACUGAUUUCACUUUCAAUCAGAUGUAAUUUACCUUAAACUAUUUUAUCUCUUGCUCUCUUGCUCUGUAAAUUGAGCUUUUUUUUUUUUUUUUUUCACCAUUUUUCAGAUAAUAGAGAAUAGAUUAAGUUUGAUGAACCAGUGAAAAUGACUUUCAUUCCAACAGACUCUGUCAAUAAUUUAAAAAUAUGAAUUUUAUUUGUUUGUCUGAUUUACACCAUUGAUCUCAGGAUGUUUACUGACCUCAAGUUACUUUAUUUCCUUUUUUGUUAGCAUCUUGUAUUUUCUGUUAAUUACGCUACACCAUUUGGGAUUUGGUCACUUAACAGUGAGUUGCAGUAGGUUGACAACUAAAAUGCAAAAUAUAGGCCUCCAACUAAGCUUAUUCUUUUCCAGUUCAGUUAUUUUGCCUGGUACACACAACAAUAAUAUGGAUUGCCCUUGUUGUCUUAUUGGGUGCAAUUUUACCUUGAAAUUACAAUGCUAUAUUAAAAGGGACACUAUAGUCACCAGAGCAACUACAGCUUGUUGUAUUUGUUCUGGUGAAUAUAAUCAUUCCCAGCAGGCAUUUUCAUUCAAACACUGCCUUUUCAGAGAAAUGUACCACUGCUGUUCAACAAUUCCAAGCUCUGGAUGGAGACACUGAAUUUUCCUAAAUGGCCAAGCUAGCAUUUGGCCCUGCCACUGUCCUGCCUCAUUGUUGAUAUAGGGAAAACAUUGGAUUGGCUAAAAAUCAUAAAUUCUGGUGAUGUCAGCAACGAGGCAGAUUGGGGCGCCUAAAAGUAAUCCGCCUUAAAGUUUUCUUACCUUUCAAGGGAAUUAACAGGGGUACAAACACAAAGGUUCACAAGAGCAAAAACUGCUCGACUUAUGGUGCAAAGACUUGCUCUGUCCUCAUGUCCAUUCUUUAUAUUGCCGCAGUAAAAAUCCCAGUAUUGGGGCAUAAUUGAUACCUUGGAAGAAAACUGGCCAUAACUGUCAGCAUGGAGCACCAUGGAAACUUAUUUUAACUUGCUGAAUAUAUUUAGUAUAAUGUGUGAGGUUUCAGAUUAGGUUUUGGUUUUUGAUAAAGGAUGACGAUCUGGUGUUUGGGUUUAGGUUAGAGUUACGAUCUCACUGACCAGAUGAUAAACACACAUUUAAUAUAAACUCACAAAAUGAAGCCUUGUGCUCAAACUCCCACUACUCCUGGGCAGCAGCAAUGACUAUAGUAUAAUACAUAAAAAUGCACAUUACAUUUUGUAUCACACAGCCAUGUUACAGUGCUGCCUUCCACCCCAUGUGUUCCCUAUUACGGGUUAAAAAGUGUGUAGGGGUUUAGAAAAAUACCCCUCUCUGUCUCAUUAGAGAUAUCUUUACCUGAAGCUGAAAGAAGCAAGGUGAAUUGUUAGUGUAGGACUCACGUAAGAGGUUUGCCUUGACAUGGCAAGUGGGCUAACAUUUCAAUAGCCAUUAGAGUGAUUCUAAAAACCUUCAGUUAUUUAAAUGUGCAUAGGGAUUCGGGAUAGUGCGCAAGUAACUGUUUUUUUUUUUUUAUUGUACAUUUAAUAUAACCCUGUAUCAGUUUGUUCCGCAUAAUCAGUUGUGAAUAGAUAUUGAUCAAUUGUAAAUAAAUCAUAGUUAAGAGAACGCCUCUUGUGAACAGAAGAAAUGGGGACAUACUAAAAGGAAUGACAGAGAUGAAUGGCAGUAGGGAAAGCUGGACAUGAAAUAAAAACAUAUAAAUUGCUGUGGAUUAAAACCCACGAAACGGACCACAUAAAUAAUUACUGUGGGUAUUCCCCAACCACAGUACCUUAAUCUUCGAAUCAGAUUAAGGGAGAUUAUUGCUGUAUUUUAUAAAAUGUCAAUGGGGAACACAACCAAAUGUCCAUAGACAUUAAUGGAGAAUAGAAUAAAACCACAAAGCAAAUCACAUAAAUAAUUACUGUUGGUAUUCCCUAACUACAAAAACAGGAUUUGAAGAUCAGAUUAAGUGAAAUGAUUGCUGAAUUCUAUAGAAUAACAAAGGGUUAAUGACGCAAGCAAUGAGACAUUAAUAAAAAAAAAAAAAAAUUCAAAACAUCUUUGAGAACUGAGCGGGGAUUUACCGAUGUAAACGCUUUUGAGAUUUCUGUAAGCUUUUGCCCAUUCUCAGAGUUCUCAUCCAGAUGUGGACCCCAUUCUCACUGUGCCUAGAGGGGUAUAAACAACACCUUGCUGACAAGGCCCAAAGAAGGUUGAAUUGACCAUCUGUGUUUGCAAUAUCUCUCGUGCAGGGUGAACUUGUCAGCAUGUUGAAUGUGUCGUUCACACUUUCUGUUUUAGUUAAGUAAUAUUAUUGCUGCAUUCUAUGGAAUGAGAGGGGUGAAUGACACCACUGAAUGUCCAUAGACAGCAAUGAAAAACAAUUGUUGUGGAGUACAAACCACAAAACAGAGUGUGGGUACUGUGUGAUACUGUGGGUAUUCUCUAAAACAUUGGCUCCCAAACCAGUCCUCAUGGCCCACCGACAGUCCAGAAUUUAUGUAUUUCCCUGUUUUAUUUCAAUGGAGAUACUAACAAAACCUGGACUGUUGGUGGGUCUUGAGGACUGGGUUGGGAAACGCUGCUUUAAAGGCACUGACAGGUUCUGAGAUGCAGUUUACGACAGAUUAUUGCUGCAUUUUACGAUAGAUUAUUGCUGUUGUUGUGUCUGAAAAACACUUUAGACACAACAGGGUAAUCCAUAAAUCCUGGGCUGGUCGGGGUACUUGAGGACUGGGUUGGGAUCCACUGGUUUAGAGCCACUAGCUGAUGCUCUCAGCCAAUGAGCUAUACCUGCCCUGCAGGAUUUAUCUUAGAAGAGCGAACAAUUGGCGAGUCGUGGUACUCCAGGCACCAUAACCACUGCAGUGAGCUAAUGUCUAUGGACAUUUGGUGGUAUGAUUCACCUUUGUCAUCUCAUUGAAUGCAGCAUCAAUAUCUCUUAAACUGAAUCUCAUAACCUGUAACUCUAGUUAGGAAAUACCCAACAUAAUUCAUUUUGUGGUCUGUCUUGUGGUUUUUAAUCCACAGCAGUUGUAUUCUUUAUUCCAUUAAUGUCUAAUGACAUUUAGUUGUGUCAUUCAACCCUUGUCAUUAAUUUAGAAAGUAGAAAUAAUCUACUUUAGUUAGGGAAUACCCACAGUAAUUAUUAAUAUGGUCUGUUUUUUGGAAUUGUGGAAUUCACAGUAAAUUGUUUCCAUUAAUGUCUAUAGGUAUUCGGUGGUAUCAUUCCCCAUUGUCAUUCCAUAAAUGUAUCAAUAAUCUCACUUUAUCUGAGUCUCAGAAACUGUGAAUACUCACAGUAAUUAUUUGUGGUUUUUAAUCUAAACAGUAGUUUGUUUGUUUUUUCAUUUCUAUGGACAUUUGGUUGUGUCACUGGUUGCUGAAGUGCUUUAUGGGUGAGGAAUAUCCUAUUUUAACCCCAGUUUAUAAAAGUGCCGAUUUCUAGGGGAAAUUAGCACUUUUAUAAAUACAUUUUGGAACUCUUCUGAAUGCAUGCAUUCAUUCCUUGAGGGUAUAUCUACUAAACAGUGACUGUGAUUUAAAUUUUUUUUUUUUAAAUCAGUCUGGAGUAGUCAUUUAACCUCUGUCAUUCUAUAGAACAGGGGUAGGCAACCUACGGCACUAGUGCCAUGCAUGGCACUCGAGGUGCCUUUGCAUGGCACUCAAGGCUGCUAGAGCCAAACAGACUCUGGCCUAUCAGGAGUCCCAGUAAAACUUCAGAUAUCUGCUAAUACAAAGAGGUGGUGAAGAACAAUCCUCAAUUUAUGCAUUGCAGCACGUAGAGGAAGUGAUCUCAGAGCACUUCAUUCCAGCACUUGUGAUUGGGAAUCCACACAGUAGUAGAGCAGCUCGCAGUUGUUGUUGCAGCUCCGGUCCUUGACCUGUACCUGGCCAACAUGGUCCCCACUGGAACCCAGGGAAGCCACCCACACUGCUAGAUAUACACAGAAAUGCAGAAAGACCCUCCCCUCAUACAAAUAAUACGGACAGCCCACACACAAACAUACACACAAUCUGCACAAACAUACACACAAUCUGCACAAACGCAACACCACUAACAAUCCACAUACAUGCACACAACCCCACAUGCAGCCUCUCACAUGCAAUACCCCAAACAGCCCCCACACAUACACACACUACUAAACACACAAUGUGACAUAUCCAUCCACACACACAAUUCCACAAGCUGCCCCCAUACACAGCCCCCAUUCAUAUGUAUCAUACACGAUACCACAAUCUACUCAUGAACAUAUACAAUAUAAUAGCUCAUAUACGCACAAAUACAACGAUACAAAGCAAUUACAGUAUAAAUAACACAAGCAGAAUACGGCAGCAUACACACCUCAAUUUAAAAAAAAAUAAAAAUAGGACUGGCACGCUACGGGACAUCACAAUCCUAUAUCGGCACAGUGCUGCUAAAAGGUUGCCUACCCCUGCUAUAGAAGGUACAAUAAUCUUUUUUGCAAUAAUUGAUUUUUUUAAUUUCAUUGAUGUGUGUGGGCUUUCCAUUCUCGCAUUCCCCACGUCAUUCCUUUUAAUACAUUCCGUAGAAAAGACCCUUUAUUAUUAUGAAAUAAAUCUAGGUGAACUGUGUGCCAUCGAGACCUGCUGUUUUGGUGUUUUCUUUAAGUGGUUAGAAUGCUAUCACAGCGGGACUAUACAUUUCCCCUUCUAACGUGAGAAAAGGGAAGAAACACGUAUACUCUUCCUCGUUUGCUAUUGCAUCGACCAGCUGAAAUAUUUCACUACAAAAGAGUUGAUAGUAAUUUUGUUUUUGCCUCAACUGUUGAUAAUGUAGUUAGUUUCCUUUUCGUCAGACAUAGCUGGCACCUACUAAAUUAAGUGGCUCUGUUAUCAGAAAUUGUUCCAUUAUGUGCAGUAAAAGCUGUCUACGUCUUGUAUUGAUAAUUUCUAAACGCUGUCUGUACACUUUUUGACAUCCAUUACUGUCCAUGGAGUUAAGUAAAGUAAUUCAGUGUACACCAUGUUCACACAAUUUCUCAACAUGGUCGGUUACAUAAUACAGCUUGGUUAGGUGAAAUUAUAUUAGGCUACUACUCCUGGCCAACUACUGUGCUGUUCAGCUACUUUGCCAACAGACUUUUUGUACUUGAUUUGUUGUGUUCAUUUGCUUCCUUCUCUUUCACAAUUUGACUAUAUAAUCAGUUUGAUGAAUAUUUAAAUUUCUUUGAAAUGUUGUUUUAAAAAAAAAUAAAAAAAUCUCCUCAGUGCCUUAUCUCAUCUCCUUUUAGGAGUCAUUUUAACAAAGCCCCAUGGACCUGUUUUGAUUUCAAUGUAUUUGAAUAAAUGACAAAGUGGCCCUACAGUUUGUACUAGAUGAAUAACAUUUGUGGAAUUUUUCAGAUUGAAAAGGAGUGUUUAGUUACACAAGCAGUUUAGGGGUGUAGUGCAUCAUUCAUUCUCUCACAAUAGCAAAAGGUUCAAAUAUAUACAAAAAUAUGCAAAACCAUUGUGUUAAACAAUGAUCCUAUACAAAAGAUAUUGCAAACAAGCCAUUUUAUGAAAGCUGCCUGAUCCAUAGUUGGCAACAGUCCUUAAUUUGGCAGAACAGUCCUGAUAAAUGAUAAAUCACCAUAAAGUGUCAUAAAGGUAAUGCAGUGUGAUGAAAGGCAGCUAUAGGAAGAUCCAUGCAUGCCAACUCGUCAUUGACCGUAUAGCUGUGACUGAAUCUUUGUUUGAAUCCAUAUAAUGUGAGGCUGUGAUGUAAUGGGGUUUAGAAUAAUGUAUCUGUCCAUAAAGGAACACUGUAGUGUUAGGAAUACAAACCUGCACUCCUAAUACUAUAGUGCCCCCCCCCCCCCUAACUCUAUACACAACCCCCUCUGUGUGCAAUACAAAUUAGUUUAACAAAAGUUUUGCCUACCUUUUUCUGCUCACCUCUCUGCCGCCCAUGGCGUCAUGGAGAAAGCAUGGCCUGCUCCGCAGUGAACCAAUCUAAUGCUCCUCAUGUGCAUGGAUGUGCACCACACUCACAUCCAAGUUUCUCCAUAGUAAAGCAUUGCAUUGGCUUCCGCAUCAUGUGACCGAGAUUUUGAAUGAAUAAAGGAUAGUAAAAAAAAAAAAAAAGAAAUCGAAGAAUUCCUGUAAAGGCAAACUACAGUCCAGAAAUUGCCCCCUCUUAGUAUUUGAUCUAUUAUGGAGAGAAUUCAUAAGUAUAUGGAAAAAAUAAACUUGAAAAUAAGAGAAAAAUCCUAGUAACAACUCAUUUUCCCUUGUUUGUUGAAUAUAUACAUCUUCACUAGGGAUCUGAAAAUGGCUGAAUAUUAUCACUCCUGGGGACUUCUGAGCAUAUCACAUAAACCUCAUCCAGCAGCGAUUUAUGGUGUAUGUCCUGCAGUCCUUGGCAGUUUGACUCCAAGUAAUGUGAAAAAAAGAUGCUACUAUACUAUUGGAUACGAUACUAUAGGCAACCUUCGACACUCCAGAUGUUUUGGAUUACAAAUCCCAUCAUGCUUUGCCAGCAUUAUUAAAAUGUAAAGCCAAAGUAACCAAAUUAGAAGCAUAGCGGACAUCAUGGAGAAUUUUUCCAGUUUAACUAUUUGUCCUUAAAUUAAAAAAUCACUUUGGAAUUCACUUUGAAUUUUUGACACAAUAGGUCGGAGACGAAAAGAAGAGGGGGAAAAAAAAGUAGGAUGAAUUAUGCCUAGAAAUCAACAAAACUGGUUCACACAUAUAUUGCCCACUUUUUAUUUUAAAAGACUAUUGAGGUUGUGUUAGUCAUUUGGAACUCGGUAAAAUCUGCGAUUUUCAAGGCUAAUUUUUACUUGUCUUUUUUCACAUAGUCUAUUUCUCUGGGUCAUAUUAUGGUAUGGAUAUAAAAAAUGCAACAGCAAAUUCACUAAACAUUGAAUUGUGGGGAGCUUCCAGGCAGAUUGUUCACCGCCAGUGAGCUAAGACAGAAAACGUUGCUGAAUUCUUUGUUUAUCCAAUUUGGCGUUUUAACCUUUAAGGCUUAAAAUUAAUCCCUUCAUUCAUUCAAAGUGGUUAUGGUGUUACUCCAUCUCUGGCAUCAUCAUUAGCCAGCCCAGAACAAAGUUGGGGGGCGGACAACAUCAGAAACAGAGACUAACCAAAACCAGUGUUUUCUAAACCGUUUUUUUGAUUGGAGCAACUCUUUAAUAUAUUGUGUUGCUUUUCACUUACCUAUUGCUCUGCUCUUAGUGAUGAGACUUGUAAAACGAUCAGUUGUUUUUCUGUAUUUUUCUUACAUUUUACGAGGAAUUUAAUCAUAAAACUGAGGUUUUGUUUUUUUUAGUCUUAAGCACUGAUAUUUACAAUACACUCUAGACUCGUGCCAUUGUUAAAGUGUGUGUGUGUUUCGAAUGAAAGGGGAAGCUGUGAAGCUGAUUUAGAAUUUCUGAGAACCUAGUUCCAUCCCAAACAUUUAUACUGUGAGCUCUGUGAAAUUGUACGAUAGAGUUACCUUAUGUUCUUAUUCUUUACAGACAAUUACACACCUUUCCUGUGUUAACAAAAAACAGCCAUGGGAUUUGGAACAGAGUUUAACUGUUCCACCGGACACAAUGCAUUGUUGCGCCUCCAAGAUACUGAACUCAAACUGAUGGACUCCAUGAAAAAAUGGCUUGCACAGCGUUCAAAGAGUGACAAAGAGUAUGCUUCACUACUGCACCAGAUGAUCAGUCUGGUGGAAAAGCAGGAACAAUCUUCACCCCCUGGGCUAUCUGACUACUCAAGCCAGCUCAGCCAGGUAAGUAAACCAUGUGCAAUAGGUUCUAGUCCAGGGGUUUCGAAAUACAGACCACCAGUUUCUAAUAAUGGGAGUUGUAGUCCAAGAAUAGUAGAAUUGGGGAACAUUGUGUUUAAUUUGUCUUUUGAAAUGUUUGUUUUUAUUAUUGCAACACUAUAAGGUUGCAACAACUGAAAACAGCACACAUCAUUACAGUGCUGAGCAGUGUAGUGGUCCAUGCUGUAGAUUUAGGGGGUUUUGGGACACAGGCAGGGAUUAUUUACUAAAGUGGGAAUUCAAAGUGAAUUUCAGCUUCAAGGCCAAAGUAGCUGAGCUGAAACAUAGCUGAGAAUUGUGAGAGACUGGGUCCAGUUCGGCUGUUUUUACCUUGAAUUUGACAUUCACGUUAAAGGGACACUAUAGUCACCCAGACCACUUCAGCUCAAUAAAGUGAUCUGGGUGCCAGGUCCCUCCAGGUUUUAACCCUUCAGAUGUAAACAUAGCAGUUUCAGAGAAACUGCUAUGUUUACAUAGCAGGGUUUAUCCAACUUCUAGUGGCUGUCUUCCGGACAGCCGCUGGAGGCGCUUCUGCGGUGCAGAACGUCCAUAUGAAAGCAUUGAGAAAUGCUUUCCUAUGGACUGUUUGAAUGCGCCACUUGCUGCGCAUUCCGCUCCAUUCGGGAGUUGACUUCGGCGGAGAGGUCACCAGCGCCGAGGGAGCCCGGCCCUGGAUUAAGGUAAGUGGCUGAAGGGGUUUUAACCCCUUCAGUGCCAAGGGAGGGGGACCCUGAGUGAUCCUUUAAAUUGACUUUAAAUUCUCAUUUUGGUAACUAGCUCUGAGGUUGUUUAGUAUUGGGGAAACUUAGGGUGACAGGGUUAGGAUUAAGGAGAUCUUACGUUUGGGGGGGACCUUGAUUUGUCUAGGUCAAUAACUUUGUGUAGAUAAAAACACCCGUGUUUAGCAAGUCUAUUCUUACAGUUGUCAAUUCAAUACUGUAUAUUUGGUCAUUAUAAGUAAAACAUUUUAUUUUUUAAUAUACCGAGUAAUUUUGUGUUUAUGUGUAUGCAUAUUAUAGAUCACAAAAUACAAAAGGCAAAUCUGUUCUUAUAUUUUAAACAGAUUGGCACCUAAUGAGGAAAUUUCAGAUCAAAUGUGAAAAACAAACUCCCUACGUGUUAUACAGCUAUAACUAUAAAAUAUACUGUCUGUGUUAUUCUGAUAAAUAAAAAUGUAGUAGUUAAUGCCAUUGCUGUAACUGCAUUUUAAUGACAUCACAGCAGGUUUAUUUCCACCAGUGAGAAAAGUAAUUAGCCAUUUUGGCACUAGGCUUAAAAAAAGAAUUUUCAGUGUCUUGCACUCUGCGUGUUAGCGACAUCAGAACACAUACUAAUACUAUGUUUUAAUGGAAUUCCUGAAUAUGUCCAGGUGAUCAUGAUGUCAUAGUAAUGUGCAACAGGUGUAAUACAUUGCAAAAUAUUAAUUCCUGUUAUGGGAACAUCUUUAGUGUUAUUGGACUGAUUAUCACUUAUUUUUUUUUUAUAUCAUUUAUUGAGAAUUUUCAGUAGUAUAAGUACAAACAAUAUUAGUAUCCACUGCAGUGAUGAAACAAUUCCAGAUAUAUAUACAAUAUAUUCAAAAUAAACUAUACAGUUGGCGAGGGAACUUAAGCGUAACCUUAAACAGGAUUUGGCAAAAAAGGGGAUUAGGGACUAGGGGUCAAGUGGUAUCCAUGGGAGAGGGUGACACAGGAGGCUAAAGGCAAGCCCAGUAUUAGUCCAAAGUUUUCCAUAUUUUUUUUAAUUUGCGCGAGGAGCCUAAAGUUAUGUAAGGCAUCUCUUUGUAUUUGUAAGUGGUUUGUAGAGUGUCAGAGAUUGAUCAUGUUAGGGGAGUCACUAGAGUCCUCCGAUGUAUGGCUAAAUUAGGGGUUUUUUUUUUGCAACUAGAAUAUGUAAGAUCAGUUGUUUACCCCAUGCGUAGAUCAUUGGGGAGCUUUUCUUGUAAUAAAACUUGAGGAAGCCAAAGAAGUGUGUGCCCUGUGACUUCGGCAAUGAGUCUUUGGACCAUCCUCCAAUAUGUGGAGAUUUUAUUACAAUUCCAGGAGAUAUGUAGCAGUGUUCCGGUGUAUGAUUUACAUUUCCAGCAGAUUGGCGAGGUAGAUGUGAGAAAAGCAAGUUAGCACCAUGUACCAACGAAAGAAAAUUUCUGCUUGUCUCCCAAUGAGAGUAGCACUUGGAGACUCUGAUGAAUUUGUUGCCUCAUCGCGCCAUACUUCAGGUGAGAAAGUCUGUUGAAGGUCAGAUUCCUAUUGUGUGGCAUGUCGGCUUUUCAGGACUCUCUUAUGUAAGGAGAAUGUUGUAGCAUGUAGAUAAUGGUUUAAGAUAAAUAUCCCACCCAGAGCCUUUGGAAAUGUGUCAUAUGUGAUGGGAGAACUUUGAAGAAUACUGUUGAGACGUAGGUAGGUAAAGAUAUCUGCCGGAACCUUGGGAUUUCACUUAAAACAUGACCUGGUGAGAAGGAAACCAUAGUCUGUAAACUCCGUUUUGCUGUGGUUUGAGUGUAAAAGCGCAUAUGUGGGUCUACAGAAUAGUAUGGCAGUCUAAAAUAUAUACAGAGGUCUAUACAAAUAAACUAAACAGUUAUACAAACAAAAGAAAAAAAUCAAAUUGCUAAAUAAAUAUAGAGGCUGUUAAUUGUUUUUAUUUUAAAAAUUUUUUACUUUUGACUUCUAAGGGCAUGAGUUAAUUGAUGACCUACAAUCUAACCAAGCAGAUAUGCAAACAAACAAAAUGUUUAAGAAUUUUUGUUGAGACACUUCCCUGUGCGUGAAACAUUUUAUGGUUCUUAGUGAAUUAUCCAAUGAUAAACAGUGAAACUGUUUUAAUGGUAUUUGCUGAAUCAUUGAUUGCAACAAAGGAAAGAAGACAUAGGUUGGUACUUGACUUAUUUGAUUAGAUUAGUAACAGGGCUUUAAACACUUUAAAUUAUUAUACAUUAGAUACAUAUAAAAGUUGUAUAUUUACAGUGAGUAGAGAAUUAACAUAUAUGAAUUAAAAAAAAAAAAACACCUGCUAUUGUUUUUUUUUAACUUUUCUUUUUCUGCAAGUUUCUCAUCUGUAGCAUAAGGGUCAUAACCGCAUUAGUUGCCCCUCUUUCAUAGAUGUCUAGAAAUGAGAGUAUCAUAGAAUGUCUAGAACUCUUCAGAGCAGUGUAAUCAAUCCCCAGAAGAAGGGUACCCACCACAUCCUUGGAAAUUGUCCUUCAGUUCUCCAGUAUGAUGGACAGCCAGCAAUUCACUUGAGGAAUCCUACAGUGUGCCAAGAUAAUAAGUUGUGAAGGGUAUUCUCUGGUAUUAGAGAAGACGGGGAUUCCACGGAUUGUUUCUGCGUCUUCAACAAAUGAAUUUUUUUGCAUAAUUUAGGCCCGGUUAACCUCAACUGACAUUACCCUGUCUACUCCUUUGUUAUGGGCACGGGGCAGAGCAAAGUUCGAACAUCUGGGAUUUAAGGUGGUGUGUGCUUUUCCCUAGCUGUUACAAAAUACAGUGGAUGUUAGACGUGAUUUCCAGAAAGUCAGCUUGUAGAGGAGUAGAUAGUAGGUCUUGGUAGAUCAGGUGGAUUUUGCACCUGAUGCUAGAUAUACACUUUGAGAAAGACCGGUUCGGGUCGAAACGCGUCAGUGUGUGUGGACUUUCUAUUUUAUUUAUUUAGCUUAUGUUGUAUAUUUUCCGUGUAUUUUAUCCAGUAAAUUUUAUUUUACCUUUACCACUUUGGAUACCUUCAUACUUCUUGCUGUACCGGAAAGGAGACACCACAGCAGUGAAUCCUACAGCCAGAAUAAGCUAAUUAUUCAUCUGCCAUCAAAGCCACAGCCUGCUUGUUGUGGCUCAGGAAUGUGUGAGUGACCCAUUACAUCUGCAAUAGAUCUAUAUUGGUUGAAAUAACAGUAUUAUGCUAUGAUUGUUUUUAUGUUAUUUUUUUCAGAAAGAUCAGUAGGCUCCACACUCAUAAGUAUACAUUUCAUAAAUUGUUGUGUAUUUCUGCACCCCCCAUUAUUCAUCACCUUUUCUAAUACACUUGGUGCCAUUUGAGUGAUUUUAGGCACUGGGGGUAGUUGCACUUAUUCUUAUACGUUAAGCGCCAAUCCACUGCUAUUUUAUCCUGUACGGAUUUAAUACUUCUGUACAUGCAAUUGAUAUAUAAACUUUACUAUUCUCCUACUCCCAUCCCUAUCAUCCUCAGCCUUUAUCCCAUCCAGUCCACCUUAGAGUCUCCCCAUCUGCCAAUAUGCAGAGCCUUUAAUUGUGGCACUUUUUAAUGGGUUCAAGUUGUAUAUUCCUGUGCCAUAAUAUUUAAUACAAUUAAUCUAAUUGUAGAAAUAUUCUAAUAAUAUAUUAGUUGUAUAUUUUUUAAGGGAUCCUUUUGUGUCCGCUAGGAUUUUAUAUCCAGUGGACAUUUAUGUACUUCUCUAUUCACUAUAUUUGAGGGGUUUUCCAUUUUAGGUUCCCUUUUAAACACCAAUAGUCCCUCUUUGGGAUACUUUGUAUUUUCAAUUUAUACCAAUUAAAGAAUAAGUCCCUGUAUUAUUUUAAACUUGAAGAUUGGAUUAUCUAGAAUGUAAGAACCUGUACACGUUCUUAAUAAGAAUGAUUCGUUUUUCCAUGCCAAACAUUCUGAGCUCUAUACACAGUAUCCAGAUAGGCUAUGGAAGAGCAAUACGAGUCUUAAAACCUUGCAAAGUAUUUUCAUUUUUUAUUUUGGUGCCCUACAUUUUACCUGCGAAAUGUGGGCAAACUGGUUGAUCAACAUUUUUCAUUAUGCAUUUAGUCAUGACAGGGCUGCUGGCAAGGAGGUUGUGGACUGCAACCUCAAACCAUUCUUCUGAAAAUUUGAAUAUCAAGAGGUGCGUGUCAGGUUCGUCAGGAGACCCUCAGUAAGAUGAGAGACAGCAAUCCUGACAAGGCAAUGAACGAAAGUUAGAAUAGGGUGUAUUAUUAAACCCUAGACUGGCUGCACUUAAAGCGGCACUGUCAUGGCCGAAUACAGUUUGUUUGUUUUUUUUAACCCCCCUCCCUACUCCACUACAUCUAAUUGUCCCCUAGUCACCCAAAAAUGUUCCUAAGGUCCUGGGCGCUGCCAUAUUUGUGUGGGUAGGUGAAGUCCCUGUGGGACACGUCAUCUGCCCACACUAGAUAGCGCUGUAAAAAUUCCUGUGCAUGCCCAGUUUAGCACUUGGGCAUUCGCUACAGGAAUUUCAUCUAUACAUUUGUCAGAAAUGAAUGAAAAUUUCAGAGGAACAAUCGGUGUUUGUUUGUUCGUUCAUUUAGUUUAUUACGAGAGAGCUACCGGCGCGCAGCUCCCUCCUUGUAAAAUUGUAAAAAUAGAAGCGGCAGAGAGCAGUGCUCCCGCCACUUCCUAAGCCCCUAAAUGUCCUCCCUCACUCUAUGAGGGUCAAUAUGACCCCCAUAUUAGCAUAAGGGAGAUUGAAAUCUCCCGAAUGCCCCUACUCGCUAUGCCGCGAGUAGGGGAAUGUCUACUAAACAGUUAGCAGCAUGUGGCUGCUCACUGUUGUAAGCCCCCCCCCCCUUCCAACAAGUAGCCCCAUGGUGUCCCCGCAGCUCCCACCCGUGCCCCGCGAGUGGGGGCUGUGCAAAUAAAUGGGGGACAUAGGUUGAGCGGUGGUUGGGGGCCCUAAAAGACAAUGGUGGGAACUAGGGUUGCCACAUUUUUUGUGGAAAAAUACCGGCCAUUAUAAUUUGUAUAACUGUAUAUGCAUGACAUCACAGGGCACGACAUACAUAAAAGAAUGAGAACAUUUGGAAGUAGAAAAUUCCCAAAUUUACUAAUAAACUACUUACAAUGUUUGUACUUUGUGUGUGUGUGUGUGUGUCUACAAUGUCUGUGUUAUUUUAUAGUGUGUGUGUGUGUGUGUAUAUAGCAAUGUGUGUACAUACCAUUUAUAACAGAGAUGGAUAUUCUACAGAGACUGCUGAAUAAACAUACAGACACAGACUGCUGUAUACAUACAUACUUCUGAAUAUACAUGCAUACACACACAGACUGCUGAAUACACACACAGACUGCUGAGUACACGCAGAGACUGCUGAAUACAUAGAGACUGCUGUACACACACACACACACACACAGACACACAGACUGCUGGAUACACACACAGACUGACUGCUGAACACACACACACACAGACUGCUGAACACACACACACACACACAGACUGCUGAACACACGUACACACAGACUGAUGAAUUCACACACAUAGAUUGCUGAGUACACACACAGACUGCUGCAUACACAAAGACAAAGACAGCUGAAUACAGACACACACUGACUGCUGAGUACAUACACACACACACAGAUUGCUGAGUGCACACACAGACUGCUAAAUACAGACACACACUGACUGAGUACACACACACACACAGAUUGCUGAGUGCACACACAGACUGCUGAAUACAGACACACACUGACUGCUGAGUACACACACACACACACAUACUGAUUACUGAAUACAGAUACACACAGACUGCUGAAUACACACACAGAUUGCUGAGUACACACACACAGACUGCUGAGCACACACAGACUGCUAAGCACACACACAGAUUCCGGAUUACACACACAGAUUCCUGAUUACACACACAGAUUGCUCAACACACGUACACACAGACUGCUGUACUUACACACACAGACUGCUGAACACACACCCACAGAUUGCCGAGUACAUACACACACACAGACUGCUGCAUACAUGGACACAGACUGCUGAAUACAGACACACACUGACUGCUGCUUACAUACACACACAGAUUGCUGAGUACACACACAGACUGCUGCAUACACAUAGACACAGACUGCUGAGUACACACAGACUGCUGAAUACAGACACACUGACUGCUGAGUACGCACACACUGAUUGCUGAAUACAGACACACACAGACUGCUGAGUACACACACACAUAUUGCCAAGUACACACACACAUACUGCUGAAUACAGACACACAUACUGCUGAAUACAGACACACACAGAUUGAUGAGUACACACACACAGAGACUGCUGAGUACACACACACACAGACUGCUGAACACACACACACACAGAUUGCGGAGUACACACACACAUCCAAAUUGCUGAGUAUAUACAAACUGCUGCAUAUACACACACAAGUACCUGCUCUCAAGACACAGCUCCUACUGCCAUGCUUCCAUCUCCUUGACCUACAGCUUCUGCUCCUCCCAUGAGGACUCUAUCAGUGGAGAGGGCAGGGACAAGCUGAGAUAUCCCAUCUCAGUCCUCUCCACACACCCAAGCACCAACAAGUUUUCUUAGUACGGCCUGAGAGUACUGCACACCCUGAAGGCCAGUGCCGAUAUUGCAGAACAAUCUCUUCAAAGAAAAAUAUUUUUGCAAUAUCUGCACUGGUCACAGUGCAUCAAAUACCAGUAAAAUACCAGUAAAAUACAAGCCAGGUGGCAACUCUAGCCCGGAGAACCUAUUGUUACCCCCUGCCCGGCCUCUGCCCAUUUUCAUUUAGGGCCCCCACCUGCCGCUCAUGGGUGGGGGCCGGUGGGAAGACAAUAGGUUCUCCCCCCCCCCCAUUUUAAUUUAGGGCCCACACCCGCCGCUAAAGUUGUCUGAAAGAUCAAUCUUGGUCUCUCAGUCUUUUGGUAGAUAGCUCCCUAAUACCGUGGGGGGCCCUGAGGUGACCGGCUGCUGGGCCCCCCAGGAGAAGAGGCUGGCCAUAGUGGGUACAUACCCUGCGACCCAGUAUGUACACCACUGAAUGUGGGGCCCGGAUGACCUGAGCAGUCCGGGCCCCCCAGGACCGCCGGGCCCAUGACAACAAAUGUUUGCUUUUUUAUUUAUUUUUAUUUUUUGGUAUUUGCAAUUUACUUUAGUUUGAUAUUGAGGACAUACUAAAAUUCCUCUAAAUUGAGCAAUGUGUAUGUUCAGAAAAUGACAGCUCAAUAAGUAGAGUAUACUUUUAUACAUUUUUAAACUGAAUUCCUGGGAAAAAUCUUAUUUUUUUGUGUGCAUUCUUUCCCCAUAACUGCUCAUUAUAAGUGCAUCUAAUCUGUUCCCUACCUCUUUGUAUCUUUGGCAAAGCAGCCCUCCUCAGUCAGCUUAACCUCACACUUUACAUUUUACACCUAGCAUAUACAAUGCAACUAGCUUGUUUAUCUUCUCUUACUAUUUUAAAGUAAGUGGUUCAGCCUGUUUCCUUUACCUCAUGUUUAAAACACAUAACGUCACUUGUCAUGCAUAGCACAAACUUUCCAGAUCCUCUCCUGACACACACUCAUUUAUACUAUUGUACUUAAAACACAGAAACUGUGGGGGCGGGGCUUGAGCCUCAUGGCGGCCGGAAAUGCUUUGGCUGAGCUCCGGGCCUGAUCUCCCUUCUAAGUUAACUUUUAUGCUAAACAGCCCACUUCAAAGCCUAAAACCGGAACUUACCUGUCCCAGGAGCCGGUAGCUGAACCCUGAGCCGGCCGAUUUGUUAUUGUUCCGUGCUAAUUGCGGUAAUCUAGGAGAGGCCUGGUGGAGUUGCUCGGCGGGAGAGGCGGCCGCUCUCCCGACCUGAGGACCGCUACACCUUCAAGCAUUAACCUCAUAGCCCCGUUUCUCCCCCCCUCUGGACCGGGGGGGUUAUCCCAAGCCCCACUGACAAGAAGCUUGCACCAUCGCAGCGGCAACACUCACUUAGCCCAAAAGGGCACUAUCACGCAAAAUGGCGUCUGAACUCAGCACCACUAUGCCUAAGCCUUCGUCUGUUCUGGGACACUCGCAUGCCGCUGAUUACCUUAUGCAGAGGCUCGACGACAUCUUUGAGCGCUUCUGGAAAACAUUGGAGGCACGCCAGUCAGCUACUGCAGAACAGAACCUAGAAGGGAACUGGAGAAGAGAGAGACCGGCAGUAUGUGGGCCUUUUCAGGGUGAUCAACCUAAUCGAGCAGACAUACCUACAACCACAUGUCACACUCACACUACUCAACCGCAGGACUCUGCUACACUGCAUCAUAAGAGUACACAGUGGACAGCCAGACAAAAGGUGAGCAGAUCCCCCUCGGGCAGAACCCUCAACACGGGAACCACCUUCACUUACAGUAACCCACCUGGGUCGAAGGCCACCAGGGGCACAACCCUACAGCAUCACCCGCUCAGACUCUGUACCCCCCGAAAGGGGAAGUACUGGGACUCUAGAGGCCUCCCGGCCUGCAGCCCGCAGAUGCCAGCCUAUAAGAAAUCCUCCGACCAGCGAAGCGCAAUCCCGCACUCAAGGUCUCAUGCAGGCAGCCACGAAGCUCACCGGGAUGCAGCAUAGAUUUCUACCGGCAAAAGACACAGACAGACAGAGAGCCCCUCCAGGGCCCAUCGGAGAUGGAAUCUUACCGAGGCACCAACUCUGCUACUAUCCCUGGCCCACCUGUCAAGCCUCCAGAGCCGGCAUCGGCUGAUCAGAGUGGACUGAACCAGAAAUGUUUGAUACCUCAUGGUUUGUUUUUUUCUCUUCUUGCUCUCUCUAAUCACACAUGUUUUCUCUUAUUAUUUGUUGCCUUCACGACCCAGUGGCAUUAAGCUCAGGCACACUGACACAGCCUGUAUACUAUGAAUGUGUGUAGCUUACAGCAUAUAGAGCCUGAACACCUAUAUUCUAUAAAACCAUAUCCCAUGUCUAAACCCUGUUAGAUAGGUACACAUCCCAAGCUGCACUAGAAAUGUAGAAAUGUAUAAGUUUGUGCCUAGACACUAUGUCCGCGUCUUCAAAAAUUGGGCAAGCUAGUUUGGUAUCUGCAGCACUUCUAUAGUCUCUCUCAGGAUUCAGCCUGUUUACUUAUAACAUAAAAAUGUGCAGUUCUUAACUUGCCAUGACACUGUAAUUACUUGUGAUAUUGCAUUAUGCUUGUCAACGCCGUCGUGGCAUCACAAGCCUGUAUGUUAUUCCAUGCACUAAAAAAUAAAGAAUUUAAAAAAAAAACACAGAAACUGUGCAAUUUCAUAGAAUCCACACUAAAGUUGCCUAUUAUAUGUUACACUUGUACAUGCUGAAAUUACUGUGGCAAGGAAAACUUGUAUUGUUAUAUGCGCACAACAAAAAUAAAUAAAUAAUAAUCUGUUCCCUAAUUCCGAUUUGAUGCCUCCACUAGGGCUGGAAAGCCAUUCUAUCUAUAUACCUCCUGUCAUGAUAGCGAGGUCGCGAGACAUUGUAUCAGCUGUCAGUAAAUGGGGAACAAACAGGGUUUCCCUUACAUUGUACGUUAAUUUGUAGAUUUGAAUUUCAAUGAAAGAAAAACAUCAAUGUUGAUUUAGGUAGUGAGGUCAAAGUUCGAAUUUACUUUCAGGAAUGUUAUUUUUUUUUAUUUGCAUAAAGUCAUGGUACAGAUAUCACUGUUUUGGAUACACCGAAUAUUGAGAAGUAACAAUUAUCUGUAUGCGUCAAAUACAUGGGAAACAAGAAUUUGCUGCUAACAAUUGAGGAAUGUUAUUUUAGUUCUAGUUGGCAGACACACUGUCUACAUCAGCAUUUAGAAUCUUGCUGAUUUCAUGAAUUGAUUAUUUCAUAUACAGGUAGAUGGCUAAAUGCUGGGUUCCUUCUAUGACCAACACAUCAUUGUUGUUAAACCUCUGGAGUGCCAUGGUAAUCCAUAGUCAAUAGGUUACAAGUGAAAUAGUUAUUUAAAAAGUUUAAAGUAAACUUUAUUAUUUUAGGGAACUAAAUGUUACUUUAAAUAAGAACUUCAUAAAAAUUGGAGCCAGAUGGCCAUACUCACAUAUGUGUAUAUUAACAUUUUUUGGGUGUUUUUCUUUACUAGCCUAAGAAGGGAUAAAUCUAUAGAGUUUUCACUUCACAUGAUGAUAUAUUUGUGUGUGUGUAUAUAUAUAUAUAUAUAUAUAUAUAUGUGUGUAUAUGUAUACAUGGCCAUUAUCAGGGGUGGGGGUACAAGCUAUACAUGUGUAGAGGGCCUAAACUCCGACCAGUGAGCAGGGCACUAAGCAGUCCGAUUCUAGAGAUAUACAUAUCUCCUCUAGCAGGAGUGCAUUCUGAUCGUGAGGCUGAUCAGGUCUCUUCACCUCAUUCCUAUCCUGCGUGGUAUCAGGGGGAGGAAGUGAUGUCAGAUAACUUUAUCUCCGCAAGAGAAGAAAGCCGCAUGGGAGGUAAGAGAAGGCACGUGCUGAGCCACUGAAUACCAGGGAAGCCACCCUUCUCCAGCACAAAGAUAGGCAAAGUGGAGCAUGUCUCAGAUAGAGCUUAGCUGGGUAUAAGAUUUUUAUCAGUAUCUGUGUGUGUCAGACUUUUUAUAUGUAUGCAGUGGACCUGUGUGUAUGUGUGGCACUAUAUAUUUGUGUGUGGCAGUGUAAACUCUGGCAGUUUGGAUCACAUGUGUGGCAGUGUAUAUCUGUAGUUGCAUGUAUGUGUUUGUUUGUGGAAGUGUGUUUCUGUAUGUGCAUGUGUGUAUCUGUAUCUUGAAAUGUGAGUGGGUGAGACUGGGAAUGUGCAACUUUGUGUGUGUGAAAAUGUGUGUGUGUGUGUAUGUGUAUAUGUAUAUAUAUAUAUAUAUAUAUAUAUAUAUAUAUAUAUAUAUAUAUAUAGAAGGGUGUGUUCGCAUGCAUUUGUUUCUAAAAGAGUAAGUUGGGAGGGCGCCUGAGCUCUCGUACUCCAACCCAGUACCUCCGCCAAGUACGCUUCUUAGCCACUUUCAGGGACGCUGGAACACUUCAGCCGCAGGGGUCUCUCCAGAGCUCUUCCACCUGACCAGGCUUCAACCUUUUCCUUCCAGGCUGGUAUUGUCCCCUCUAUCUACUUGUCUGCAGCUCUCCAUCCAGGUAGGUAUCUACACUUCUGCCUGCAGUGGCUCUCAGGCAUAGCUCUUUUGAUUUUGUCCCAUGCUACAGUGACUAUGCAGGCAACCAACAGGUCCAAAGACUCUGUUACCGGAAUCCCUGAACAAAAUUGGCACACAGUUCUAAAAGGAACUAGCAUACAAUACUUUAUUUUGAACUAUGAUUGGCAUUUGCUGACUAGUCCUUAAGUAACAGAGGGCCUGAAAGAAUCCCCUUUUUAAAACAAGAAGGUGUCCGUUACAAUAUACACUUUUUAGACUUUUUGGAAUAUUUCUUGGAAACCUGAAAUACAGACAGGGAAAACUUAAUAUGUAGCAGGAGGUACAUCUUCAGUGCAGAACUUCCACAUGAAUUAAACACCUCAAAGAUAAAAAUAGAGACAUACAAUAGCGCAGGAUGUAUGAUACAAUAAAAAUAUACAUCCUACCGAGAAAAUCAUUUAUGCCCACUCACAUGGUCUUGAGCCUGGAAUACAGCUCUGUUUUUGUGCCUUAGAAUCUUUAUGGGAGACACCUGCCCUUCUUCCUUCCCCCCAUAAAGACUCCAAGGCGCUAAAAUAGAGCUGAAUUCCAGGCUCUAGUCCAUGUGAGUGGACACCUACAAUGGAUUCUUUUUGUGGGAUAUAUCUUUUCAUUGCACUAUUGAGUGUCUCUAUUUUUGUCUUUGAGGUUUUUAAUUCCCGUGGAAGUUCUAAUAUUGCUAAAGUGUCAGUACUUUAUUGGUGGUACUGACAUUGAACGAACUUAUACAAUAUUUUGUGCAUUUUAAACUUUUUUCUGUGUUUUUUUGCACAUUUAUUACACCUACUUUAUUACACCUACUUUGCAACUGUUAAGCACUUUAUAACUUUAUUACAAGGCCAUUUGUUCAUUAAUGUGCUUUAAUUGUUAAAAGUGAUUUGAAGCGCCUUUUUAUACUUUGCAUUUUUGUUAUAUUAUAAAUGAUAUAUUAUCACAAGAGAGUUCAUUAGUAGAAUGGGAUACCCAACACUUUUAACAGAUGUUUUAUUUUUCUUAACUUUCUUACACAGCGAAUAAGAUGAUCCUAAAAGGUACACCAAAUAUUUUGGGGUGAAUUCGUCCCUCCCAAGUCCCUCAGUACCUACACAUAUGCCAGAAGGGAAUUCCUAUUACCAUGUCUUGCCACUGUUAGAAAACAAGGGAUUUGGGGAUUUUUCUUAUAUUUGUCCUUAUAAUUAAAUGUUCAAUAUAUCCAAAUUAAAGAGUUUUAAUAGUCAUCCUAUAUUUGACGCUAAAAAACCCUAUACAGUGGAAUAUUUGUACAUUGAUUAUGGGGUGUGCUUUAUUCAUCCUAUUAGUUCCUUACUGCCAGGAAGUACAUCAAGAUGAAGACUCUAAGUCUUGCUACACUGACAUUUUCACUUCCAUGGAACUUCUAUGGAACACAAACAUCAGCUGAGUGCUUCAAAUUACACACAAAUCAGAGAAUUCAGUUCCAGCUUACUAAAGUGAUGCAAUAAAUAAUAAUUUAUAUACUCCAAAAUACUUUUUUAAACAUGUGUUUUAAUGCAAUUCUCCAAAUAUAGAUUGUAGUUUGCAUAAUAUGCUGUUAGUGUACAAAACCAUGCAAACCCACGCAUGCUUAAACUCCUUCACUGUGUUAACCUCUACCACUUCAGCUGGAAGGCUAUUCCAUGCAUCCACUACCCUCUCAGUAAAGUAAUACUUCCUGAUAUUAUGUUUAAACCUUUGCCCCUCUAAUUUAAGACUGUCCUCUUGUUGUGGUAGUUUUUCUUCUUUUAAAUAUAGUCUCCUCCUUUACUGAUUCCCUUUAUGUAUUCUAAUGUUACUAUCAUAUCCCCCCGUCUCGUCUUUCCUCCAAGCUAUACAUGUUAAGUUCCUUUAACGUUUCUUUGUAAGUUUUAUCCUGCAAUCCAUGCAUUUUUGCUAUAUAUGAUUCCUAUCGUACGCAGAUUUAGUAUUGUGUACGGUCCAUCUGUAGAAUCGGGCUAGCUCUCUCAAAUUACUUUAGUUCAGAUUGAUCUUGAGUGGCCACAGUGGUGAUCGUGUUUUCAAUGAAAGUCAUUAAAUUUAAUAUUUUUAUUAUGAAAAGCUUUUUAAUGUAAACCAGACAAUAUGAGGCCAGAAAAGAAUUCAUAACGAUUCGGUCAAACUAUGAUUAAAUAUAUUUAAACUACAUUUCCCAUGAUGUCAAUAUUACAUCAUGAUUGACAUCUACCAAGCUGUAAUCACUCUGCAAUCGUAGCUUUCUUGAUUUGCUAAUCUGACUAUUUUUCCUUACAGUCAUGGUCUACAAUGGUUUCCCAGACUGAGAACUUGAGCCAGAUCUUAAAGAAACAUUCAGAUGAUUUAAAUACAGGGCCCCUGAGCAAGCUAAACCUUCUCAUUCGAGAGAAGCAACAGUUGAAGAAAUUAUACAGUGAACAGUGGCAAUUUCUCAACCAGGAGUAUGUGAAGGUAACUCAUUUUUAAAUGAUGCUUAUAUAGGGCAGUCCAUAGGUCCAUUAAUAUGCUGUGAAUUUGUGUUGAGGUGUAGUGUGAUUGUCUGUCAAGCCUCACUUUGCAGAGUGCAAUAACAAUUGGGUACUGAAGCAGUAGUCAGACCUGAUCAUCUGCAAUGUAUAUGUGCAUUGAAUAGAGCAUGACUCGAAAGUCACCCAGCGUGAAAGUUCAUUGAAGUUUAUUUACUGCUUUAGAAAUGGCUCUGGAGAAGAAGCACAAACUGAUCAUCCAGUAUCUAAAAAGCCAAUGUAUGGACCGACAAAGGGGUGUAAGGUGUGUGAUGAAUGGUCAAAGCGCUUGGUGGAAACUUUCACUAUAAAUUGUAGUAGAGAAAUCUGAGCACGAUGAAGACUGUUGCAGCCAUUAAGACCAAUUACACUGAGUUUGAAGAGAGCUUGAAUGCUCGUACACCUGACCUGAGAGUGACAAUUGAGGAUUAGUGCACGGAAGGGGCUUAUAAGAAGUUCUGCUUUGGAAAAGUUGUAAAUAUGUUUUUCUAGAAUGGAGCAGUGAGACCUAAGAGAGUCAUUUAAUGACAUGAUCUAGGACAGGAGUAGGAACUCCAGGUGCUGUGAGCUACAUUUCCACUGAUGCUUUGCCAGCAUUGUGUUUGUAAGUGCAUUAUGGGUGAUGUAUUCCACAAUACCUUGUAGGUCAAAGGUUCUCCACCACUGAUCUAGAAGGUUUCAAGAGAGAUUAGUGACAGAGAGGUUAAUCUGAGUGUUAUCUGCAUAUUGUAACAUCCAUUGUAUCAGACACACAUGACCAUAAGGACAUAGUGAGACGACAUGUCAUGGCCCGCCUGAGGUUAAAGGGAGUCACACCCUGGGCUGAAGCUGCAGAAGUCCCCCUUCUAGGCACACUGGAAGUAGUAGUGAGGAGGAAGUGAGACAAUGUUUCUCAUUUUAUAGAUGCAAAAAAUAGCAUUUUAAGACCAAUGAGGGGAAAUGGGGGACAAAAAAUAUGUUAACAUGCAAUGACUUCAAUUAACUUUUUGUGUUAUCAUUUUUCAAACGAGAAAUAGCAUUUCUUGCAGAUUUGUUUAUUUGUAUAAUGUACCUUCAAUAAAAUACUGUACUCAGGGUCUUGUGUUGCAAACUUUAAAAAAAAUAAUAAAGGUUAAUUUCUGCAGUCAGUUACAACUUUUUCCUGGAGCUCAAUAAAGAUUAAAGGGACACUAUAGUCACCUGAACAACUUUAGCUUAAUGAAGCAGUUUUGGUGGAUAGAACAUGCCCCUGCAGCCUCACUGCUCAAUCCUCUGCCAUUUAGGAGUUAAAUCCCUUUGUUUAUGAACCCUAGUCACACCUCCCUGCAUGUGACUUGCACAGCCUUCCAUAAACACUUCCUGUAAAGAGAGCCCUAUUUAGGCUUUCUUUAUUGCAAGUUCUGUUUAAUUAAGAUUUUCUUAUCCCCUGCUAUGUUAAUAGCUUGCUAGACCCUGCAAGAGCCUCCUGUAUGUGAUUAAAGUUCAAUUUAGAGAUUGAGAUACAAUUAUUUAAGGUAAAUUACAUCUGUUUGAAAGUGAAACCAGUUUUUUUUUCAAUGCAGGCUCUGUCAAUCAUAGCCAGGGGAGGUGUGGCUAGGGCUGCAUAAACAGAAACAAAGUGAUUUAACUCCUAAAUGACAGUGAAUUGAGCAGUGAAAUUGCAGGGGAAUGAUCUAUACACUAAAACUGCUUUAUUUAGCUAAAGUAAUUUAGGUGACUAUAGUGUUCCUUUAAGAACAUUAAGGAUUGAAACGUUUGUAUUGAAUUUACAAAGGUUGUUGGGUUUGCAGUUUGAUGACAGUGUCAUGUUGGCUCCAGGACUUGUUUGAUACACUUUAUGGUUAUCUCCCCAUAGACAACACAGCAGGAGGUAGAAAAGUUAAGAUCACAAUAUCGCAACCAAGUUAAAGAAACCUUACAAGCCAAGCGAAAAUACCAGGAGACAAGUAGAGGUAAGAUCAGCUGUAUUUACCCAACAUAAAUGUCAUAUGCGGCUUUAUUUCUUCACUUGACUGCAAACAUUAGAUUACUGUUAUUAUUAUUAUUGGCAUUUAUAAAGUGCCAACAAAUUACACAAUGCUGUACAAUUGGCGAAAAGGACACUACAAUAUGCCCAGACCAAUACAAAAGGUAAAGAACUUGACCUUUAAAAAAAAAAAAAAAAAAAACACUCUGAAAACACUCAGGGCCACUGAGCAAGUUCUAGAAAUACAAUACUGUAGUGUUAGGAAUACAUAUCUGUAUUCCUAACGCCACAGUCCUAAUGUGCCUAUUUUGUUGAGCCCCCCCAGUGUUAAUUAAAAAGCAACAAAAUACAUCGGAAUAAAACAAAUUACUCACUUUUUCUUCAGCACCGAAUCAAACUCAGCACUGCCACAACCUUCGCCUUGGCUGAUGCCAUUGUGGAGGAGUGUGUCCAGGAUGAAAAUCCUAUCCAAUCCUUUUCAUAUAGGAGCAUUUGGGACCACAGGGUACAUGUGCCUAUGAUUCUGUCAUUGAGAAUUAUUCUCUAUGGCAGACCGUGACAGCACUGCGCAUGCACAUGUUACUUCACGGUAUGUUAUGGUAUGAGAGCCGGGAAGAAUAAUUGUUAAAUAAAAAGUAUAACAACUUUAAUAAGAUUAAGCUGUUAUAGUGCCUACAGUGUUUCCUUUAAUCUUCUCGUUCGGAAGAAGCAAUGAAGCAUCCAUGUAUGUACGUAGAGGGGAAUUACGAUGCAACAUAAACAUAACUAACCCCGUUCAACCCCCCAAUAACGACAGACAACUUAGUAUGGAUGAACAGGCCACAGCAUUUAUUAUAACAUAAAUAAAUUACUGCAUAACACAUCCAUAACUUUAAUGUGUAAAUAUAAAUGUGUAAAAACAUGUAACUCUAAAUAUAUUUUUAAAACAAAGUAUUUUCUUAUAUAAAAUAAAAUAAAAUCUGUCAAUUUUAGCUGCUACCACACUGAAUGUGCAAAUCUCCAAAACACGACACAAUCAAAUACAAUAUACAGGAAAACAGUGGAGCGCUUAUUUAUAGUUGUGGUACACCACAUGCAAUCCCAGUGAUACACUUAAAUACUUAACUUUUUGUACAAAGCUGUAUAUUUUACUGUGGUGGUACUUGUAAUUGAAUGCAAAAUAUGCACUGCCUGUUCUACUCAGCAAUUGAGAGUUCCCUUUUUAAAAAAAAAAAAGGAUGUACAAAACAGUUGAAAGCACAAUCUCAGUUUAAUCUAUUCAAUUGCUGAAUAGAACAGGCAGUGCAUAUUUUGCAUUCAAUUACAAGUACCACCACAGUAAAAUAUACAGCUUUGUACAAAAAGUUAAGUAUUUAAGUGUAUCACUGGGAUUGCAGGUGGUGUACCACAACUAUAAAUAAGCGCUCCACUGUUUUCUUGUACAUCCAUAACUUUAUUUAUUAAACUCUUCUUUUCUGUAACCAAAUUGUUAGAAAUAAAUAAUCAUAAAUUACCAUAUAUACAUAUAUAGCUCAACACAUAGUGUUAUACAGAGACCCAACCGUCCUUGCCAAUAAACAUACAGUGGUUCCUAAUCACCACUUCCUCUCACCUCCCCCCUCGUCAUAAAAUCAUAUCCUUCCAAUGCCCGCCAUCAGCUGACCUUAUCCAUGCUCGAUGGGCACGACAUAUCAGGCAACCUAAUGUUAACCCUUUGAAGCAGGGGAGGUUGAGACCUGCAAACAUAAUGAACUUACUCCAUCCUUAAACAUAACCCCUCAAACUUAAUUGGCAAGGACAUACCCUCGGCUCGCUGUGACUAACUAAUACUACAAGGGGUGGGCGGGCGGGAAGCUGUUUGCUGGCCCGAAUCCCAAGUGGCACUGAGGUAAGACCUCCCCCCUACUAGCUCACAUAGCCCUAACCCCCCACACACACACACACACACACACACUUCCCAAGUCACUCCCACGCAUCUAUCACCACACUCCUACAUGUGCCCUUGUCUGCUAAGCUGCGCUAUCUCCCCAGGGCCUAAGUUACCAGAGUGCAAUGUACAUUAAAUGGAGCAUGACUCGAAAGUCAUCCUGCGUCAAAAGUCAUUUAGGUUCAUUAAAUGCUGGAGAAAAUACACUGAAAUGCGAGUGGCAAAUAAGGGAUAGUCCCUGGAAGGGGUGUAGAAGAAGCUUUGCUUUAGAAAAGUUGAUGGAAAAUCUGUUUUUCUGGGGGGAACAGUAAGACAGAAGAGAGAUAUUUAAUGACACGAUCUAGGAGGGUUGAAGAUAGAUUAGAGGCAGAGAGCCGAGUCUCAGUGUUAUCUGCAUAUUAAAACAUCCAUUAUAUAUACAUUUACUUGUGCACAAAUGGAUUCAGUAUUGUAACUAAAGCAAGUUUGCCUGUAGUUAAGCAGUGAUAUAGGUCUUAUUGUGGCCUUGAUGCCUUGAAUUUACCAACCUUAAAUUACUUAUUGGAAAGGCAUUGAUAGGAAAGUAGCUGCAAUGAAUUUACUAUUAUAUAUAAAUAUAACUAUAUAUAAAUAAAAAAUAACACAUAGGCACCUGCCCGUCAGCAGUUACAUCUAAAAGCUACUAAAUAGAUAUUUUGUUCAAUUCAAUUUAUUCCAUACUAUAGUUUUGCUCUACCUUAUAGAAUUUGGUAUUCUACAAUACCUAUCUAGUAAAAUAACAAAAAAAUGAGCCAGACUCUAGUAAAGUGUUUUCAUAAUAAAACGGUAUAAUUAACUUUAGUAGAGGAUCAUAGUUUUUGUGUUUCCAUUGAGUACAGUUUUGCAGGUUAAAGUAAACUUACAGACAAACGCUAUCAAAAAAAUAUUGCUUAUGGUUUUUCAUAUCUCAUCUCACUGUCAAUACACUUGAUGUGAACAUGUAAACGUCAAAAUAUGUGAUAUGUGAAUAGACAACUGUAGAAAAAGGCAUUUGCCAUAUUUUUUCAGGUGUCCAUAAAAUAUUUAUAUUCUUCAUUACUUACUAUGUUUCUUCUUUAGCUAACAACCCCACUUAAAUGUAAGGAUUUGCUCAUUGUGUUCUUUUGUAGGAGAUGUUUAUUAAAAAUAUAUUACAAUAUCAGCACCCUUCUAUAUAUCCAUGGGACACGACAGGGAUGCCCCCUAUCCCCCCUACUAUAUAUACUAUCCCUCGAACCGCUAGCACAAAAAAUAAGAAAUGACGAACGCAUACAAGGCGUCAAAAUCUUAGGCAAGGAAUAUAAACUAGCGCUAUUUGCAGACGAUAUCUUAAUCACACUAGAAAACCCUCAAACAUCAGUGCCCCACCUGUUGGAGACCUUAGAAGGAUUCGGGGACGUAUCACACUACCGUCUAAACCAAGACAAAACGCAAGCAUUACCCAUCAAACUCCCCUCCUCCACCACAGCUGUGCUCAAAGACAAAUACCUCUUCGAUUGGAGGACAACCUCACUCACUUACCUUGGCAUAAAAAUUGCACCUACCAUAGCUGAAGUAUUAAAAGUAAAUUACCUCACACUCCCACAACAAUGCAAGAAUGAAACACACAAAUGGUCGCAAACACACAUCUCCUGGUUAGGCAGAAUAAAUGCGUAUAAAAUGGUGAUACUCCCAAAAAUACUGUAUAUAUUCAGAAUGCUCCCUCUACAAGCACCAAAAACACUUAUAAGAACACUACAAUCCAUAUGUAAUGCGUUCAUAUGGGAACACAAAAAGCAACGCGUCGCAAGUGCGAUACUAUACCAACACUCAAAACAUGGUGGAGUGGGGUUACCCAACAUAGAUCUGUACUAUAAGGCAUCUGCCUUAGCAACAGGGAUACUGCUCCACACUACUGAGGGGAUCAUACAAUGGGUGGACAUGGAAAGAGCCCAGUUCAGCAACAACUUGGCACUAGCACACUUGUGGACACCAAGAAAAUUAAGGUCGUUAAGAUCUGAUCUAUUACCCACAACAAAAUAUACUAUCCAAAUAUGGACAACAUUUCUAGAAAAGGUAGGGGACAAAAAUAAAUUCCAGGCAGAGGCACCAUUGAUGGCCUUAAGGGCUAUCACGCCAGACAUACGCUUACACAAGUGGUCGUUGGCAGGAAUAACACACAUACACCAAUUACUUAAAUCCCAAAAAAUGAUGACAUUCUCCGACAUACAACACAAAUGGGAACUUCCCAAUGACGCGUUCUUUACAUACCUACAACUUAAGGGAAUCAUUACCACACAUGUAACCAACCAACAUUCAAAUAUCCCUACCAACAAAGGCAAUCAUAGAAAGGUGCUGGAAACACCCCACAAAACCAAAAACCAUUUCCCUAUGCUAUAAAGCGUGGGAAGACACUAUACCUAAGAUAUCACCACGCUGCAAAACUCAGUGGGAACUAGACUGUGCCAUCCAACUCACAGACGAAGACUGGCUACAUGUACUAAACGACCUAUCUAAAUGGACAAAAUGCUACACACACAUAGAAGCACACAGAAAACUCAUGUACAGAUGGUACCUAACUCCACACAAACUCCACAAAAUAUACCCAAACACGACUCCUCUAUGCUGGAGAUGCUCCGCAGAGGAGGGCACACUUAUACAUGUCUGGUGGGAGUGCCCCAACAUCCAGCCCCUAUGGACAGAGGUACACAAUACGAUCAGAGCACUCCAAAUCCCAGAUACCCAAAAGACACCCGACACAUAUUUACUCUUGAGAUUCCCUCCGACACUCCGAAACUCGCACAAACAGCUGUGUGCCAUUAUCGCUCUAGCAGCUCGCAGCCUACUGGCCCUCCACUGGAAAUCCACAACUUGCCCAAACAAAACCCAACUGCGGGACAAAAUACACCAAUUCUACAUCUACGAAAAAAUGGCCGCUCCUGACACCAAAACGGCACAGAGGUUUAGCACAACAUGGUCACCAUGGAUAGAACUAUACAACCGACAUAGGUAAGGUGGAACUGCAAGGUCAGGGACAUCCUCUAUCACCCUAUAACCGCCACCAGUAACCAUAUGUGUAACCUACGAUAGAGCAUAGGGAAGCAUACCAGUACCCACCACCAGGUGAACACGGGCCGACCAGAUGUCGGGCUGGCAAUAUGAGCAAUGAUUGUAUAACCGACUAUACAGGCCGCUCUAUGUUACCUAACUGUACAUGCUCCCAACCGUACCCCAACGUUAAUGUUGUACCUGUUAUUUGUACUGCCUUGAUAUACUACUCUCAAUUGUAUCACUGGUUCAAACUGUAUCAUUGAUGACGAAAUUUCAAUAAAAAAUAUAUUGGAAAAAAAAAAAAAAUAUUACAAUAUAUAGUGUCUGGUGACAUUUCAGAACAUGAUUACAUUAUUACAAACAUAGUAACUACCAUGUAUUGUGGUAAGUUGUUUAGAUAGCCCAGUUGAUGUUUCUCGGUAAAAUAUUAAUAUUAGGUUGGGUUAUAAUAUCUAGACCCCUGGACAUACGUUGGAACCCAACAACAAGCUACACAUUAAAUACUAUAAUAUUUUAUUUUUAUUAUAUUAUUAAUUACGCUGUCAAUAAAUAUUUAUAGAUCUCCAAACUGUGUAAAAAUUUUACCGUGUAUUUCUCUCUUUAACUUCUUUUUGAUAAUAAAUCUGAAACUGCAACUAAAGUGAUAGUUUCUUUCUUAGACAAGGAUCGCGACAAAGCAAAAGAAAAGUAUGUAAAGUGCACAUGGAAAUUGCAUGCUCUCCAUAACCAGUAUGUCCUGGCUGUAAAGGCAGCCAAAUCACACCAUGAGCAUCACUUCAAGCAGAGCCUGCCAAUCUUACAUGACUCAGUGCAAAACCUCCAGGAGCAGAUGGUCUAUAUCCUGUAAGUAUAAGCGAGGAUGGAACUGACUCAAAACUUCAUUGUAAAACUAGAAUAAGCAUUGACUAACCCUAUGAAGAGGUCACUAAUCCUACCUGUGGAUUGUAUACAUUGGGCCCAAUUUUUUGCAGUACUUUAUAGUCGCAUGUGGGGUCCCUCUUCCCUGGAUUCUAAAAAAAAAAGUCUUAUGGCUCCUAAAUAUGGCUGUUUGGCUGUUAAAUGCGGCAGAUACUAAACAAAUAACCCCUACUGUAAAUCUGUUAAUCUGGAAUGGCUUUUAAAGCUCAAUUCCAUGUGGUUUUGCUGAUAAAGUAAGCACAAAUUCAUUACGAAAAAAGACUUCGAUUCGUACAAAAGUAUACAUGAAUAAUCAAAACUAACACAGAAUUGCACGUUUUAGGUAUUUGCUGUUUUGGGAUGUUUUCAGUUCCACACUAAACAAAAACAUUUAUUCCUUAAAUCAGGAAUUGUGGACAGUUCAAAACGGAAUUGUAAAUGUUAGGUCAUUAUAGAAGAAAUGGGAAAAAAAUCCCAUUAAUUUUCCAGCUUGGGUACCUUGGCUUCAAAUUUCCUUUGUCAGAUCUCUUCAAUGGAUAGUGAAUAGACCACCAGAGUGUUCUAAGAUUCUAAACAUACUGUUCUCUUGGCAUACGUGGAUCAAACUCCAUUUCUUAAUGCUAAUUGAUGGCAUGCCAAUCAUAGCUCAUUAUAAAUCUAUAUCAAUGUUGUUCGUAACAUUUCAUUAGGGCCUAUAAUAGCUUCCAAUGUAUAUGUGCCUAUCAUAAUAGGAACUUACUUGAAAAGUUUAUUCAAUGUAGCAGAAUUAUUAACCGCAAGUGGUUUUUAUCUUUAAUUCUUGUCUUAUUCUUCCUUGAAAACCAGUAUAUGUCAUAUCCUUCCUCUAUUUUUCCACAGAAAGGACAUUUUGCAAGAAUACCAUGACAUUACAAGUCUGGUGCAAGAGGAAGUUGCAUGCAUUCAUCGGGAAAUUGGUCAGGCCCUUAGCAGCAUCAACCCUAUCAGAGAGUAUGAUAACUUCACCCAGAUGAACAGGUACGCCAUGGAACAUGGUAAAUUCUAAGGUUAGGCAACUUCUCUCUGUCUGCUGUUGAACACGUCUUUUACUCAGUUGCAGUUUUGUAGCUGGUUCUAGACAAAGCAGCUAUCGAGCUGAUAAAUGUGACUGCCCAUAGGAGUUUACUGGAAAAGCACAGAACAGUGGAUUGAAAUUGCAUAGUAAGAUCAAAAAAGCUGUAAAGGACGCUUUCAGUUUUGGCAUACAUUUUUCAGAUUUGGAUUUUUAUUCGUGGCCGUACACUUUUGACUAAUGCUUAGGGAAAAUAUAACUGAAGCUCGUUAUUUUAAAACAUGUAAUGUAUAAAAGCUCAAGGGAGAUAAAUCAUUUAUAUACCAUUUCUGAAUAAUAUAUGAAUGGCUCACUUGCCAUUAAAGGGACCCUGUAGGCACCCAGAUCACUUCAGCUGAUUGAAGUGGUCUGGGUGCUGUCUCCCUAUUGCACUUAGUGUUGCAAUGUCUACCAGACAGCCACUGGGGGCGCUUACAGAAUCUCUGGGUUCGUUAUCUGAUGCUGGACGUCAUCACGAACCUCCAGUGUCAGAUUUUCCCCAUAGGAAAGCAUUGAAUAAUGGUUUCCUAAGGAGAGGUCUAAUGCGUGCGCGUCCAUUGCCGCGCAUGCGCAUUAGGUCUCCCCCCGCCAAGCACAGAGGGACAUCGGCAUUGGAUUCAAGUAAGUGGCUGAAGGGGUUUUAAACCCUUCAUUUGUGAGGGAGGGGGGUCACAAGGAGGGGUGCACUGUAGGGACCUAUAGUGACAGGAAAACAGGUUUAUUUUCCUGAUACUAUAGGAUCCCUUUAAAGGUUAUGUAAAAGUACUCCACACUGGAAAAGGUAUUUUUGGAAGUAGUGCUAAGUAUCUAACCAAUUUGGAGCAUGGAAAGGAAACAAAUCCCAUGAAGACAGUAAUGAGCCCUGAGUACCUUAUCGAGUGUCCAAGUAUUGGAAACAGAAGUUGACUUGAGGGUAAUGCUGGGUUUCUUUACGAGGGAAAAAGAGGAGAGAGUGAGGAAGACAUUCUGUGUCUCCAAACAUAUCUGUUAGAUUGCUAGUGAUGACUCCAUGCAGGGGGUGAUAAUGAGAGGAUGAGGCCUGUUCCUCACUUAAGCUCAAAGUUUGGACUGCAGUGAGCAGGUAUGUUGGGAUUAGGCAGUUCGACUACGCAGUUUGCACUUUUUUCUAAUCUAGUCCACUAUCCAGACCCACAAGGCUUCGUGCCUGGAAGACCCAAUCCCCCAUCCCAUCAUCUGUGAGUAAGUGUGUGGAAUCUCAAUCUUUCAGGACUGUCAGUCCAAACGAAUUUAGUGGUUGCCUUCCUCAGUUCUUGGAAAAAAGGUGGAGGGUGAUUACUUGGGGAUGGCCUGGAAUAGGGUUUCAAAUUUAAAUCAUAGUCUAUAUGAAGAAAGCACUUCAGUACUUAUCACACUUGGCAGAAUUUGGUCUUGUUGCCGGGUAUAAAAUUAACUAAUUGAUGUUCUAUACCAAGGUACUAUCAUGUUCCAGCUCAAAACCUACAUCCUAGUGUUUUCACAAUUUGCAUGUGGUAAAUAUUCUUACAGGAGACAGCUCGAGUAAAGGUGAAUUUAUGCCAUCAAACUGUAUUUAGUGCUUAUUCUGUGUUAGAAGUUGAGCUUUAUUUUCUCAGUGGGCUGUAGUAACCCUUUAAGCUGAAGCAUUGCUGCCUCUACCUGAAAAUACAUUAUGUGUGUGAUGCUAUAUAAAACUACUCUGUUUAUUUACAUGUUUGCCUUAUAUGUCGUGCAGGUCAGUGACCGGUCUGCCACCCAUGGCAAGCUUUGAUACCAGUCUACUGGAAGAGACAGAUGAGCUACAGGAAGAAGAACUUCAGCUAAAUGACCUCACACUAGAGAGUGUCCAGCAUAUGUAUGUAUGGGUGGGUUAUGGGCAUACUACAUGUCUGUAUACUGUGAGAACUGCACACUUCUGCAAUAGUACAUUAUGGGACAUGUAUAGCAGCACAUGAAUGCACAAAUGGCUUCAGUUGGCUUCAUGAAUAUGCAUGUAUGUGCUGAUUUCUCAAUAUCUCCUCCUCUACAUUGCAGGGGAGUUUCCUAUAUUCCUUGUUUGUGUUAAUUUGUGAGUCAUUAAAAUCCCUAAAAUGCCAUUGGGGUGGGGAGGCAACAACAUCUAGAGGAAAAACUGUAUGUCCAUUCUGCCUUCAAACAUCCUCAUUGUUUGGCCCAUGUGCUGAGUAUUGCAUUGUGUACAAGUUAAAAGAUAAAUAAUAUUCUUACCUUUUAGAGCUAUUAUAGUCAUAGUUUUUAUAGUGAAGACAAGUAACAGUAAACUGAGAUCUAUUGCUCAAAUAAAUAUUAUUACUACAAGUAAUGCAUGGUUUUGAACCGCAUUUAAAUGUCCCUUUCUUUGUUAUUUUCAUAUACUCAAAGGAGAGACUGUACUUAUAUUAGAAUGGAAUUUCCAUUAUAGAGAAGUGCUCCAGACUGCUGGGAUGGCAAGACCCAAAGUAUCACUUAUAGCAAUUGUACCAAUGUUAACACUAUAACACUAAACUUAUUUUUCAAAAUAAAUACAGGGAGUGCAGAAUUAUUAGGCAAAUGAGUAUUUUGACCACAUCAUCCUCUUUAUGCAUGUUGUCUUACUCCAAGCUGUAUAGGCUCGAAAGCCUACUACCAAUUAAGCAUAUUAGGUGAUGUGCAUCUCUGUAAUGAGAAGGGGUGUGGUCUAAUGACAUCAACACCCUAUAUCAGGUGUGCAUAAUUAUUAGGCAACUUCCUUUCCUUUGGCAAAAUGGGUCAAAAGAAGGACUUGACAGGCUCAGAAAAGUCAAAAAUAGUGAGAUAUCUUGCAGAGGGAUGCAGCACUCUUAAAAUUGCAAAGCUUCUGAAGCGUGAUCAUCGAACAAUCAAGCGUUUCAUUCAAAAUAGUCAACAGGGUCGCAAGAAGCGUGUGGAAAAACCAAGGCGCAAAAUAACUGCCCAUGAACUGAGAAAAGUCAAGCGUGCAGCUGCCACGAUGCCACUUGCCACCAGUUUGGCCAUAUUUCAGAGCUGCAACAUCACUGGAGUGCCCAAAAGCACAAGGUGUGCAAUACUCAGAGACAUGGCCAAGGUAAUAAAGGCUGAAAGACGACCACCACUGAACAAGACACACAAGCUGAAACGUCAAGACUGGGCCAAGAAAUAUCUCAAGACUGAUUUUUCUAAGGUUUUAUGGACUGAUGAAAUGAGAGUGAGUCUUGAUGGGCCAGAUGGAUGGGCCCGUGGCUGGAUUGGUAAAGGGCAGAGAGCUCCAGUCCGACUCAGACGCCAGCAAGGUGGAGGUGGAGUACUGGUUUGGGCUGGUAUCAUCAAAGAUGAGCUUGUGGGGCCUUUUCGGGUUGAGGAUGGAGUCAAGCUCAACUCCCAGUCCUACUGCCAGUUCCUGGAAGACACCUUCUUCAAGCAGUGGUACAGGAAGAAGUCUGCAUCCUUCAAGAAAAACAUGAUUUUCAUGCAGGACAAUGCUCCAUCACACGCGUCCAAGUACUCCACAGCGUGGCUGGCAAGAAAGGGUAUAAAAGAAGAAAAUCUAAUGACAUGGCCUCCUUGUUCACCUGAUCUGAACCCCAUUGAGAACCUGUGGUCCAUCAUCAAAUGUGAGAUUUACAAGGAGGGAAAACAGUACACCUCUCUGAACAGUGUCUGGGAGGCUGUGGUUGCUGCUGCACGCAAUGUUGAUGGUGAACAGAUCAAAACACUGACAGAAUCCAUGGAUGGCAGGCUUUUGAGUGUCCUUGCAAAGAAAGGUGGCUAUAUUGGUCACUGAUUUGUUUUUGUUUUGUUUUUGAAUGUCAGAAAUGUAUAUUUGUGAAUGUUGAGAUGUUAUAUUGGUUUCACUGGUAAUAAUAAAUAAUUGAAAUGGGUAUAUAUUUGUUUUUUGUUAAGUUGCCUAAUAAUUAUGCACAGUAAUAGUCACCUGCACACACAGAUAUCCCCCUAACAUAGCUAAAACUAAAAACAAACUAAAAACUACUUCCAAAAAUAUUCAGCUUUGAUAUUAAUGAGUUUUUUGGGUUCAUUGAGAACAUGGUUGUUGUUCAAUAAUAAAAUUAAUCCUCAAAAAUACAACUUGCCUAAUAAUUUUGCACUCCCUGUAUGGUAGUAUCUUUUAAAGGCCACUUUUUAGUGAAUGCGUCUUGUAACCUCGUGCCAACACUCGAUUUCUUAGUAGGUACAAUUAUACUGAAAAGUUCCCAUUCCAAAACAUUAUCUGCAAAUAUACAUAAAUUGUUUCGAAGGUAUGGACUUAUAAAAUGAGGAGGGUGACAUGAUCUUUGGUGGAGUAUACAAUUACCACUACAGUCCUUUUGAUUAAGACUAUUUUUUGUGCAUCACAAUGAUCUAGAUCCAAAAAUUGAAUGGUAUCACCAUCAAAAUUAAUCAUAAUGGAUAGAAUUGAUUGAUUGUUAUUGAUACUCAACACAAAAAGCUGAGCAUGGAGUUCCCCACCAAACCAGUAACAAGCUGUCAAUGGAGGUAUUAUAUAAGACUUUAUAGCUCCCCACAACCAGGCUACAUAUAGGUUAGCAUAGUAGGGGGAAAAUGUUGCUCCCAUUGUCUUCCCACAUGUCUGCAGGUAGCAGGCUGAGUCAAAGGAGAAGUAAUUGUGAGUUGGUAAAUAGUCAAUACUUUUCAUAACAAAAUCCUUGAGUUUGUCAUCAUCAUCACUAUAUCUGGACAAAGUUCUCUAUAAUCAUACACUUGUCAUUUCCUGUCCUAUUGUGUUUUACACCCCACCUCCCAUAGACUGUAAGCUUGUUUGAACAGGGUCCUCUUAAACCUAUUGUUCCUGUUUUCUUGUAAUUGUCCUAUUUAUAGUUAAAUCCCCCCUCUUAUAAUAUUGUAAAGCACUAAGGAAUCUGUUGGCACUAUAUAAAUGGCAAUAAUAAUGAGGAAUCCUUGAAAACAAGACCACAUCAAGGGUAAUCCACCUAUAUUUUGUGGACCAUCUAAGGCUCUGUAACUGGCACAAAACAUCCUUAAUAUCCCAUAAAUAGGAAGCCAAACAUUUAACCCAGGGUAAAAAAAAUAAAAACCAUCACUGAUCUCUGACAGAUGUUCAUUUAAAGAAUUGAUGCCUGAAAUGAUAUACCUUUAUCAAAAGGUUUGUGAACUUUGGGGAACAUAUGGAAAAAAAAUAGAAUUUUUCAGUUCAGCAAUUUUUGUCUCAAAUUUAAAAUUCACUUUGAAUUCCCUCGCUUUAGUGAAUAACUCUGACAGCGCGUGGGAUGCGGGUGUGAUGGAGAGAUAUUCUUGUCUGCUGCCCAGACCUCUGAAGUGUUUACAGCUCUGAUAACUGUGCUGAGAUAAGAUAAUGAUCUCACACUAAGACUGCUUAAAGGACUACUAUAGCAGCUUAAUGAAGUGGUUUGGGUGCCAGGUCCAGCUAGGGUAACCCUUUUUUUUUAUAAACUUAGCAGUUUAAGAGAAUAAUGGGGGUUUUAGUUACAUUAAAUGAUCAUAUAUUGCAUAAGCCUGCCACAACAUCAAUGUAACCCAUCUUUGGCAAGUCCUACUCUAGCAGCCUAAUGCCUGCUCUCUUGAGAUUAAUUCACUUACUUGUAAAAUGCUUCCUCCUGGGACUGCAAGUCAAGGUUAAAUAGUACCCUGGAAUGAGGCACAUGUGACAGGGAGGGGUGCAAAACCAGGGAGUUGGCCUGGACUCCCAAAUAUAUAUAUAUAUAUAUAUAUAUAUAUAUAUAUAUAUAUAUAUAAACAAAAACCAAGUGGGCUGCACUCAUCUGAACAUCCACACUUAUAAGGGUGCCGCUGGGGCCAAUUCAUACAACAUACAAGGUCCAGUUCACUCACUCAUCCCUUAAGGAUGACGUGCGUUCUAUACCAUCCUUUUUUAGGCGGUCCAAAUGCUGGUGGGUGGCAUAGAAAGUCCCUGCCGUCCUUUAAAUAUAUAUAUAUAUUCCCUGCCGUUCCCCCAAUGGCGGUCGCGAUCCUGGAGUCUGCCUGGGAGCUCAGGCAGAUCCCUCUACCCGAUCCGCCCCACCCCCCCGCCAUGUUAUUGCGGGGUCCUCACAAUCACAUGGCUGGAAUAGCAAGCUUAUGCAGUGCCAGCUCUCAGGCUGCCCCCCUCAUGCCUGUACAAAAGUUUGUUAAAGGUAAUAAAAGUUAUAAAACAGUGUUUAAAUUAAAUAAAAAGUACUUGUGUAUAUAUAGAUAUAUAGUUACAUAGCUGAAAAGAGACUUGCGUCCAUCAAGUUCAGCCUUCCUCACAUAUGUUUUUGCUGCUGAUCCAAAAGAAGGCAAAAAAACCUAGUCUGAAGCGCUUCCAAUUUUGCAACAAACUAGGAAAAAAAAUUCCUUCUUGACCCCAAAAUAGCAGUCAGAUGUCUCCUUGGAUCAAGCAGCUAUUACCCCACUAAUUAUAAAGUAUAUCCCUGUAUGUUAUGUUUUUGCAAGUAUUUAUCCAAUUGCAGUUUAAACAUCUGUAUAGACUCUGAUAAAUCCACCUCUUCAGGCAGAGAAUUCCAUAUCCUUAUUGCUCUUACUGUAAAAAAAAACAAAAAACUUUUCUUUGUCUUAGAUGAAAUCCCCUUUCUUCCAGCCUAAAUGUGUGACCUUGUGUCCUAUGUAUAGCCCUGUUUAUGAAUAGAUUUCCAGAUAAUGGUUUGUACUGGCCCCGAAUAUAUUUGUAUAAUGUUAUCAUUUCCCCUCUCAGGUGCCGUUUUUCCAAAUUAAAGAGAUUUUAAAUUUUUUAACCUUUCUUCGUAACUAAAAUGCUCCAUUCCUUUUAUCAAUUUUGUAGCUCGUCUCUGGACUUUUUCUAGUGCCAUGAUAUCCUUCUUUAGAACAGGUGCCCAAAAUUGCACAGCAUAUUCAAGGUGUGGCCUUACCAGCGAUUUAUAAAGAGGCAAAAUUAUAUCUUUAUGCCCCUAUUUAUACAUGACAAAACCUUACUGGCCUUAGCAACUGCAGAUUGACAUUGCAUUUGUUGUCUAUAACAAUUCCCAAAUCCUUCUCGUGUGUGGUUAUCCCUAAUUCACUACCAUUUAGGGUGCAAGUUGCUUGUGCAUUCUUGACCCCAAAGUGCCUAACUUUGCAUUUCUCUACGUUAAAUUUCAUCUGCCAUUUUAGUGCCCAGUCCCCCAAUCUAUCCAAAUCCCUUUGCAACAAAGCAAUACCCUGCUCACAUUUUAUUACUUUACAAAGUUUUGUGUCAUCUGCAAACACUGAAAUAUGGCUUUCAAUGCCUAUUUCAAGAUCAUUUAUAAAUAUAUUAAAUAGAAGCGGUCCCAAAACAGAACCCUUAAUGACAACUCUUUGUACUCUAUCCUUGAGCCAAUGUUUUACCCAAGAACAAGAAUAAUCAUCUAGACCAAUUUCUUUUAGUUUGAAGACUAACCUAUUUUGAGGAACCGUAUGAAAUGCCUUGGCAAAAUACAAGUAGAUCACAUCCACUGCAACACCCUGAUCUAUACUUCUACUUACUUCUUCAUAGAAAGCAAUUAGGUUAGUUUGACAUGACCUAUGUUUCAUAAAACCAUGCUGACUAUUGCUAAUAACAAAGUUCUUCCCAAUGAUUUCCUGAAUAUUAUCGCUUAAUAGCCCUUCAAAUAUUUUCCCAGUCACAGAAGUUAAGCUCACAUGUCUAUAACUUCCAGGCAAGGAUUUUGAACCCUUUUUAAAUAUAGGAACAUCUGCCUUCCUCAUAUGAUCUUGAAGUACUUUUAUAUACACAUACAUACAUACAUUACUAAAAGUGUAUUUAAAAAAAAAUAAUAAUAAAAAAAUAUAUAUAUUUUAACAUACACUUAGAAUGAUGUUAAUUAUAUAUAUAUAUAUAUAUAUAUAUAUAUAUAUAUAUAUAUAAUAAAAAUAAUCAAUAAAUAAAUUGGAAAAAUAAAAAUACAAAAUAAUUAUAUACCAGUUUUAAUUUGUACUAACUGUAUUUUGAUUUUAAUAUACGUAUAUAUUAAAUUCAAAAUGCAUUUAGAAUGACGUUAUAAAUACAUAUAUGUAUCUAUCUAUAUCAAUCUCUCUCUACAUCUAUCUCUCUCUAUAUAGCUAUAUAUAUAUAUAUAUAUAUAUAUAUAUAUAUAUAUAUACAAACACUGGCCAAAAUUAACGUUUAAUUUAGUUUUUUGCAUUUUACACACACAAACAAAUAUGAACGCUAACUUUGGCCAGUGUUUGUGACUACUAGAAAAGACUGGACAUACCCCAUUUGUAAUACCUUGGAUUUUCAACUUUUGCAAAUGGUAUGCCAUCAUGGGGGUAAUUUUCAUUCCUGGGCUACCAUUUGGUCUUAAAGGCAACAUAACCAGUCUGGCAAAUUUCCAUGUAUAUAAACUGAAAACAUGUAAUGUGCUAUAUUUGACCAUGUAACUUUCCAAAACACCAUAAAACCUGUACCUUGGGGGUACUGUUGUACUUGUGAGACAUCGCUGAAUACAUAUAUGUGUAUUUUAUUGCAGUAACAUCUAACGGUAAUAUGACAUUCACAGUUAAAAUGCCAUGCUGAACCAAAUAUAAAAUAACAUUUCUUAAUUUCUAUUUUUUUAAAAUAAAUAUUUAUUCAUAUUAAAUUAUGUUUACUAUACAAAUAUUUGAUGUGUCAUGAAAGCCCUGUUUCUCAUGAACAAAAUGAGAUCUGAUAAGUGUGGGUUCAUAUAAUAUGAAAGAGGUGAAUUACGCCUGAACAGACAGCGCAAAUGCCAGGUUUUGUUUACGUUUUGUUUUGAUCACAACUUGUACUAUUGGCUCAGUCCUUAAGGGGUUGAACAGCAGCAAUUUAAAAUCUCACAGAACAUAGUAGUUAAGUAACUUUUAUUUGAGUUAAGUGUGCAUAACAGGUUUCUCUACAGUGUUUCUCUAUGGGAAGCAUAAAAAUUGGACUCUGCCCAGCACAAAUAAUGAUUUUUGUGCUGGGCAAGAAGGGGUAGAUCAGCUUAGCUGCAAAAAACAAACAAAAAAGAACAAAACGGGUUCUGCAGUUAAGAAAAGGUUAGAAAAGGAAUGUUGAAAAUAAACUAACAAAUGCAUAAAUAUUUUGUAACUGCAUUGUUCAGCUGCAUUAGAACUUCAAGUUAUUAUACCGUGUUUGAUUUUCCAAUUCUCCACCUGUACUUUCUGUUUACUUACUUUGUUAAAUGAUGCAAUUCAACACUAUUGUAAGGUAGUUUUUCUUUCUUUCUACUGACCUUCAAAAACUUGUUUAAAAAAAUGUUUCCAUUUAAUUGUGCACGUAUAUCAGAUGUGAGAGUUCCUCUUUAACAUUUCACAUAAUAAAGAGACGACAGCUAACAAGGAAGUCUUUCUUCAUGUGAAUUACACUGGACUGUGAUAUGCAGGGCUGCCAUCAGAAAUUUUGGGGCCCCUGACAAAGCACAAGGUCUGGUCCCCCCCCCCCACCUCCCGGGCCCGCCCACGCCCACCCACGCCCUACCUGUGAUGCAGGACUGAAUGUGGUGUGUAUAGUGGAAGUGAAUUAGAAUAUGUGUAAUGGAUGUAGUGUUUGUGUGUAUUAUAUACUGUUUGUACAGUGAAUGCAGAGUGUGUGUUUGUGUAGUGGAUGCAGUGUGUAUAUUGAACGCAGAGUGUGUUUGAGUAGUGGAUAUAGUGUGUGUACAGUGAUGUAGUGUGUGUUUGUGUAGUGGAUGUAAUGUUUGUAUGUACUAGAUGAAAUGUGUUUAGUGGAUGCAGUGUCUGUAGUGGAUGUUGUGCGUGUAUGAGACGCACUGUCUGUGUAUAGUGAAUGCAGAGUGUUUCAAUGUGUGGUGGAUGUAGUGUGUGUCCUGUGAAUACAGGAUGUUUGUGAAGUGGAUGCUGUGUGUACAGUUAAUGCAGAGUGUAUGUUAGUGUAGUGAAUGCAGAGUGUGUGUCAGUAUAGUGAAUCCAGAGUGUAUGCAGAGUGUGUGUUAGUGUGUAGUGAAUGCAGAGUGUCAGUGUAAUGAAUGUAGUGUAUGUGUUAGUGCAGUGAAUGCAGAGUGUGUGUUAAUGUGUAGUGAAUGCAGAGUGUGUGUUAGUGUAGUGAAUGCAGAGUGUGUGUUAGUGUAGUGAAUGCAGAGUGUGUGUUAGUGUGGUGAAUGCAGAAUGUGUUAAUGUGUAGUGAAUGCAGAAUGUGUUAAUGUGUAGUGAAUGCAGAGUGUGUGUGUUAGUGUAGUGAAUGCAGAGAGUGUGUUAAUGUGUAGUAAAUGCAGAGAGUGUGUUAGUGUGUAGCGGAUGCAGAGUGUGUGUUAGUGUAGCGGAUGCAGAGUUUGUGUUAGUGUAGUGAAUGCAGAGUGUGUUAAUGUGUAGCAAAUGCAAUGUGUGUGUCAGUAUAUUGGAUGCAGUAUUGCAACCCAGGGGUCAAGUCCUGGGGAAAAAAGUGAAGAUUCCCACCCAGCACCCUCCCCCCCAAUAUAGUGCAGUGCAGGGUGUGUAUAAUGAAUGUAGUGUGUUCGUAGUGAAUGCAGAGUACGAAUAAUGAAUGUACUGUGUUUGUAGUGAGUGCAGAUUGUGUAUAAUGAAUGUAGCGUGUUUGUAGUGAAUGCAAAGUGUGUAUAAUGAAUGUAGUGUGUUUGUAGUGAGUGCAGUGUGUAUAAUAAAUGUACUGUGUAGUGAGUGCAGAUUGUGUAUAAUGAAUGUAGUGUGUAGUGAGUGCAGUGUGUAUAAUGAAUGUAGUGUGUAGUGAGUGCAUAGUGUGUAUAAUGAAUGUAGUGUGUAUAAUGUACUGUGUAGUGAGUACCGAAUGUGUAUAAUGAAUGUAGUGUGUAGUGAGUGCAGUGUGUAUAAUACAUGUAGUGUGUUUGUAGUGAGUGCAGAGGGUGUAUAAUGAAUGUAGUGUGUUUGCAGUGAGUGCAGUGUAUAUAAUAAAUGUAGUGUGUUUGUAGUGAGUGCAGAGUGUGUAUAAUGAAUGUACUGUGUUUGUAGUGAGUGCAGAGUGUAUAAUGAAUGUAGUGUGAUUGUAGAGAGUGCAGUGUGUAUAAUAAAUGUACUGUGUUUGUAGUGAGUGCAGAGUGUGUAUAAUGAAUGUACUGUGUUUGUAGUGAGUGCAGAGUGUGUAUAAUGAAUGUACUGUGUUUGUAGUGAGUGCAGAGUGUAUAAUGAAUGUAGUGUGAUUGUAGUGAAUGUAAUGUGGUUGUAGUGAGUGCAGAAUGUGUAUAAUGAAGUGUGUUUGUAGUGAGUGCAGUGUGUAUAAUAAAUGUACUGUGUUUGUAGUGAGUGCAGAGUGUGUAUAAUGAAUGUACUGUGUUUGUAGUGAGUGCAGAGUGUGUAUAAUGAAUGUAGUGGGAUUGUAGUGAGUGCAGUGUGUAUAAUGAAUGUAGUGUGGUUGUAGUAAGUGCAGAGUGUGUAUAAUAAAUGUACUGUGUAGUGAGUGCAGAGUGUGUAUAAUGAAUGUAGUGGGAUUGUAGUGAGUGCAGAGUGUGUAUAAUGAAUGUAGUGUGUUUGUAGUGAGUGCAGAGUCUGUAUAGUGAAUGUAGUGUGUUUGUAAUGAGUGCAGAGUGUAUAUAAUGUGUAUAAUGAAUGCAGUGUGUUUGUAGUAAGUGCAGAUUGUGUUUAAUGAAUGCAGUGUGUGUGUGUGCUGGUUGAUGUGUGUGUGCGCUGGAUGAUGUGUGUGUGUGCUUGAUGGUGUGUGUGUGUGUGUGUGUGCGUGCUGGAUGAUGUGUGUGUGUGUGAGCUGGAUGGUGUGUGUGCUGGAUGAUGUGUGUGUGCUGGAUGGUUGGUGUGUGUGUGCUGGAUGAUUUGUGUGUGUGUUGGGGGGGGAGCAUUUUUUUUUAAUUUGUGUAUGUAUAAUUUUUAUUUUAUUCCCCCCUCCCUGCUUCUUACCUUGUCAGGUGUUCCGGUGGAGGGAGCCAGCCGCUACACACGGAAGCCCAGCACACUCUGUGUUCCCUCUCGAGGUCUAACUCUCGCAAGACUCGUGCUGUGCGGAGCGUUGCCAUGGUAACCCGUGGCAACGCUCUGACAGCUGCGGGUCUCGCGGAUGUGAGCAGCUGGAUGGGGAGCAUAGAGUUUGCUGGGCUCCUGUGUGCAGGUAACAGGGCAGGCCCUGCAGGACUGGUAACGGGAACGGCGUUCCUGCUUUGGAAAAAGUGCAGGAACGCUGUUCCCAUGCGUUCCUGCAGGACUCGAGCCCUGCUGCAACCCACACUCUAAACACACACACACACACUACUAUAGAUGCACACACACUACAACACACACUGACAUACAUAUACAAAUAUCCAUACACACAUAGAUAUGCACUCAGACAUGCACACAUGCGCACACACUCUAUGUGCAUGUGUAUACAACAACAAUUUUUAUCAUAUUUAAACGGUCGAGUUUUUGUUUGUUUGUGUAGAAGGUGUGAUUUGGGGGGUGCUUGAGAAUUAUGUGCCUACAGGUGGUCAUGAUGUAAAUUCGACCUUGCUCAGCUCAACAUGUGAGUUCCCUUUCUGCACUUUAAUCACCAUUCACUUUGUAACUAGUGUAGUUCCUCUUGUGAAUUACCUCGGAUGAUCUCAGAGCCACAGUUGUAAAAAUGCUUGAGAUGUUUUUAAAGUCUUUUAAUCGGCUGAACUAUAUAUAUAUAUAUAUAUAUAUAUAUAUAUACACACACACACACACACACACACACACACACACACACACACACACACACACACACACACACAAUAUCUACCUGUCAGAAAAAUAAUUUCAAACAACAUGGAUUCCCUCCCUGCUGUGGGUACAUGAGUAGAUUCAUAUGAUCCAAAAUGGUUUUUUUUACAGGUAAUGAUAAUGACAUUGCUGCAAGGAGAAAUCUUUAGCAGUUAAUAUUCUUAAACUGAGUAAAGUCUUUUUGGUGCAUUAUUUUAUUUUUUUAUCCCGAUAAACAGGUUAACAUCUGUGGAAGAAGAUCUAGCUUUGGCCUCGGAGACGGUGCAAACCAGGCAAGAAGCAGUGAGCCAGCUUCAUUCUGACAUUGUGACCGAGGAAAAGAACACAGAUACCAUCUCACUGUAAGAUUCUAAUACUGAAUGGGUAAUGUUCCAGGAUAGUGGUUUGAAGUACAGACCCAAACAAAUUAAUGAAUAAAUGAACAAUUACAUUUAUACUCAUUUCUGUGAAGUCAAAUAAUGUUAAAGGAGGGUGCCCCCACCGCUGGGCUGGAUGGAGAGAAAGGGGUUAAACUUACCUCUUUCUCCAGCGCCAGGCGGGGAGCUCUCCUCCUCCUCUCCGCCUCCUCUUCAGCUGAAUGCACAUGCGCGGCAGGAGCUGCGCGCGCAUUCAGCCAGUCUCAUAGGAAAGCAUUCACAAUGCUUUCCUAUGGACGCUUGCGUGCUCUCACUGUGAUUUUCACAGUGAGAAGCACGCAAACGCCUCUAGCGGCUGUCAAUGAGACAGCCACUAGAGGUUUUAGAGGCUGGAUUAACCUAUUUAUAAACAUAGCAGUUUCUCUGAAACUGCUAUGUUUAUAAAAAAAAAAAAGUGUUAAUCCUAGCUGGACCAGGCACCCAGACCACUUCAUUAAGCUGAAGUGGUCUGGGUGCCUAUAGUGGUUCUUUAAAGUAAACCCAUAGUCCCAAAAAGAUUCAUUUCUUUCUGCCUACUCCCCUUGUCACCCCACCCCAAUUUUUUGCUUUUAAAAAGAGUAACUUAAAUAAUGAUUACUUUCCAUCUUUCCAGCGCCUGAACUCAUCCACUGCAGCUACCCCUUCCGCCUUUCACUCCGCAUGCCUGCUGACGCAUUCCGCAUUAUCCUCCAAUUGAUUUCGUCACAUAGAGAAGCAAUGUACAGGGAAUAUGCAUGCGCUGCAGAACACUGUGCUUCUCCAAUCAAAUGCUGCUGUCAGUAGCAUUUGAUUACCGGACCACUUGGUUCUGGAGGGAGAGACAUCUGUACUUGCUGUCAGGAAGACAUUGAAGACACCCUUCAAUGUAAACAAUACAUUUUCUACAAACCUACACUCUUUUACAUGCAAUGUUAAAAUGACAGGACCACUGCACCCAGAUCACUUUAUCCUUAAAGACCAUGGCCUAAAUUGCAAUCCAGUGUCGGUAACUGAUCAAAAGCAUUUUCUGACUUUAGGCUGCUGUCAUGGGAAAGUUAUCAAAGCAAUCACAAUCUGAAAAUUGAUAAACCUUUUUUCUAUCCGUAAUUCUACCAAAGUCAGAAAAUGUUAUUAAGUUAAAACUGUGCCUAAAGUGUGAAUUCUUGUUAAUUUAGGAAUGUCGAGCUCCAUAGACUGAUAUUGCAAGGUUAACGAGAAAAAAAUGGUGGACAUUUCAAUUUUGUAUGCAUUAUUUUUUUCAAUUUAUUUUAUUUAUCUUAUUUUAGUUACAAUGCUUAUUUAUACUGAACUAAAUGAUUAAUGAGUUGUUUCACUGUUUAUUCAGCUCAUGUGCUAAUACAUAGAUAUAUUUUGAGGUUUUAGUUAUUUGUUAGAAAAGCAAUUUUAAACUAUUUGAGGUGUUGAAAUAAGAUUUCGAUUGUCCUAUUAAAGUGUCACUAGCCCAUCAUUAGCAGGGGUGUUAUUCACCGAUCUGAUAAGGGUAAAAUUUCUGUCAAAUUAUGACUGGUGACUUGGGAUCACUUAAACCAUGCUUUUGUAAGUUUUAUUGAAGUGUAAUUCCAUGAUACAUUACACAUAUCCCAUGUUACUUGAAUUUUAUUAUCAUGAAGAUCCAUGGUACACGCAUACAUUCCAUGUAUUAUGGUAUGUGUGUCAGUGUACCUGUGUAUCUGCAGUCUACUAAGGUUGCAGCUUAGCAUGACUCCAAGGCUACUAUUUUACUAAUCCAAGUUCCUAAGAACCGUAACUGUAUUGAUGAUAAACAAUCACAAUACCAAAUAAUUUCUUUAUGAUUUUUAACCUUUAUGUAUCAAUAUGGAUUUUAUUUCUUCUCAAUUUCUUAUAGAAUCACUUUGUUGUCCAAGCGUCAGAGUUUACGGGAAGCUCUCAUCCAAUAUCACAUAUCUCUGUGUAACAAGAAUAAGCUACAGGUUCAGAGGGACAUGCUAAAGAAGAAGAUGAAUGAGCUUGGAUCCGAUGAUCCUCCUCCGGCUAUCAAGCUGCAGGACGAUGGCCAGUCCAUCUCAUCAAUAGUGAGUUUCAUCACUGAAAUGUGAAGGUUUUUUUCACGAUUAAACUCAUCACUACAUUUCAAGAGGCAUACACUUCAUAUCAGUGUAUAUUUUAGAUUUUCACAUCUGUCAGCACCGUGCGCUGCACGCAAGUGACAGACAUUUUUUUUUUGCACAUAAUUAACAGUGGGUAGCUCAGGGCAUAGUUUGGGCUGCCUAAGUCACAUGUGCUGAGGCUGAAACUUGUCCCCAGCAUAUAAGUGCCAAUAACUCAGUAUGUGCAGUGUUUCAAUCAGAAACACAGCACGUACAUUCUCGUACAACCAUAGCCACUUCAAAUCACUGAAGUGGCCAUGGUGGUUGAAGUAACUGUUUAAAGGAACACGUGUAUUCCUACAUUUAUACAUGUGUAUAUACAGAAUAUAAAAGCAUGUAUUCCUCACACUAUACUGCUGGAGCAGCAGUUAAGGUCCCGGCCACCCUCAGAUUGGAGAUAAAAUGUGUUUAGACUCACCUUUUCUCCAUCUCAGCCAUAGGAAAGCAUUGGGAGACUAUUACGCAUGUGCAGCAAAAUGCGACAUUGCACCAAUCAGCCUCUCUUCAUAGAGAUGCAUGGAAUCACUGUAUCUGUAUGGGGAACAUUCAGCACCUCCAUGCAGUGGAGCACUAAAAUAGGAGGCACCUCUAGUGGUCGUUUGAGUGAGUGCCACUGGAGGUGUUUCUCUGAAACGGUAGUGUUUAUAUUGAAAAACAUGCAGAGACAGGAUAUAGACACUAGAACCACUACAUUAAGCUGUAGUUGUUCUGGUGACAAUACUGUCCCUUUAAGUCAACAUUUUGCCUGCCAGAUUGGAUUAAUUCAUUUGUCACAAGUUUGGUGUAAUAUUUUUGUUUUUCAUACUUUUUAAUUAUCACAACAUUUAAAGUCCAGCCUUGCUGAAUUGUAUGGAACAAUUAAAUGAUUAUUUAAUUUCCAUAUUGCUUAUUCUCGUCAAUGGGAUUUGCCAGUGAUCUGUUUACAUUUUCUGUUAUGUGCUGACAAAGCCAGAGCCUGAAUAUGUAUCAGUGUAAUUAAACAAGUUAGCUGGCCAUAAUUGGCAUCACUUGGAAUAGCACUGGGUUUCACAUGCAGCUACAUUCAGCUGUUGAAUUUAAGGCAGCUUUGUUACUUCCAGGGGCCCUCGAGGUUGACAUACCUGCUUGGUGUGUGUCAGCCUGGGGAAGAAACAUGCCUUUCCCCAAUAUAUAAUUGUUUAGAGUGCUGAGAAUAUGAAUAUGUAGAUGAUAAUAAAAAUAAGAGUACAACACAGGGUUGAUCCUAGGAAACUGAGGGGAUCCUCCAUAGAACUACAUUCCUCCCAAGUUCAGGAGUUAUGGAAGCUGAUGGGGUCUGACAGGACUGGAGGGCCCAAUUGGCACAACUUGCAUCAGUGGCGACAUCAAAAAUGGAUGCUCCAGCUGGAUGACAGCCUCUCAGCUAGCCCCACUCAUGGCAGACCAUGCAGAAAGCGAUGCUGAAGCUCUCAUGGUCCUAGUGCGCUUAGCACAGCAUGUCCAUGUCUAAUGAUAUGCUAAUGCCAUGCUGAAUGGAGUCAGUUCCCUAGUGUUCCUAAAGGUGGGACACCAGGAAUUAAAAUCAGGACAACGGGAGAGAAGCCUGAAAUCAAGGCUUUCCGACCAAACUCAGUACAAAUUUGAAUUCUGAAACUACAUUUGUGAUGGACAAAAAGUUGACUUUCACACAACCAUCAUUAGUAUUAACUGCGGGAAAGUGACAAUAUUAUUUCACAGCAUAAGCUCAUCCUUUUGACAAGUUUUGUCAACCUUGGACUUGACCUUAAAAAAAGUUAUGAGAUUUUUUGAUUGCAUGGAAAUUUCAAUUCCGUUCUAACACAAUCACUACUAGUUUUUCAUAAUAAUUGUCUGAAAGUGACAAAGCUGCUUUAAUGACAAAUUAAAGGGACACUACAGGCUGGAGGUUACCUCUAGUUAAACAAUAUAUAUGGAAGGGGUUUUCAAUCACAAUUUUUCCCCACCAUAACCUAUUUGGAUUUUGCUUCCCAAGCACUACCAAGCCUCACUAAGCAAACCAGUAACCAACCUCAUGCUGAAGAGUUGCAUUAACAACGAAACAGCUGUCCAUGAGUGGUUCACUGGUUUUGCAUCUUAUCCUAAAUUGUGUUCCAAGCAGUUGUAUACUGCAAACACAAAUUAAAAGGAAUCCAUGUUUAAAAUGGAAUGAGGCAAAAAUGUGAUUCUUUGUUAAACUAAUUUGCAUAUGCCCACCCAGAAUCCUUUGCGGUUGUAACAUCACUGCUGAUUUGGGAUUUCUGUGGGAAAAGCAAGUCUUAUGGCUUGACUGAUGUGCAGACUUUUGUUUAGCAUUGUAUUAACUAUAUAUAUAUAUAUAUAUAUUCAUUUUUUAAAUUCCUGGAUUUGUUUCAAAUUUAGUACAUUUGAAGUGAGGUCAGCCCAAAGGAUAUGCAAGAUUUACAGUAAGCUCAGCCUGAGCCACUCAUCAUGCUCUUAUUUUAUUUUUGAAGAAAAUGAGCAUAAACCCUGUGCCCCACAAAUUUGUUCUGAGACACAGCUAGUGAGAUCUUCUUUGCUUCAUGUCUUUUGCAAAGACAUAAGUUGUUAUGAUGAUUGGACUGUUCCUUUAACUCAGUCAGUCACAAAAUGUGUAUAUAAAUCAGCUGAUAUUUCACAAUCUACAGGCUAAUUUUUCAUUACCAAAUAAAAAGAGAGCAAAAAAGUAAAUCUUAAAAAUCCUAUUUGGACAUUAAAAAAAUCAUAUUAAAAUCAGCCAUACUAAAACACUGAUUCCUGGGCUUUGACAGCAAAACUUCUCGUCCUAUGGGUUCAGGUGUUUAUUCACUAAACGCUAGAAUGCAAUCAGCUGAAUCCUAAUGGCAAAAAAUAGGGCAAAAUAUCUAAUUUGUAAAAUAUCUCCAACUAGCAACAGGUUGGCUUUCUAGCCCAUAUUUUGCAGUUUUGAUUUCCGUGUUGAUUUACGUUCAGCUGUAAGAAAAACAGUAGCUGUACUAGCAUGUCAAUAACAAUGUCAGAAAGAAUGAAAUAUUUUAUUUGUUUUUUAUUCUAGGAGCGGGAAAGUGGGAAAAAACAAACUUUAGAAAAUAUUAAAAACCACAUUUCUGGAAUUUUUCGACAAAAGAUUUCUGUAAGUAGCACAUUUUCUUUAUAUUACAGCUAUAGAGCUGAAUGUCAGCUUACAUGAUGAGACUGUUCUCGUGCACUGAAAAGGAAAAUUAGAUACUUGGUUCUGUUUUGAGGUCUCUGGUUGCCUUAGAUUGACAAAUCUACUUUUGUAUCUCUUUGUGUUAGAAUGUUGGUACACUUAUUGAGAUCUCAAGUGAAUUGAACGGUGACGUACUGUAUCUGUGAUUGACACAGAAAGCACCAUGUAAAAAGGCACUACAAACACAACCUGCACUUAUUACCUGCAGGGUCAGUCUAUUAUUACUAACAAACGUUUUUGGAGGCCACUAUGUGUGGAAGUGGCAUUUUUUAGCCCAACAAUAUCAUAUAUUAUGUUAUUCCCAACCAUGUCAUCUUCUGCUAUUCAUCUGAAUUACUGAAUUAGAGUGACUGAAAGGCCACAAUAAGAAUUAUUAUUAAAAAUAUUUUUGAUAUUGCCAAAUUAUUAUGAGAUCUAAAGUAAUAUUGUAUGUCCUUUUUUUUUUUUAAUGUGGAUUUUAACUGACCAUUACAUAGCUAAAUAUACAUUUUAUACAGGGCUUAGGUAUUCAUCCUUAUGUAUCUAAACAGGAAUUGGAUUAUUUGUGCUGCUGAUGAACUUCAGCUCCUAUCAUCCCCUUCCAGUCUUAUGAACAACUGCAUGUUGCUGAUCCCUAAUGUAUUCCAGAGGUAGCAACGUAAUAGUACUUAAGCAGUUAUUCUACUACAACUAUUAUGAUCACUAGUUAUAUGAUCAUGGGUUAUCAGAGUUAUACAGUUAUCUGUUUAUGGCCAUUAAUAGAUGCCUUGCUACACAUUUGGUCACCUUGCUAGCGCUGAAUAAAACUAUUAAAUAUUUAGCAAUAUCCACUUUAUUCUAGCAGUAUUUUUAUUAUGGAAAAAAAUGUAUUUAAAAAAUUGACCAUCACGGUAAGAUGAAAAGAUUAGCUAGCUGUUUCAAGUUUCAAAACAACCUUCUAGUUUGAUUUAGAUUUAAAGAGUUACAGGACAUGAAAAGGAACAUGCUUUUAUAGAAGCAGAAUCUAUUUUUAGGCAUGCUUUUAAAUUUCAGGUCACAGCAUAUUUUUUUAAACAAAAAAAAGCAGAUAUUCUAAAUACAGUUUGCUUCUUAAAAUAAGAAAUAUUUACUCUCCCUUUAAAACUAAUAUAUAUUUAGUGUUGCUACAAAAUAUUUUCAUCUACAGACAUUCUAAAGAGAUAAAAUGUAGAUUCAAGUGUAUCAACGUUCUGGAUAGACUAGAUCUCAAUUUCAUAUACAAACUGAGAAGUGAGCAACUGCCCACUUUGAGCAGCUACUAAAGGGGUCUAGCCAUAGCCCAUUAAUCUGUGAUCAGCAAGCUUGUGUCACUUUAUGUCACUUAGUGUCACCUAUAUAUAUAUAUGUGUGUGAGAACCACAUGAACCACACUGUGUUUUAAAACUGUAUGUUAAAACUUUAUAUAUUUAUUUAAAUACAUCUAUUAUAUUUAAAUACAUCUAAAUCUUUUACCUGUUUAUAUUAUAUUUUAGAUGGCUUUGAGGCAACUCUUUAGUAGUCUUUAUAGAAUUCAGUUUUUAUGGAUUAUUACAAAGCAAUACCUUUAAGUUACCCUUUGAUGAGAAAAGCCAUGCUACACACCCUUGUCUAUCACACAGUGCUAUUGCAGUAGCUAUGGGCUACUUUAUGUUCAGAAUUAUAUUUGUAUGUAUUCAUGCAGGCUCUGUCAAUCAUAGCCAGGGGAGGUGUGGCUAGGGCUGCAUAAACAGAAACAAAGUGAUUUAACUCCUAAAUGACAGUGAAUUGAGCAGUGAAAUUGCAGGGGGAAUGAUCUAUACACUAAAACUGCUUUAUUUAGCUAAAGUAAUUUAGGUGACUAUAGUGUUCCUUUAAAUUUAUCACCAGAACUGCUCUGGGUUUGUGUUGAUAAACACAGCUCUAUCGAAACUCCUGAGCUUUGAUGAAUAGAGUGUCAUGCCUUUCACGGCCCCAGGCAGCUAAUCUGAAAAUAUUAUGAGGCAUUGUGGUUAAGAACACAAUCGCUUUCAUGCUAUAUCAAAGGUAGUAUUUUAACAAUUUACAUACCUGUUAGCCCAGACCGGGUGCUUUUGAAAGAGCAGCCACAAAGCUCAGCCAGUUUCCUCAUUUCUAAUGCUGUGCAAACCUAAAUAUUUUACCCUGUUGAGGUUUAAAAAAGCAGAAGCAGGUGUCUGGAUUUGGUUCUGUUCCUUGUAACUCACCUGCUACUAAUAAUUCCAUAGAUGACUCAUUUGAAUUUAUUCCAAGAACACUGACCUAGAAACAUGUAUAAUAAAUUGUCUGUCAUUUUCAGUGUCGUCAGAUGUCACAUGUCAGCUGUUAAACCUCAAUUAAUAUUGCCAGUGGUGAAAAACAUUCUUCUCAAACUUAUCACUACUUUUAGUAUCAUAUAUUGCAUACAAACAGCUCUCAUUGCUCCCUGAAACGCUAGAGUAUCACACUACGAAGGGGACAAAAAUAUAAAUUUCAGUUGAACAAGCUAUGCUACGUUUAUAGGUUAUAGGGUAUAUACACAGAUUAAAACCCUAUGGUUUUACAGCAUUCUCUGUGUUUAUCUAAGACUGUUCUAUACACUUAAUACUUGCUAGUCAUCUACCUACCAGGGACCUUCCAGGCUGCAGUUGAUCCAUUGCAUGCACAAUAAAAUUGCACUUACCUGUAAAUGCCCACAACAUGCACUGCAACCUGCUGAAAAAAAACUAUAUAUUAAAAAAAAAAGACCUCCACUUUGCCAAUCGAAACACCAGAUUUUUUUUGUCACUAACGCCUGUUAAAUGUGGUUAGAACCACCAAACUACCAGUACCUAGCCAACUUGACCCUACCUUGUAAUCAAAUUGAACUACUGACCUACAUAUAACCAGCAUUGAAGAAUUCCAAUGACCAUAAUGCUGUUGCUUUCCAAUUCAUUUUCCAAGUAUAGAGAAAAUGUAUUAAUGGGUAUGCAUCAACACAUUAAGUGUUUACUGCAAAUGCCUUGAGCUUCUACAUUAGUUCUGCCUAUACCAGAAAAUGAACAGGAAGAUAAUUGUCACCAUGUUCACGUUUCAGUGCUGUACUAGAUAGAAAGAAAUCACAUUAUUGUCCAGCAACACAGAAAGACAUACAAUUGAAAAAAAAAGAUAUUAAAGAUUAUGGGGAUCCCGAGCAACCCCAUUUUAUCAAGUGAGACCAGUGAUUAGUCCCUUCUAUAUGUCACACAGAGCAGUGUGGUUAGAAUAUGUAGAAUGGGGGUCCCCUUGCUCCUCUUACAUUGGGCCUUUUUCUGGAAAGACUAGAGUGGUCUUAAUAAGCAAGGAGAGGUAUAAACAACUGGGCCUCCUUCCUUGAUAUUGUGCUCCUAAAGAUUACAAUAAUUCUGGUCCUGUGUUGUCUCCUGUGACAGUAGUCUCCAUCACUAGGAGCUAAAGAUGGACAAUUAAGUUAGGUCUCUGGAUGACUCAUAUGUUUGUCACCCUGUGCCCAUUGUGGGUGUAGACGUGUGUAAUGUGUUUGGGGUUAAAUGUUUUGUGUGCUCUCAUGUCCUGUUAAUGCUUGCAAUCAACUAGCUGUACAGCGCCACCUGCUGGUUGUAAGCAUCUUUGAAAUCGCUAUAUUCACUCAUUACCUGAAUAGCAAGGCUUGUUAAUUUGCAUAUUCAGGUCAAUUGCAUAUUGUGAAUUCUGCUGGCAGGAGAUAUAUUUUGUGUUAAUUAUUGUCUUCCCAACAACUUAAAUAAAUAUGUCAUUAUGUUAUUAUAAGUUCCUGUAAGUUGUCUGAUAUGAUUUGGACUAAUAAUAAUGAUGAUAAUAAUUGGGACUAGUAAAAUAAAGUUGUGUAUGUUAGUUCCUUUUGGAACUUUGUGUCCUGUGUGGAUUUGUUCAUGGAUCUCAGUAACAGAGUCUUUGGGCCUGUUGGCUAGCCCAGGACAAUUGCAAAUAAGCUAGGCCAUUAUAAAGGCAGUAGCUAAAGGAUCUGGAAUAACUACAAGCAGAGGUGUUGAAUCUGCUUGCGGAGAGGAACUGAAGUGGCAGAGGGAACAAUACCUGCCUAGAAGAAGGUGGAAGAGUUCUGGAGAGACCCCAGUCAAGCUUCGGUGACUGGGGAUGAAGCGCUCCAGAGUCACCUAUGGCAGAGGUAUCCGUUCGGAGUACAGGAGCUCUGCCACAUCUCCCACCUACAUAUUUUAACCCUUCAUACCCUGCCCCAGAGUGGAGAAAGGGUAAUUUUUUUUGGCAACUGGCUGUUGCAUUCAUUCUUAUAUCUAAAUUCCUUAAGAAUACCAACUAGUUGCUAGUUAUUUAUAUGGUUUGGAGACUACAUAGAUGCUACCAAUCAUCAUCUAUAUAUAUUUUCCAUUAAUGUUUGUCUAUGGACUUUUAGCUAAAAGAACACUAUGAAGAGCCAUCAAGAAAAAGUACCUUUUGUACUUGCCAAAUUCCGCCCAGGAUUUGUAAGCUUGUUGCCAAGAAAUGCUGCCACUACAUUAGAAAAUAAAUAAAAUUUAGUUAUUGAAUGUGGGGAAAAAAAAUAUAUAGCCAGCUGUAGGGAAAAUAUAGUAUUGUUUUAAAUGGAACAAAUAUUUUUUUGUUAUAUUUGAUCUCAUUCCGAUAUUGGGUAAUAAGAAUAAAAUUCCAUUGGAUGUUUAAUGUAGUUCGCAACAACACUAUCCAAAUGAAAGGAGGAUUUAAUUGAAGUGCAAGUACUAGACAGAACGAGAUCCCCUAUCCAAUCCCCUAUAGAGAUUAACGUUUUUUUUCUGAUUUUAUAGGUAUCCAAAUAACUGAAUUCCAUGCUAGUCAGAGCAGUCAUUAAGUGACACAUGUAUUUGUAGACUACCACAUAUUGUCUGUAUGUUGGAAUUCCUCACAAUGCUACUGAUGCACCAGAGAGAUUUAGAAGUUUGAAAUGUUAUAUAAAAUAUAAAAGAAAAUCAUCAAAUAUAUAUACAAAUACAGCAUAUUUUAAUUAUGCUAGUGAAAAGAAAUGGCAUGUUUUUUAUUUCUAACUGAUUUCCUUGUUCCCCUUAUUUAUCUUAGUUGCCUCCUCUGUUGCCCAUGAUCCCUGAAGUCCAGAAACCUCUCAGUCAGCAGACCUGGUACCACGGGGCAAUCCCUCGCACCGAAGUCCAGGAGCUGCUGGUGAACAAUGGGGAUUUUCUUGUACGUGAAAGUCAAGGCAAGCAGGAAUAUGUACUGUCUGUUUUGUGGGAUGCACAGCCACGGCAUUUCAUCAUCCAAUGCGUAGACGUAAGUAACACGUUAGGCAUAUACAAUUAUAUGUUUAUGUUAAAUUAUUCACAGAGUAAAAUUCCUGAUGAUAAUAUUUUAUUAUCAAACUAUAUUUAAUUAUUAUCAUGUGUUUUUGUGUAUGCUAGUAAGUCCAAUUUGCUGUAUUUAUCUUUAUAGUAAGUUUGUAAGAAUAACCCAUCUUACUGGAGAAUGGAACUAUAUUUAAUUAUGGGGUUGCGUUCUCCCUGAGUUUAGCAACACCAUCAAUGAGGAUGGAGCAGAUCAAUCAGACAUCACAAAACAGAUACCCAUCUGUUUGAUACUCACAUUGUUGCAUAUCCACGUUACCCAGCUUUGAUAGGUUAUCAUUUUGAUUCAGAUCCCAGUGCCUGCUGUUUGUCUUUUAGCCUGAUGCCUUCCCUGACCCAUGUCAAGCUUAUAAGCAAGAUGUGUAUAUAGAAAACUUCCAAAUACACUUGAGGGUGCCAGACACUAGUGACAUAUAUUAAAAUAAAAUAUACAAUUACCAAUCGUGCAGCCCCUACAGUAUGCUGGUCUGUAUAAAUCUUAAAUAAAAUACAGGGGGGAAGCAGAUUAUAGCUUAGUAUGUACAAUUUAUUACAUGUGAAAUAAACAAAGAAAAAUGCACUCACAAAAGUGCUCGCACAAAUACAAAGAAACGUGCAAAAACCGCGUUGCUCACAAAUGGGCUAAAAUCCCACUGCUAUACAGCUGCCGGGUCUGUUUUAUGGGAGUGUGCCUCAGAUUGGAAGCAUUCUCCAGCUAUACAUACUUGUUUACCUUUGUUUUAGUUAAAGAUUUUUCCAUGUCAGGCUAUAGACCAGGGAUGGGCAAACUAUUGAGGACUUCCUAUCCCUGCUACAAACCACAAAUGUUCCAGCUUGUCUAUAAUAAUGCUUCUCGGUUCCACUAUAUCUUACUAGAUCCAUCCGUCAAGUUAUUUACCCAUAUGUGCACCCUGCACCAUUCUCAGCUCCCUUAGACAGGUUACAGCCAGGCAGUAACAAAAUACAGCUAACAGUGACACGAGUGGCAUUACAGUUUGCCUUUAGUGAUAUCAUAAUCCAAAUUAAAGUUAUGCAACAAACUCCAAGCAAUACAUUUUUAUUUAUUUCAUUGUUCUACAGAAAUAUGUUGGUAUAGUUUACUAUGGGUUUUAAAAAAAUAUUCUGAAAUUAAAUGUUUUUUUUAUUUUUUAUUAAAAACCCCUGUGUCCCUCGACCAACACGCUAGCUAAAGCCUUGCACUUGCUGGGGCGAGAUGAAGGGCGCCUGCAGGUUAAUCACGAUUAGAAUGGCAAUACAACACUGGCAAUCUUGUACACUAGGCCGGAGUCCGCUGACUUCGCUAACCACUUAACGCAUUCUAUAGGUCAAUGAAUAUGGCAACGUGCAAGAGUAACAAGUGUAUUACAGUCAGUCAGGAGUCUUUGUCUUACUUAAUUUAAAAAUGGGUGGGACGCCACUAUAUACGGACUUUCACAGUCAAUAAGCAACAGUUAGCUAUAUUGUUCAAGGCUGGUUUUAUGAAUAUAUGCAACUAUUUGCCUCAAACCAAUGUUGAUAUGAGUAAGAGUUAAUGUACGCAUUUGUAUUAUGUUGCAUAUCUCGUUGUGGUGUCUGACCUUGAUAUAAAUAAAGAAUUUAAAAAAAAAAAAAACCCUGUGUCACAUGAGGAGGGAUGAAAAUUUUUCUUGGUCAGUCUUAAAUUCCUGACUAGCUCAACUCAUGUUAUCCCUUCUAAUUUUGCAAUCCUUCAGUAUUUUUAUUGAAAAUCCAGAUUUCAGUGUCUUGAUGACUCUUGUCACUUUAAUUUCUUAGAACCUGUACAGACUGGAAGGAGAUGCAUUUACAACCAUCCCACUGCUGAUCGAUCAUUUCAUGAAGUCAAAGCAAGCUGUCACCAAGAAGAGUGGUGUUAUUCUAAACAAAGCUAUUGUCAAGGUAAAAAAACAAAUACAUUGGUAUGGGUAAACAUUUUGUAGUGGGGGGACAUACAAUCACAUUACUGACCAUGUGAGCUAAAUAGCUUAAUUUUUUUUCUCUUUUGUUUGCAAACAAAAAAAAAUAAAAUAAUAUUUUGUUACAUAUACUUUUGUUUAUUGCUCUAACGAUUUCAGGCCUAUCUAUAUAUUCUUACAGGAACAGUACCACCCUCAAUAUUAACAGAGCAAACACCCUUACUGUUCAUGCAGUUUAUUAACUAGUCAAUGAGUUAUGGUAAUAGCAUAAUGUUGUUGCAAAAUUUUAUCCAAAAUGGCCAAAUCAACUAUUUUUCAUCCCAGCGAUUGUGGCCCACAUUUUGCAAUUUUGAAAACAACUCACUGCAAGUCAUUACUUUACGCAUAAUUCAAAUGACUAAAUUCAGCUAAGAAAUCAGAGCCUAUAUUUCCUUGAUUACAGGACAAAUGGGUUCUAGAACACGAAGAUGUCAUCCUGGGAGAAAGGAUCGGUAGGGUACGUUUUUUUUUACAUUUCACGCCUCUUGUGAAGCUUAGCAUAAGUAAAUAUUAGCCUAUAUUGAUAUAUAGAAACAAGCUCUUAGAGCGUAAACACGGCUUACUUAAAAUAGCAUAAAAUCAUGUGUAAGGUAUGAGAACGAUAAAGCAUGUUCACAAGAUGUUAGAUAGCAAGUGACCAUAAAUGAAAAACAUUUUUCACUACAAAUAUUUAUAUAUUCCCAGUUCAUGUUUAUUUAAGCUUAUUGCAGAGAUUAGAAAAUGCCUGCCCUUCAUAUGUGUUGGACUACAAAUCCCAUGAUGCUGGUUAAGCAUACAAGAAAGCCUAAUUCCCUGACUGCCUGAGGUUCAUGAGAGUCAAACUCCCAGGCUGCACUCACAAUCUGUUGUGAAGUAACUUCUCUCUCUCUUAACUCUUUGGUGGACAAAGCCAGGGGGAAAGAGACACGGACAUGGCAUCAAACUUUCACCAGCAAUUUGCUUAUGAGCAAGGAAAACAUCUUAACCCCUUAAGGACAGAUGACGGAAAUAUUUCGUCAAGAUUCCCUUUUAUUCCAGAAGUUGUGUCUUUAAGGGGUUAAUCAUGUGUCAGGAGGGGCAGUGGCAUAGAAGGAGAUCCAGCAAGCGUGCACACGUGUUUCUGGUUGUGUGUCUGUCUGUGUCUUUGCGUGUAUGUGUUUGUGUUCCCUGUCACAGCACCUAGGUCUAAAAGGGAAUAGAUUAUUAAUAUUUGUACUCUAACUGCUGUGGAACACUUAGAAGGAUUAGAAAAAGAAAACAUGUCAUAUAAAAGAUACAUAACAUUUAUGUCAUUAAAGUUUUUUACAUUUAAUAACGAGUAGUAUUUGAAACAUGGGAUGUAAUGCUGUUUAGAUAUACCUAAUAGAAGUGAAAUUAUGCAAAUAUAUAUAAUUUAAAUUGUUAAUUUACUUAUUCAUCUGUUACAGAAAUAUUGUAAGGAUAAGAUUUUUUUGUGAUUAUAUGGAAUGCAUUAUUUUUCUAUAUUCUGGUCAGAGUUUGAAAUAUUAUCACAGAAAUACUUUUUGGCUAUGUUGUUUGUGAGACAAAAAUAGAAUAAUGGUCAAAUAUCUUGCUUACAUGUAUUGUUAAAGGGACACUUUAGGCACGCAGACCACUUCAUCUCACUGAAGUGAUCUGAGUGCAGUGUCCCUGUCUUUUUAGCCCUGCAGUUGCAAAUAUUGCAGUUUCAGAGAUUACAUUGCAGGGUUAAGGCAGACUCUAGUGGCUGUCUCACAGACAGCCAAUAUAGGCACUUCCUGGUUGUUCACAGAGUUUGACUCCGUGAAGCGACGCUGGAUGUCCUCACGCUUUGCAUAAGGAUGUCCAGCGUCUUCUAAAACCUCAUAGGAAAGCAAGCCAAUGCUUUCCUAUGGGGAAAGCUUAGUGCGUAAGCAGCACUUGCUGCACAUGCACAUUAGACCCCCUCCCUCCCCCCACUGGAUGACGUUGGCGGAGGAGGAGCCCAACCCAGCGCCGAGGGAUUUCAGUAUUGGAGGUAGGGGAGGGAGGCUGCGAGUGGGGAGAGGGCAGAGGGACCCUUAAUGUUAAGAACACAUCUUUGUAUUCCUAACACUAAAAUUUUCAUUAAAGAAACCAAAAUUCUAGGCAUGCUUUAUAAAAAUGCCAUCCUGUAAAAUAAUGUGGGCAUAAUACCCACGUAAAGUAAGUAUAGUUACGCAAAGUAUCUGUGCAAAUACAGUGCAUUGAAUGCCAUCAAUAUAGUCUGCAAUUAAUCCAAAUUGUUUGAUGCAAAACCCAAGUUAGAACAGGUUUUUAAAUUGCUAGGAGAGAAGGGUCGAUUGAAAAAGGGAAUUUAUAAAGUACAUCAUUUAACUGCUGCUAUUUUUAAUUCCCUUCAGGGUAAUUUUGGAGAGGUGUACAGUGGGCGCCUCAAUGCUGAUAACACUCCAGUUGCUGUGAAGACUUGUAAAGACACACUGCCUCCAGAUUUAAAGGACAAAUUUCUGCAGGAAGCCAGGUCAGGGCAUUAGUCUGCAUCUAACUAUUGGCAAUUUACAGCUUCCGAGUGACUGCUGGAUAAUAUUUUAACGUAACUUCAUUUCAUGCACCUGUCACCAUUCACCAUCCAUAAUUUGUUUUUAACAUCUGUAACAUUGCUAGCAAAUUCAUCUCAUUGAUUUGACAUUUUUAGAUACAGCCUCGUAGAUUAAAAUAUGAUUAUGCCGUAUAUCAAAUUAAUUAAAUGUAAUAAUAAAUAAUCAAUGAUCGCCUACGACAUCAAAUAUCAAACAUAUCACAGACAAAAAGGGAGUGUUGCAAAACAGGGAUACUGUGUUGCCUUUUUACAAAAUUCUAUUUAAAUAAUUUAUAUAUAGUAUGUAAAAUACGAGCUAAAAUGAAAGUUGUUUUAGAACAAAAUUCUAAAAGUAGUAGAGGUACCAUGAGUAUUCCACUGGCCUCCAUGGUGACUGCACAAUUUUAAAAAUUUUAACUGGAAAUUGAUUUUUGUAAUAACAACAAUGUGAAUGACAACUUAAAGAGACACUAUAGUCACCAUAAUAACUACAGCUUUAUGUAGUGGUACUGGUGUCCAUAGCCUGUCACUCAGACAGCCACUAGAGGUGCUUCUUAGUUCAGCUUUCUGGUAGUUAUAAUUUAGUUAGAAGCACUCUACUGUAGAAAAUGCAGUCUGGAGUUCCAAGACAUCGUAUACAUUUUGCAGAGAAAAAAAACAAUUCGAAUUCUAGCUUUUACAGGAAUAAAACUGUCAAUAGAAAGGUCCAAUGUACCCCAAAUAAUUAAAAUAUAUUUACUGAAGUUAUUACAUUUAUAUUUUAUUUUACUAUAUUAUUUACAGUAUUUAUUAAAUGCACAUACCGUAUUCAUUUAUUAUUUUAAUCAUUCUGAUUUUAAAGGAAACACAGGAUGGUAGCUAAUGCAAUGUGCUUGUUGAACUAACUUAAUUUCACCUGGAUUUGCCUUCACUAAAAAUUAGAUUUGAAAUUAAUUUACACUUAUGAAAUUUUUAACAAAGUCUUUUGUGACAACCCAUUAGUCUUACUUUACUAUUGUAAUGUCAUUUUUAUAUUUGUUAAGCUCUUAGAAUUUUCAUAUUGAUGAUUGAGAAAUUUCAAAUUCUAUUUAGAAAUCUUGUAUAAGUGAAAAAUUCCCGGUAAUGAAGAGAAUUAUUUGAUUUGUUUAUUUAUAGUAAAAUGACUAAAUUAGAAAACACAUUUGAUUAAUCAAUCACUUAAAUAAAUCCACUAAACUUUUGAUAUAAAUCAUGGCCAAGUUUUGGGGAGAAAAUAGAUCAGUUAGAAUGGUUAGUCACAAGUUGUCAUUAAAAGGAUAUUAUAGUCACCAAAACAACUUAAGCUGAAUGAAGCCGUUUUUGUGUAUAGAUCAUACUUCGGAAAGCCCACUGCUUAAUUCUCUGCCAUUUAGGAGUUAAAUCACUUUUGUUUCUGUCCAUGCAGCCUUAGCCACACCUCCUUUGGCUGUGACUCACACAGCCUGUAUAAAAAGGUUUAAUUUUUAAUUAGAUGUUAACCUGCUUGAGAAGUUUUCAUCUCCUGCUCUGUAAAUUGAACUUUAAUCACACACAGGAGGCUCCUGCAAGGUCUAGCAGGCUAUUAACUUUAUUAUUAUUAGAGUUUUGUUUAUUGCUAACAUAAAUUAUUUAUUUUAUAAUGCUUUACAUUGCACAGUGAAAACUGAAGAUCCGGUAUUAUUAACUAACUCUGCAAUGUUAAGCAUUGCGUUUUUUUUUUUUUUAGAAACUGUAAGGUUUACAUUGCAGGAUUAAGUCUACCAGGCCUCUGAGGCAUUGAUUUAGUAAAACUUAAUCAUGUGACGUGGAAGCCCCAUAGGAAAGCAUUGGUUCAAUCCUUUCUUUUAGGGAAGCUUGGAUGCGAGCGGCACUCGCUGCGCAUGCAUAUCAGCUCCCCAAUGCUCCUCUAUGCUCCUCAUCAUGAAGAAUGCUAUGUCUCCUCUAUGACAUUGUGGAAGGCGGAGAUUUACGCGGCACUGAAAAAAAGUGAACAAAAAAACCCCACUUUCUUUUAAUUAUUAUAUUUUUGCACACAUGGGGGGGGGGGAGACAUAUCUAAUUGGGGACAGGGACACUAAAGCAUUAGGUAUACAGCCUAUAACAAAACAGCCUAAACAACUAAAAAUAUCGAACAUAUAUAAAAAAAAUAAAAAAAAAAUUUCUAAAACUAUAUAGAAGAGAGAAAACGAAAUUAAUAAUACAAUUAUUAAACAUACAAUAGCAACAAGCUAAGAAAGAAAAUGGAGCUUGGCUUUUCCUUUGCCGUUGGCAAUAUUGUCAAGUGUAAUAAAAUACAUAAGACAAAGUAGUCCCUAGAAAAACUAGAUCAGAAAGUAAGAAAAGAAAAACAGAUUCUAAAAGAGGAAUAGAAGAUAAAACAAUAGGAGAAAGGUAAAUCCGAGCCAUUUUACAGCACAAUAUGGUUAGGACAUGAUGACACGUGCCAACGCCAUCAAAGUGUUAAAAUUUGCAGUUCUGUUGCCAACUAUCCACAACAUCUCAUUGUGAUUCCUUCCACAUGACAGGAUAAUACCUACAUACUACUCUUGCUCCUUUGUAAAUUAAUAAGUAACCUAACAAUUGAUCUGUUUGUUCCUUCUAGAAUUCUGAAACAAUACAGUCAUCCUAAUAUUGUGAAGUUAAUUGGAGUCUGCACACAGAAGCAACCGAUAUACAUAGUGAUGGAGCUGGUCCAGGGUGAGUUAUCAUCUCCAAUGUGAAGAAGUACAUAAUGCUAAGUGGUGGCAUUAUAGAUGUGCAUCACGACUCUUUGCAUAGAUAUGGAAGGAGAUGUAAAUGACUGGAACCAAAUUAAAUACAGACAAAAUGUAUUCAAUGUCCUGUUAGACAUCAUUAGAUACUGAGAAUACAAGGUGACUUAGCAUGAGUUAUCAUUAGGGAGUCAAAUUGGGUGAAUAUCUCCUGGCCUAAAAUUUUAGUGGUAUAUUGAUAUAUUUUACAUUACAUAAUUAAUAUAAUUUGAUUGGCAGUAGAACUGACAAGAGUCCAAAUCACUUCUAAUAGUGAUAUAAUGAUGACAACUUUCAUUACUGAGAGAGAGGAUGUUGAAUGCUAAAUUUUAGGACAAUAACUAUCCUAUCGUGACUUAAAGGACCACAAUAGGCACCCAGACCACUUCAGCUUAAUGAAGUGGUCUGGGUGCCUGGUCCAGCUAGGGUUAACCCCUUUUUUAUAUAAAUAGGUUAAUCCAGCCUCUAAAGCCUCUAGUGGCUGUCUCAUUGACAGCUGCUAGAGGCAAUUGCGUGCUUCUCACUGUGAAAAUCACAGUGAGAAGACGCCAGCGUCCAUAGGAAAGCAUUAUGAAUGCUUUCCUAUGAGACUGGCUGAAUGCGCGCCCAGCUCCUGCCGGGCAUGCGCAUUCAGCAGGAGAGGAGGAGGAGAGGUCCCCGCCCAGCACUGGAGAAAGAGGUAAGUUUAACCCCUUCCUCUCUCCAGAGCCCGGCGGGGGUCCCUGAGGGUGGGGGCACCCUCAGGGCACUAUAGUGCCAGGAAAACGAGUAUGUUUUCCUGGCACAAUAGUGGUCCUUUAAAGGUAUUGUUUUAUCCUCUUUGUAGUAAAUCUCCUCUCUCUAUAAAUUAUAUCCUGUUGUAACAUAGUAAUAUGGCAUGCUUUUCAUACUUGGGCCCUGCUUCAAUAUUUUUGAGUAAGCAUUUCAAUUGAUUUAACAUUUGUGGAUACAAUUUUAGAAUGGUGUAAUAUUUUGGAAAAAACUUUGAUAUUUUUGAUAUACUGAUAUUUAAAUUUUAUAUGUUUGUUUUGAUAUUUUUUUCUAUUUUAAAAAUAUCAUUUUAAAAGUUUAUCCAAAAAUACUAAAUCAGUGUAUAUAUGUGUAAAAAUAAAUAUAUGAAUUGGGGAAACAAAUUGCAUCCAGUGAGUUUAUUUACAGUGGAAAAGUAUUGGUCUAAUUGUUAACUCAUUAAUUUGUGUAAAAAUAUUUAUGGUUUGCACUGGAACACUAUAUCCUGGGCUUGAAUAAAUAGCAAUUUGCUAUGAAGGAUUCCAUAGAUUUUUAAGGGAAGGACAGCAUUCAAGCACAGUACGUUAAAUUAAUAUAAAUUGUUCAAAGCACUUUCAGUACAAUGGGGGUGAUUUAUCAUUGUGUCCUGAAAAGCUGUGCAAAGUUCUAAAAGUGGACAAUCACCAUGGAAACCAGUUGCAGGUACUCUCUAUUGUUUGUUACUCCACCUCUACAAGUUUACACAGCUGUUCAGUUCAUAGCACUUUGAUAAAUCUCUCCCAUUGUGCUGUAUAGAUAACAGAAGUACCUUUUUAUAUUAUUCUUUCAGAGUUAUACACUUAAGUAAGAAUGCCUGGCAACUCAAAGUGAAGUUAAAGUAAAUUUCUAAAUUUGCAUUUCUGUCCGGUCUUCUUUAGCUCUUGGUAUUUCAGCUGUCAGCUGUCUCGCGCAUGUGCAAGAGUACAACAUUGUGGUCUAGGGCAGGGAGAGGCAACCUUCGGCACUCCAGAUGUUAUGGACUACAUCCCCCAUAAUGCUCUUACACCCAUAAUACUGGCAAAGCAUCAUGGGAGGUGUAGUCCAAAACAUCUGGAGUGCCGAAGGUUGCCUAUGCCUGGCUAGGGAGACAGAACCUUUUCCCCCUUGGCCGUCACACGGAACAGCUGGGGGCAUGACAAUAGGUAUCUAAGGGGCUAAGACAAAAUAGUUCAUAGUUUGUCCCUCCUUUGUCUCAGUAUAUCUUUUGACUGCAUUAGAAUUUAAGUGGAAUUCCAACACUGUUAAUGUGAGUAUUUCAUAAAGAGUUUAUGUUCAUGAAAUACUAAUUUUCAGGUGGGAGGUUGUGACAUUCCCUUUCUAAAUCAGUAUUCUUCUGCAAUGCAGGUGCUAAUGGGUUUGGAUUUUUUGUGUUUCUCUUUAGGUGGCGAUUUUCUAACCUUCCUUCGAAAUGACUGUCCUAAACUAAAGGUGAAAGAUCUGAUCAGAAUGGUGGAGAAUGCUGCUGCUGGGAUGGAGUACUUGGAAAGCAAGCAUUGCAUUCACAGGUACAAAUAAUUUAUGAUAAAUCCUUUUGGUGUAAAAAAAAUUAUGCAAUAAAUGCACCGUUCUGUAUUUUAAAUACCCCCUUAAGCCCUUAAUGACACAUGACAUGUGUGAUAUGUCAUGAUUCCCUUUUAUUCCAGAAGUUUGGUCCUUAAGGGGUUAAAGAACACUCCGGUCACCAUAACAAGUUAAUCAAAGUUAAGUUGUUGUGGUGCCAGGAGACCCCCAUGCUCUUUCUUACAUGAAGGGGCUAGACAUUCUUGAAUGGUUUAACCCCACAGGUUGCCUCUAGGGCCAGAUCUCCAGUUCCCCCAGCGGCAUCCUGCUUCUGAAAUUGAGUUUCAGGAAGUGCAGAGUGGUGCCGAGCAGGGGCGCUGCUGACUGGAACUUUGCACUUCCUAAAACUCAAUUUCUCUAACUAAUUAUUCAUUAGUAAUCUUCCUCAUUUAUUUUUUUGUUUUAACUCCUGGCAGGGAUCUUGCUGCUCGCAAUUGUCUAGUGACGGAAAAAAAUGUUCUUAAGAUCAGUGAUUUUGGGAUGUCCAGAGAAGAGGAGGAUGGGGUGUAUGCGUCCACUGGUGGAAUGAAGCAAAUCCCUGUGAAGUGGACAGCGCCAGAGGCUCUCAAUUAUGGUAAAAAAAAUAUAUAAAAUUAAAUUGCAAGAAAAAUGUCUGGAGAUGAUCUACAAACACAAACUGUCCCAGGUCAAAAGUGUUCAAUGAACAAUUUUCCUUGCAGAUUGUAUUCCUUAUUUUGAGGAUGUGUUGCAUAUCCUGUGUUCGGCUAGUGGUGAAAACUUCAGAACACAUAGAAAUAGUAUUUGAUAUGGGAACUUCAGCUAAACAUUAUUUCUCCUCCUCAUUUACCCCUAAACCUGCAUUUCAGUUACCACUAAUAUAACAUCAGAGUUAUUCGCUAAAAUGUAAAUUGUUGGAAAUUGAAAGUGAACUCAAAAACAACUCAACAUUUUUAGGCUAAAUUAGCCAAAUUAAAAAAUUUAUUCUGAACUUACUUAAAAUUCCUGAGAAUUCACACUUUAGCUAAUUACCCUGUAAGUAUUAAAGAUAUGCACUAUUUGGCUAAACAUACAAGGACACCGGACCAUCAAACCUGUAUGAGCUUUUGUAUAUCCCAUGAUAUUUGCUGUAUUUUAUACACCAGUUAGCAAUGUUGAGGCUGAAUUCAGUAAUUAGCAGUUGUGACCACUAGACUUUGCACCUGUGCUGAACAAAUUGAAUUCCUGUUAAUCUAUGCCCAAAAUAAACGAUCUGUCUGGCAUUUACGUGACAGAUUGAUUCGGGCGUAAAUUAACAGGAAUUUAAUUUGUUCAUCGUAGGUGAAAAGGAUUUCUGCACAAGUCUACUAAUUAAAUGCUUUUGGCUGCACAGUGUAUUUGCUUGAUGGCAGUUAGGUAAGCCACGAAUUCUGAUUUUUGCUCUGCAUUGAGUACAUGGUUAUAUACUUGGCAUACACAAAUGAAAAGGGAGUUGGAGAUUAACUUACAAAUGACAAAUGUUGACCUACAUACAUUCGUCAGGUUUGCUUUCAACUUACAAAACACGUUAGUGUCUAGUGAAUACACCCAUACAUGUUUAGUUAUAUAAGGAGAAACUAUACGUACGCUGGGAUUUUAGAUGUACAUUAAUUAAAAUAUAUGACUUGAUUGUAUACUAUAUUUAAAGGGAAAGAGUAAUCUACAUAAAUGUGCAUCUAACAUUCUAAUAGUAAAAUGAGGAUGUUGUAAUAUACAAUUUAGAUUGUUCCCGUGGAUUUUCUUGGCUGCAGAAGUCCUGCUGUUGAGAUGGGAAAAAAAUUUGCUUAAUUUGGGUUUAUUCAUUAAAGGAAGUGCUUUAUGUUUGAUGAGUGUCCUCUGUUUUCAUUUUACAAAAAGUGCAGAUUUCAUUAGAAUAAACUAACCUUGUUAACCCUCUCCCUCCCCCCAGCUGUCAAUCGGACAACUUGUCCUGUUUCUUCCUGGUUUGGUUAACUCUGUGGAGCUAAACUCAAGAGGCAGGAGAUUGCGCAGUGCACCUGCCUUGCAAAGACUUCUCAUUGAGUUGCAUUGGGAAGUCUGUGAUUGGACAGCCACAGAAAGUUUGUCCUGGAGAAGAAGGGGAGUGCAUGCAAAUGCUGCAGAUUAGAGAUUUGCAGCUUUUGCCUGCUGUUUUUUUUUUUAUAUAUCCUCAAUGAAAAAAUAUAGAAUUAACUUCACACAUGUUUUCACUAAGGGUAUACAUACUGUAUAAUGAUUUUUAUUUUAUUUGCAUUUGGGCAGUGGAGUGCCCCUUUAAUUAUGGAAUUGACCUGUGAAUUUCAUGUUUUAGGGCUAAAUAGCCAAACUGGAAAAACCCUUCAACUCAUCAGUUCUUUCCCUUAUCAAUUGUUCACAGUUCCUGGCACAAGAAAUAUCCCUACCAAUGCUUUCACUCAAUAGAUUCAAUGUAGCAAAAUACCAUUACUAUAAUGUUACAUUUCUUCAUUCUGAUGAUUAUGUAUGUGAUUUGUUUUAUUAAGAGUUACUUUGACGGAGUGACAGAUGGUAAUAGAUUAAAUAAUCUGGUGUGUUUGCAAUGGUGUUGAUCUAUGCCAUCUGUGGCGUGUUCGUAUCUGUAUUGCAGGGCGGUACACUUCAGAGAGUGAUGUGUGGAGCUUUGGGAUCCUGCUGUGGGAAGCUUUCACUCUUGGUGCUGUUCCAUACGCUACCAUGACCAACCAGCAGACCAGGGAGGCAAUAGAACAGGGUAAGUGUGUCUGACCAUGGCAGGAGAUAGAAGAAUGCAUGCAGUCAGAGAGAGACGGCUGUAAUCAGAAUGGUGAUAUUAGCGUUUACAUGUAACCAAUCCGCAAUUAGAUAUAUGAUAAGUAUUUUUUAUUGAAGCACAUUUCAUAAUUGGUUUCACUGAGUGCCAGACUAAUGCAAUCACAGGUACAAACUACAGGGCAGGAUAAAGUUCUGCAGAGUUCUACAGAACACAUAAUGGUCUUAUUAAAAGGGAACAGUCACUUUACUGGAAAAUACACCAAGAAAUAAAAAAACUCAUCACGCAGUACCCUAUAACUUGUUAUUCCAUUACAUCUGAUUGAAUUGGUUAUAGUGCCUGGAUUCUUCUGGAGCUGUCCUCCCAUUCAGUGUUUAUUGAUAUCCAAAUGCCUUAUUAGACAACAAUCUAAUUCAAUUUAAGACUUCAAAACGUUUAAACCAUUUUAAGUAUAUAGAAAUGGAAAGAGUAUUGGAAGAUGUAUUCUAGACCUUAUAAUGAUUGGGCUAAUGGAAAGUCCUCCAAAGAGGUGCAAGUGCACAUUAUACUAGCCAAAAUCGUUAAACCAGAGAAACAAAAUGAUGAAGCUGGGAUCAGUUACAUCGAAUCAGAUAGUCAGACAAAGUCACAUCUUAACAGCUAUAAUACAACAUACUAAAUGGCACGGUAGGAAACAUGGUUUCAGCUUUUAUAGACCAAAUUCAGUUGUAAUGUUUAAUUUGUCCAUGCAUGGAAUUUGGCACGGCUGCCUUCGCUACGGCAUUAAUAGCAAUCACAGAGCCUAAGGAGCAGCAGUAUGUGGUAAGUGCCCCUACCUUAUGUCACACCUUUCAGGAUAGAGCCACAUGAGCAGUAUGUGGAUUCCUACAUCUAAAUUUAUUUUUCAAAUCUUACAAUCACAUUAGUUACCAAAAAAAAUCACUAUAGUUACCAAAACAACUUUAGCUUAAAGGGACACUGUAGGCACCCAGACCACUUCAGCUCAUUGAAGUAGUCUGGGUGCAGUGUCCAUAUUGCCCUUAGUGCUGCAAUGUUAAACAUUGCAGUUCCAGAGAAAAUGCAAUGUUUACAUUGCAGCACUAAGUCAGCCUCUAGUGGCUGUCUACUAGACAGCCACUAGAGGACUUCUUGGUUUGAAACUGACCUUUGGUCCAGUAUCUGCGCUGGGCGUCCUCACGCUCUGCAUGAGGACCUCCAGCAUCAGAUUUUUCCCCAUAGGAAAGCAUUUGCCGAGCAUACGCAUUAGAGCCCGCGUAACGGAGGAGGAGGAGCUUUUUAACCCUUUAUUCACUGGGGAGUAGGGUGCACGAGGGACAGGCAGGGGGAGCGAUAGUGCUAGGAAUACAGCUUUGUAUUCUUGGCACUUUAGUAUCCCUUUAAUGAAGCAGUUUUAGUGUAUAGAUCAUGCUUCUGAAGUUUCACUGUUCAAUUCACAUAAAAUAAUGAUUAUAACAAGAACAAAAUGUCUUUAUGGAUUAUAAAUCAUACAACACACCUAACCUUCCCACAUUUGGUUGUAUAUGCAGUAUUUCCAUUUUAGAUCUUAUUGCAUUUUUAGAUUGACAUGUUCAUUCUGUUUUAGGUAUCAGGUUGCAAUCCCCAGAAAUGUGCCCAGAAGAGAUCUAUAAGCUGAUGAUGCAAUGCUGGGAAUAUGAUCCAAGAAAACGGCCCAGCUUCAGCGUUGUACAUCAAGAACUUUUCAGUAUCCGCAAGAGAUAUCGAUAAGUGUUCAAUUGAGACAUAAAGCUCUGCAAUGUCAUUGGAUUGUCCUCUACAAAGAAGAGGUCCUUUCAGCCAUCCUAAUAGUGGGAACCACGUCUCAUUUUCAUUGAACUUCUCAUACUGAAGCUGAAGAUAUUAAAGUGCCAUUACUGCUGUGAGCAGGACAAGACUUUUUAUCUGACCUAGCAUGCUUCGAUAUAAACCUCUUUGAGUUAUACCUCUUCUUCUUUUGAGUAAUUUUGGACCAAAAUGUAAUGUCUAGUGUUUUUUGAAGUGUCCUUGAAAAAUGGCCACUUAAAUCACUGCAUCUAAAGGUCCACUGCUUAGAACCAGAACUCAGUGUAAAUGAACAUGGAAAAAGAAUCAGGAAUUACAUAAUCCUCAUUGUUUUUCUGGAUAUGAGUUUUCCUGCAUCAAAGAAUUCAAAGAGCAUUGAAAAUUGUAAAGGAGGAUCUAUGGGCUCUAUGUGUGCAUCUACAUACAUGUAUGCACUGCUGGUUAACAUUUUAAUCACAUGUGCUAUUAGCGGAUCAUAAGCAGAAAUCCUGUGCCCCAAGUCCCUUCUUCAAAAGCUACAAAAUGACUCUGUGAUUUUAAAUUACUUAAUCUUUUCAAUAUUGCUCAUUGAUAAAUGCUACACUUGUGUCUGCUCUCUUUGCACAGUGCCAGUAUCAGUGUAAAUCGAUAUCAUCUAAUCAGCGAGACUGAUAAUCAAGUGUAUUCUUUUCAUUUUUCCCGUUCUGUUUACAGACCUCUGCUGAUGCACAUCUAUUUAACCUGUUCAGUACUAGGUCUAGCUAAAUCACUAACUGUUGCAGUUCUGUUAUGUCAUUGGUUCUGAAUUGAUUUUGCUGGAUGUGCUAGAUGUUUUUGUUUCAUGAUAUGCUAAAAAAACUACCAUUAUUUCUUUUUAAAAAACAUGAAUUAAUAAUGAAUUCUUUCAUGAAAGCAUCAUAUUGACUUCAUGCCUGAUGCUUAUGAAAGAGCUAACAAAUAAACUUAAGUCAUCUGAUCCUGGGGCCUUCAGAUCAAAAGGCAAAUUUUCAGUAAACCGUAUCUACAGAAAUAAAGGAUCAGCUCUUCUCUGCAAUUCAAGAUACAAAUAUUAAGAGGGGCUGAAGGGGGUAUAACAGCUGAAACACAAACUUAUUAAUGUGAUUCUAAGGAACAGAGAAUAAUAAAUAGACAAAAAAUGUAUUUGUAUGGAAAUUGCAGCCAGAUUUACAUCUAAAUAUAAUUAUAAAGAAUGUUGAUGCUAUAUUCCCUUGAAGCAGAUUAUACUGGGAAACUCCUUUUUGUUCUUGUAUUCUUUUAACCACUUAAGGACCAAUUGUAUCUCAUGCUAUGCAAUGCAAUGGUUCUUAUAAAUGGCAAUGAGCUGGGGCAACUCUGUAAGACCCGGUGAAAAUGGGUAGGAAAUGUCAUGGUUGAGUAAGGUCUUUAACCCCUUAAGGACCAAACUUCUGGAAUAAAAGGGAAUCAUGUCACACAUGUCAUGUGUCCUUAAGGGGUUAAGGAACAAGUUUGUUAGGUGAAAGGUCACCAUUAGUCCAGGGGUGUUUCAACACAUUUCUUAAAUGGUUACUCCAAGCACCAUUUAUUGAUUUGAAGUAGUCAAGGUUUCGCUGUACAUACAGAGUUCAACCUUUCUGCUUCUGGAGGUGUAACUCCACCUCCAACAGUGUCAUUAACCAGGUCAGAAUUACAGUUGUGGGCGGGCUAAUGUCAAUUAUGUGCAACUUUCAUUGCACAGAAUGUCAGCCACUGACUGAGAGUAGUCGGUUGACACUCUCAGCCAAAGAAUGUUGAUGGCCGCUGCUUCUGGCUUUUGAAAAACUGCCAAAGCAGGAGUCUCAUCACCAGCCAACCAUUGAGCAUCAGAGCCUGACGGAAACCCAGGUGAAGGGGGCAAAUGCUUGCUAAACAGUUUGCCCCAUUACCGAGGAACAGGGCCAGAGUACUCUUGACAAUAUAACCACUAACUAUAGCAGGCUAUAGAGGUUAUGGUGUUUGGGGUAACAUUUUAAGCUGUAUAUUUACCAUUGUUGCUGUUGCCGAUCCUAAAGACAACUAAAAAAAAUAAAAACAGAACACUGAAGCAAUUUAAAUUGUGCUUUAAAAAUCAGAUAUCACACUUAUUUAGGAAGCUAUUAUUAAUGAUUCCAAUAAUAAUUAUAGUCUUUGCUUUAAAAAAGCAUCCAGAUCAAAAAAAAAAAAUAUAUCUAUAUUCCAUAUUUAGUGUUCUAACUAUGAAGUAUCCUUCCUGCUAUGAAGUAUUCCUUUUCUAAAAUUUCAACAAAUUGAUCGGAAAAUUCAUAAAACCUCAUGAAACUGAUUUUCUGCUCAACUUUGUUAGGUAGGCUUUAGAGCACUCUAACUUCCAUAAUAUUAUUGUAAUGGUUAUGGCAUUAGGAGUUUGUCGACAUUGUCACACUGGAUUUUGUUAAACUCCUUUUGGUACCUACAUGCCCUCCCUCCCGCAUCUGCUGCUUGAAUAAUAGAAGUGAACUUUUACACUAGACUAGACCAUCAACAACAUAGUUGUUAAUGGAGAUGGAGAUGUUCCUGUAAAAUGAGCUACAAUGUAUAGAGUGCCCAUUUAAUUCUAGCUACAGGAUGUAAGAAUCCAUGGCUUUACCUUUGAGCUGCACACCAAUGCAGCAGAAGUGGAUCCCAUUCACUCAAUGGGAGUGGUCAUGUUCCAUUCCACCAGAAGAUUCUACUCCUUGAGAGUUGCUGGGCCAGAUAUCACCAAUAGGUUCUAUGCAUGUUCAUCUUAGUGAAUACCCAAAUAGAUAUGGACAUUAAAGAAUAUACCAUUUAUUAUGAUGUGCGCACAAUGAGAUCUAAAUCCAUAAAUUGUAGAUAUAUUAUAUUUGGUUUUAUUUCUACUGGAAAUUUUCGGAAUGUUUUUGAAUCAAAUUAUCAAUUAUUAUACAGAAAAAAAUAUUUUAAGGAGGUGUUUUAAUAGUUAAAAAAAAAUUGCCUUGUGGAUUUUAUCAUUUUAUUGAUAUCAAUACAGUGUAAUUCAAUGAUAAAAUUCUGGCAGUUAUCAUCUGUGUGUAUUAAUAUUUUUUAAGUACCGUAAACAAGGUUAUACGCUAAAGUGAAAAUUCAAAGUGAAUUUCAAACUAAAUACACAAAUAUCAGAAUUUGAAAAAAAAAUCUCUAAGUCAGCUAUUCUUCAAGGUCAACUACUUAGGCCUCCAAUUUGAAAUUCACUUUGAAUUCACUUAGACUUCUCACUUUAGUGAGUAACCGUGAAAUUGUACUAUCUGUGUCCAGUAAUGCUGGAAUAGCAUGUAGCCUCUUUGUUGCCUCAAUUUUUGUAUAAUCUUGAAUUAAAGUCAACACAAAGAUAUUACUUAUCAGUCCAGCAGCAUCUGUAAUCCUCUUGUAUAACACAGUAUAGUGAUUAUUGCAUUGUAAUAAAUUAUUUUAUUUGA